AUGUCGGGAGAGUCCUCUCGUCGGCGGCUGCGCUGCUCCGCCGGCCCGCCGGCCGGACCUCUUGGGCCGCUGGCCCUCCCGCUCUUCCCCGCUUCGUCGUCCUGCCCUCGGGCGGGCGGGCGGGCGGGGAGGAGCCGGCUCCUCCCCGGGGGUGGUCCCGGGACUGGGAGGCCGCGCCGCGCACGCUCCAGAAGCCGAGGGGCCGCUGCUCGGAGCCCCGAUCCGGGCGCGGGGAUGGGGAUGGUGCGGGCCGCGCGGAGCUGCUGGCUGCUGCUGCUGCUGCUGCUCUUCGGGGCGCUGCCUGCGCAGGCCGACCGGCCAGGUGAGUCCGGAGGGGGCGGGCGGGGACCCCCUUUCCUUCCCCUCCUUCCGAGCGUCUCAGCUCUCCUUUGGCCGGCGACCUCCCCGCUCCUCGGCGCGCGCCAGCCGGGGAUCUCCGAGGAGCGAGAGCCAAGCCUCCCCCUCCCCCUCCCCGCGGAUCCCCUGGACAGAAGCGCCACCCUCUUCUCCCUCUUCCGCUCGGGAACCUUGGCAAGGAAGCCGGGAUGCCUCACCCGCGUCCGCCUCUGGAGGGGACUCCACACUCUGGAGAUCCUGCGGACACGCGCGCUUUGCACUCUAAGCGGAUUCUCCGCCGCUUAAGCAAGCCUUGGUCGGAGCAGCGCCUGGGGAACUUCUGUAUAAGAGAGCAGGGAAAUGUUUGGUCAAUUCUUGCGGGCAGGCAAAAGCUCUUUCUUUCUUUUAAGAAUCCCUUCCAAGAAGGCAUUCCGAAGCCAUUUACAAUCUAAUAAGUCAUAUAUGAAACCGUUGCACAAUUGAAAACAGUUAAAACAAUUCAAUAUAUAAAAACAAUAUAAAUAUACAAAAUUUAAAAUAAUAUUGGGAGCAUGCUCAUCAAAUUUGCAGAUGACACCAAACUGGGAGGGGUAGCUAAUGCUGCAAAAGACAGAAUCAGAAUUCAAAAUGACCUUAACAGAUUGGAGAACUGGGCCCAAGCUAAUGGACAUAAUUUCAAUAGGGACAAAUGUCAGGUUCUGCACUUAGGUGGGGAGAAUCAAAUACACAAAUAUAAGAUGGGGGACACCUGGCUUACUAACAGUACAUGUGAAAAGGAUCUAGGGGUCUUGGUGGACCACAAGCUGAACAUGAGUCCACAGAUGCAGCAGCAAAAAAAGCUAAUUCUAUUCUAGGCUGCAUCAACAGAAGUCUAGUAUCCAGAUCAAGGGAAGUCAUAUUACCACUUGGUCAAAACACACAUGGAAUACUGUGUCCAGUUCUGGGCACCACAAUUUAAGAAGGAUGUUGACAAGCUGGAAGGUGUGCAGAGCAGGACAAACAAUAUGAUCCAGGGUUUGGAAACCAAGCCUUGUGAGGAACAGUUGAAGGAGCUGGAAAUGUUUAGUAUGGAAAAGAGAUUGAGAGGAGAUAGGAUAGCAUGGAGGAUUAAGUAAGCUUGUUUUCUCCUGUUCCAGAGCUAGGACCUGAACCAAUGGCUUCAAGUUACAAGAAAGGAGAUUCCAACUAAGCAUUUGAAAAAAACUUUCUGACCAUUAGAGUGGUUUGACAGUGGGACAGUCUCCCUCGGGGCGUGCAGUGUAUUUUUUUGUAGGGGAACAGGGCCAGAGAUGCCAGCUUGUGAGGGCAAUGGGGUUGGGGUGCCGUCGUGACAUUGUGAUGUCUCAUGUGAGCAUUGUGCCUCCUUCCUUAAGCCGAGCAAAAGCUUCCCAGGCUUUGGGAAGGAGGCACCAGAGAUUAAUACUUUAAUACUCUAAUUUACUGGAAACAUGUUGGGGACCAAUGUAGUCCCCCUAGUCACUGCUUGGUAGGUUGUGGACUCGCCUUCAUAGAAUCAUAGAAUCAUAGAAUCAUAGAGUUGGAAGAGACCACAAGGGCCAUCGAGUCCAACCCCCUGCCAAGCAGGAAACACCAUCAGAGCACUCCUGACAUAUGGUUGUCAAGCCUCUGCUUAAAGACCUCCAAAGAAGGAGACUCCACCACACUCCUUGGCAGCAAAUUCCACUGUCAAACAGCUCUUACUGUCAGGAAGUUCUUCCUAAUGUUUAGGUGGAAUCUUCUUUCUUGUAGUUUGGAUCCAUUGCUCCAUGUCCGCUUCUCUGGAGCAGCAGAAAACAACCUUUCUCCCUCCUCUAUGUGACAUCCUUUUAUAUAUUUGAACAUGGCUAUCAUAUCACCCCUUAACCUCCUCUUCUCCAGGCUAAACAUGCCCAGCUCCCUUCACUGGAGGCUUUUAAGCAGAGGUUGGUUAAAAAAUCUAGCUGAGCUUCCUGCAUUGCAGGAGGUUGUACUGGAUGACCCUGAGAUUCCUUCCAACUCUACAUUUCUAUGAUUCUAUAGUAUUAAAAAUCAGGAACACCUUACAGGAGGUGUUUGUCUGAUGUGCAGUGCAAGGGAGUUCCAAGGAAGUGGACCAGUUCUAGCAUCCUCCAGAAGGAAUCUUUGGAUGGGCUUCACAGGAUGCUCUUGCAGUGGCUGGUCAGGGAGGUCGGGGUUGGACGUAUUUCCCCCCAGUAUCUUGGUUCAAAGUUGUAUAGGUAAAGGUAAAGGGACCCCGUCGUGGGGAUUCGAACCACCGACCUUCUGAUCAGCAAGUCCUAGCCUCUGUGGUUUAACCCACAGCGAUAUACCAAAAAAGGUGUUCCUAAACCCUGGUGGAUCAGACCAAAGGGCCACCAAGUUCAGCACCCUAUUUUCCAGAGUGGCCUGUCAGAUGAUUAGAGAAGUCCAGGAGCUCAGCUUGAAUGCAGCCUUCCUCUUUGCUGUUAUUCCGCAGCAGUUGGUUCCCAUAGGGAAGCUGCUGUUUCCGACUGGGGCUUAUCCUCUUGACAGUGCCCUUGUUCCUUCUCUGCAGUUGCCUGGGGCUGCUUCCUGGGGGGCUCAAGCUGCUUGGAAGCUCUGCUGUUCAGAUCACAUUGAAAUGUAUGGAAGGCAUGCCGGUGCAGGGUAGAGUGUCCCUCCUGUAUAGCAUUUAUUCAGUUAGGGCAUAUGAGAACUCAGUACUUGUUUUUAUUUUAUUUUUGCCCUUAACUUGCUUUUAACUCUUUAUGAUAUUAUUAUUUGGUUUUAUGUUUUUAUAUUGUUGUAACCUGCUGUGAUAUAUCUUUAUGAUACAGCAGUAUAUAACUAUUUUUUUCUAUCAAUCAAUAAAAUAAACAUGAUAACAACCUGUGAAAUGCUACAUAGUUUGUGAGAGGGAGGGGAUUGAGAGAGAGACCUGCCUAUAUAGUUGUUCAUGGCAGAAGUGAGUUUUGAUCUGGGGACUUCUAGUUUACAGCUCAUUUCCUUGGUCACCAUGGUCACCAUUUUUUUAAUUAUUUGCUGGUCAUUUGACAUGCCAGGGCCAUAGCUCAGGGACAGAGCAUCUGCUUUGCGUGCAGAAGGUUCCGUCUUCAAUGGCAUCUCCUGGUGGGGAUGCCUGAAAUCCUGGUCAGUGUGGACCAACAGUCUUACUUGGUAUAAGGCAGCUUCCUGUGUUCCUGUGAUGGGAUAAUGGCAGUUUGAUUCUUCCACCACCUUCUUCCACCCCCCACCCCCCAACUACAAAGCACAGGCUUUAAAAUGGCAUAGAUUACAGUUAAGCUCUGUCACUUUACUAACACUUUAAAGGUUUCCUUCCUUCCCUCCUUCUUUCAUAUCCCACAUUUCUUCCACCAUGAAACACCAUGUUCUUCAUGUGGUUCCCAGGGGCUCUCCCAUCCAGGCCCUUUAACCUGGAACCUCUUUAUCUAUUUUAUUUAUAAAUACAUUUUUAUGCUACUUUGCUGGCCUAGCAAGAACUCCCAAAGCAAUUUACAUAAAAUAACAAAUCUUUAAAUUCAGUGCUGAAUGUAGCCCCCUCCCCAUUUUGGCAGGGAUAGGCAAGGAUCGGCUGACAAAUGGUAGCAAAUUUUUAAGGUGCCAAAUGCAGGCUCUGCUCCCAGAGGAAAAAACGUUAAUGUUUGAUGUCAGAUAUGAAGCAGGUGGGCAGGGCUGGGGAAGAACCAUCUUGUGGCCAACAUUAGGAUCCCUGCUGGGUCUAACUGAGGUUCCUCACCCUUGUUUGAGGUGCUGUUUUCAUGAUUAUAAUAUUGGAGGGAGGCCCACCCGAUGGAUCUGUUUGUAUAGGUAGGGUGCAUUUUGGAAUUUGAAGCUCCUGAACAUAAGAAGAGUCCUGCUGGAUCAGGCCCAUGGGUUAUCUAGUCCAGCUUCCUGUUCUCACAGUGGCCAACCAGAUGUCUCUGAUGGGAAACCCACGAGCAGGACCUGAGCGCAAGUGCCGCCCUCUGCCCACCUGCGGCUCCCAGCAACUGGCAUUGAGAAGGAUGCUGCCUCUGACUGCGGAGAAGAAGAAGAAGAAGAGUUUGGAUUUGAUAUCCUACUUUAUCACUACCCGAAGGAGUCUCAAAGCGGCUAACAUUCUCCUUUCCCUUCCUCCCCCACAAGAAACACUCUGUGAGGUGAGUGGGGCUGAGAGACUUCAGAGAAGUGUGACUGGCCCAAGGUCACCCAGCAGCUGCAUGUGGAGGAGCAGGGAAGCAAACCCAGUUCCCCAGAUUACAAAUCUACCGCUCUGAAUCACUACACCUCAUGGAUCCAUAAACUUGUCUAAUACUCUUUUAAAGCCACCAAAAUUGGUGGCCAUCAUUGCCUCUUGUGAGAGCAAGUCCCAUAGUUUAACCAUGAGCUGUGUGAAGAAGGGCUGCCUUUUGUCUGUCCUGAAAGUUCAGUUCUCCAUAUUUCAACACCAUUUUGUGAUUUGCUUAUUUUUUAAAACUCAUAAAAAUUCACCAACAUUUUACUCUGAAUUUCUCUUAAUAGAGACCUUUUUAUAUGCAAUUCUGCUUAACACACACUUUUUUGAAAAGCAGUUUUCUCUAAUAUAAUGUAUUUUUCAUGUUAUUUUAUUGAAUAUAUGCAUUUUUAUGCACACCUACCCUAAAAUAUGUAUUUUUGUAUGUAUUCUUUUGGUUCCAAAAUUUGGAGAAGUGCAGCUUUUAGAGGAUAGCUGUGUUUCAGUUUGUGCAUUAUUCUGGAAAGUCCGAGUUAGGUAGGUUUGCCUUUAAAUGUAAACUAAAUUGAUUGCCCCCAUUCCUAUUCAUAGUAUAGAACCGGAAGUAGGAAAAGCUCUCAUGCCAGCAUCUCCUAAAUAGACUUGUAAUUGCUUAGAUGUUUGGACAAAUUAAGGACAGAGGAAGUACACAUCAAAAACAAAGAGGAUGCCUAAAACCAAAACAGAUUCAAUUAAUCUGUUUAGUGAGUUCAGACUUCUUAGAUGGGUUUCCUGAUCAUAGAGUGUGCAGUAAGAGCCCUUUUGAGAUGAUCAGUCUAUAACAGGGGUCCUCAAACUACAGUCCGCAGACCACAUCUGGCCCACCAGGGUCCUGAACCCGCCCGCCCAGGCAGAGCCAGCGCUGCUGCCUUAUUCCCGAUGGAAGGAGGCGCAGGAUCACCGCUGCCCCAUUUCUCCAUUACAAGCUGUGAAACGUGCUUGAAACCAGGGUAACCUCUGAGGGCCUUGCUCAUGAACAAACGAGGCGGCCGUUGAUCUGAUCCGGCUGUGUCGCAGCGCCCCUACCUUGGCAGCCGCCUCUGCCACUUGCGGGUCUCCUCGGAGGAGGAGGCGCCAUGCUGAAAGCCCCACAGAGCAGUGUCUGGUGCUGGCCACCAUUGCUCCCCAGCAAUUGUUUUGUGGAGUGGGGCGGGUGCUGCUUCUCUUCCUUCUGUUCCGGGCCCCAAUCCUCACAGGGGUUCAACCUGGCGGCGGCAGCAACAUAUUUUAUUAUUAUUUUCCAGAACAUUUUCUUUUCCUAGCUCUGUUGAGUCGAGUUCUUUUGCGCCAUCUCCCCUUCGGCUGCCUUCGUUUUUCCAGGUUGGGAGUGUCUGGGGAAAGCGAGAGCAGGGGAUCCCAGGUGACCGGGGUGGGGGUCAGCUUUCUUCUUUCCCCCUCGAGCUUUAACUCUCCCCCUCUCCCCUUCAGCCUGCGAUCCCCCUCGCUCUCGGCAAUGCUUCCAAGGCCCCUCCCACACUUCCUCUGGGGGAAACUCGGCUCCUUUUCCUGUACUUAUGUCUCCAGUGGUGAGUGAGGAGUCCCUGGCUGGAUCUCUCUCCCCUUGGAGCCAGUCAGGGCAGGGCUGCCAUUUCCCCCUCCCCCUUUUCCCGUGCCUUUUCUUCCUGAGGUAGCAGCGAUAGCAGCAGCAGCAGCAGCCCUCCAGCCUGCCUCCCUCCCUCCCUCCCUCCGCUGGCUUGUUCCGUGGGAAGGAAGGAGAAAAGGGUGAGCCCGGCCCACCCUCCUUCUCGCUUCCCUUUCUUUGGGAAUUGGGAAAUAGGAGGAGAGAACAGAUCGUGCAUGUCCCCACUUUGAGUGCUCCAGGUGAAGUGAGCUUUGGCUGGAUCCAGCUGCCGCACUCUCCAGAUGUCCUCAGCCUCCUACCCUUUUGCCCUAAGCAAGUUUCCAACCAUCGUUCCACCUAGCUCAGUAUUGCCUACACUGACUUGCAGCAGUUUCAGAUAGGGAUCUUUUUGUGCACUGCAAAUAAAAUAUGUGCAGUGUGCAUAGGAAUUUGUUAAAAAAAAUUCAAACUAUAGCCGGCCCCCAACAGUGUCUGAGGGACAGUGAACUGGCCCCCUGUUUAAAAAGUUUGAGGACCCCUGGUCUAUAAGGACGGGGGGCGUCUAUGAUAUAUUUAUGGAGGAAUAAUAAGAGAAUGUAAUUUACAAUUAUCCAAAGAGCAGCUUGACCUGCACAACAUAUUUUACUACCUAAGGGAAGGACCCCGCUUCCGCCUACAGAGGCAAUUGAAUUUUGCUGUUGCUUUUUGACUCUCUUUUUGAAUCUCUCUGCCUUUUAAACCUCUGCCUUUCUUCUCUGAUUCAGUUGCUGAGGAAGCCUGGCAUUUUUGCUAGGGAACCCCUGGAAACCGCAGAAGGUUUUGUAAGGUGUUGUAGGGUACAAACUCUGUUCAUGUGUGGCAGCCGUUGGGCCUUCUCUAGUCAUCAUUGGCUGGGAGGAUAAGCUUGUCCAUCCUGGGUGACCUUCUCAUUGACAGAGCCUCAAUCCUAGAACCCUGUCUCCCUCUCGAGACGGAGCAAAGGCCAAAGUUAUUAAAGUCAAGGCAGGAACUGUUUUGUUAAGAGCAGCACCUUUUCUGUCCCCACCACCCGUAGGCCGGUAUCAAUCCUGCACUUUGGCAUAAGCCUUCCCAGGCCCUGCUUCCCUCUUCGAUAAUGUCUCUUUACCUCAGGGGGUGUCCAGAUAGUUCUGAGUUGGGGGGGGCGGCGGCUGAGUGUUUGGGGAACUGUGUUCCCUCCCAGACACCCAGAGUGCCUUAGCUCCUUCCGGUUCAUCAUUGGGCAGCAUAGCUGGUGCACUAAUGCCAAUGUCCCAUACUGCCUGUGCAGCCUGUGCUAUCUGCUUCUCAAUGGUAGCACAAUGGCCUCCUGUGUGUGCUCCUGCCAUUUGCACAUGGCCAGAAAAGAAGGCAAACUAGGACAUGCGCAUGGCAGUGGGCAACUUCAAACCAGCCCCCAUUUCCCUGGGUUCUUUAAGCGAACAUGGACUGGACAGCCCAUCUAAUAUAGGAUGCCUUCAAAUGGAAAGCAGACCUUUGUAAAGCAGAACACAUGGCCACCCUGUGAUCCUGGGACAUGUCUUCCUGGAGGGGUCAGAAAGUGGAGACUCCUGGGCCACAGCUGCUGUUCGCAUGAGUGCAUUUUUGCUAACCAAAAAGCAAAAAAGGUCUAGAGGGUUGGUAUUUGUAGCAGCAUGUUCUGGCACUAGGGCUUAUUUUAGGAAUGGGAAUUUGGUCCUUCAGCCACCAGCCCCCUCAUCCUUUUGCAAUAUCCAUCCAGGAAAGCUAGUUUUUGUCAGAGACCAGGCUGAGAAGUACUGCUCUGAUGAGGAAUGGUGGGAGCCUCCCCCUCCCCCUGCUCCUGACCAGGAUCCUGAAGCUGCCCAGGAGCAGUGGAACAGUAUAGAUUUAGAACAGUGGUUUGCAGAGGCACAUGGUUCUGAAGACAAAAGUUGGCACGAACUGGGGGGUGAACAGCUAGGAGAAGAACUGGGAGAGAGGGAGUCAACCGACUCGGCAGCCCAGAAAGCAAAGUGGUUGCAAGAUCGGGUUGCAAGGCGCAGAAGUGGCUAGGGGGGAAGUGGGUGGAAUCCUUAAUUGGGAACACCACCAUUCCGAAAAUGGUUGCUUUGUUCUUUUGCUGUGAUCAUUAAAGACUCUUUAAAUGGUAAGCGACUCUUCUCUUUGUCCUGCUUAUCUACCGCCAAAGGUGGGAAGGAAGCUGAGUCCCCAAAGCCUGACAGUUUUUGACCAGAGUCUUACAGUCUUGGUUGAAGGCCAAAUGUCAGUGCUGGUUUUUGUAACCUGGACUUAUCCUUUCAACUGCUUGAGAGCCAUGCUAGAAAUAUUUGUCUGCUAGCUGUGUUUGCUGAGCCACAGUUUGGCCAGCAACACCCUAAGGCAGUCUUCAUCAAGGUGUUCUCCAGAUGUUUGGACUACAUCUGCCUUCCUCCUUGACUGUUGACCAUGCUGACUGGGACUAAUGAGAGACAAUGGCGUGGGAUCAUGCAAGACUAAUUUACAUGUGCUGACACGGAAGGUAAAACAAAAACAAAAAACAGUGUCUAGUUGGAAAUAAUUAUUUAAGUUCAGUAUAAGUUUGGAAUAAUGCAUAAUCAUAUAUAAAGACCUGAGGCACAGGAUUGUUUUUGAAAAAUAAAAUGAAAGGCCGUGGAAAUCUCUUAAUUUGAUCCUGCUUAAUUUGAUACACUGUUAAAUAACAGAGCUGGAAGUCCAGAAUUUUUUUAAAUAACAGCUGACAAACCGCCAGGUAUGUGGCAUGUUCCAACAAAAUCUUCACCAGGAACUAGAUUUAAAGGGAGUCUCAGUUAGCAGUCUGUCUGUAUAAAUUGUCCAUGUGUUGUUGACUUGUGAUUAAAAUGAUUCCACUCCUACUGGGCACAAGUGGGACCUGUACUGAUUGCAGAGCCAUGAGUGCCCGGGGCAAUGGAUGCAAAAUCAUCAUCAUUCCCUUUGCUUCUCUCUGCCAACAAUUCUGCACUGGCUUUGGGUGUCUGUUCCCAGAGAACAGUUGCCUGUGGCAAACACAAGCUUUAACCCUUGCACUUCAGCUGAUGAGUGGGAGUUAAAGGCUGUUCUGUUUGGCUGUGUGCACCUGUUUCCUGCAGACAAUUGGUGUGCACAGCCAAGGAAAGCCUGUAAAACACACUUCCCAAAGCUUAGGGGGGGAGCAGGAGAAGGAAAGGUGCUUUGGCAGUCUUCUGAUUGGUGCCUCCCAAAGAGCUGAGCACAGACGUAGCAAUGUCCCUUGUGCCCGCUGGGUUGAAAUAGAAAUUAACUUUGACACAAAUAAACUACAGCAUGAAUGAACUUGGAAUGCUGAAUUUCCUUGGCAAAUCACACUCCUUAAAAGAGGAAAAGGUUCUUACUCUUACCAAAUAUUAAAAUUAAAUAUCUGAAGAAGCUUAUACCCAGAACAAACUUUGUUGGCCUCUAAGGUGCUACUGUACAAUUUUUUUAUUUACUUUGACUGCGGCAGUGUAGGCAGGGCCAUGUUGCUCUAUAGCCUCACGGGGCUGAGUGGGAGGGGCAAUGCUGUGGGCACAGCAGUGAGCGAUGCCACCCCACUCAUGCUCCCCUCGCCAUAGCUGGUGAGCCACAGGUUCCCUGUCCGUCCUGCAGAACAUUAAAGGUAAGAAUAAGGGACUGGCAUUGUAGGUAUAACAUACGAAUCCCAGUGCUGAGGGACAAGUUUUGACUACCGUAUUUUUCGCCCCAUAGGACGCACCUUUUCCCCUCCAAAAAUGAAGGGGAAAUGUGUGUGCGUCCUAUGGGGCGAAUGCAGGCUUUCGCUGAAGCCUGGAGAGCAAGAGGAGUCGGUGCGCACCGAUCCCUCUAGCUCUCCAGGCUUCAGGAAGCUCUCUGCAAGGUGCGGGAGCCCUGCGCUGGGCUCCCGCGGCUUGCGGAGAGUUGCCUGCAUGCCGAAGGCUGGGCGCGCUGAGCUCAGCGCGCCCAGACUUCGCGCAGCUCUCCGCAAGGCACGGGAGCCCGGCACUGGGCUCCCGCGGCUUGCGGAGAGUUGCCUGUUCUGGGGGCUGGAGUCCCAGCCCCGUGCCUGGGGGGGGGGGGGAAUAAUUUUUUCCCCUUUAUUUCCCCCCAAAAAACCUAGGUGCGCCUUAUGGGACGGUGCGUUCUAUAGGGCGAAAAUACGGUACAUCUUUCACAGAACUGCAUGACACUGCUUCCACAUUAACCAUGAGGGUAGGAAUGGACCUCCAGAUUUAUGUUGAAACAUAGUAAACUGCUUAAAAAAACUUUUUGUAUACUUCAGUAUAUACUUAUGUAUAUACUUCAAUCAAGCAGUUUCUGAAAUAAAUAGUUAAUGAAUAAAGCAGUUAAUGAAACAGUUUCUGAAAUAAAUAAAAUAAUAGGGCUGCUUAAGCCAAGGCAAUCCCGCUAAGUAAGAUUAAUUUAUUAUGUGCCCCAGGUGACUGUAAUUAAAAUGUGCAAAUGAGAGAUGAAUCACUUCAUCUACACUUGGCAGACUUACUGCUUUGCUUGGAGCAAUUUGCUGUGAAUAUCUAUAGAGACUUUCACCAAAUCUCCAUUAGCCAGAGCCGCUUAGCACCAACCUAGUGAUCCCUCCACGUUGCAAAUGCUUUGAAUAUGUUGUAAUUGCAGAAGCACCGCUUCUGCAAGGUGGGCUUGGUGUCUAUUGCUGCCAUGUAUGGACAGUUCUCUGUGUGCAAGCAGGAUUGCAGAAGCAGGGGGAGAAGUCAAAACAGGUGCAAUGUGGGGCAGCUGAGUGGAAGAGAGAAGUAGUUUCAAAAAUAGGGUUGGGAUGUUGAAGACAGUGCUGGGGAGCGGGAGAGGAAGCUGCACAAGUGCAAUGAGAACUGGUCCUUAGGGAAGUUAAUCAUGACAGUGUUGUGGACUCACCAACCUUCCAACUUGAACCAUACAUUUUUAUUAUAAUAGCUACAGCAUUAUUUUUCUCAUGCAUGUAGUUAAAUUGUACUUAAUAAGGAAAAGUAAUCUCCAAUACACCUCCUUAGUACCUGCAAAUGUUACUGUUCAGUAGCAGUUUCCCUCAGCUUUGCUAGUGAAAAUGCUGAGUGCUGAAAUCCUGGUAUGUUUUUGAGACUUGGAUUAAUGUGAGACUUGGAUGUGACAUGCUUUAAAGAGUGAAGGACACAAUUUCAUCUGAACGUAACAAAGUGGAAAUGUGGGCUUCAAGUUCAGUGUAGUUCUUUGCACUCUGAGGUCCAAACUGCAGGUUACGUAUAAUUCCUUGUAAUUUUUCCUUGAAGAUCUCCUUUUCUUUUCUUUUCUUUUCUGAAUGAAAAGCAGAUUUUCCAGGCUGCAACCCUGAGUGGAGGAAGUGUUAGAUGUGGCUAGUUGCUGUUCACUAGCAAAGAUGCUGGAUAUACUGAACAGGGCUACAGAGAGGCAGGUACCUGUGGUAACAAUAUAGAGCACACAUAAACAGCAUGCGCUCCAGACUCUAAGCUUUCAUUAAAAAUCAAAAACAAAGUAGGUCUCUGGUCUUCCUAAAAUAAAAGUUAUGAAGCAAAAUGUCCACGUACCCCUUUCAGCAAUUUCCAUGGGAUGAGCCAGCUUGACCGCUCCCUGUUUCAGUGUUUUUAGUUGUGGCUCUUUUGGCUUUAGACCGCUUGCUUUGUUAUUUCAAGUAUUUAUAGCCCUCUCUUCACCUCAAGACCCCAGGGUGGGGCAAAGAAGUAUAUUAAAACCACAAUGAAUGCAAUUUAAAAAGCAACAACACCAGAGUAAAGCAAGACCUAUAUUAAAUCAGCACCAGUAAAAUAAUGAAUACACAGUAGAAGUGAGGAACAGGUUUAAGGAUUUAGAUUUGGUGGACAGAGUGCCUGAAGAACUAUGGAUGGAGGCUCGUAACAUUGUAUAGGAGGCAGCAACUAAAACCAUCCCAACGAAAAUGAAAUGCAAGAAAGCAAAGUGGCUGUCCAAUGAGGCCUUACAAAUAGGAGAGAAGGCAAGCAAAAUGCGAGGGAGAUAGUGAAAGAUACAGGAAAUUGAAUGCAGAUUUCCAAAGAAUAGCAAGCAAAGAAAUAGAGGAAAACAACAGAAUUGGAAGAACCAGAGAUCUGUUCAAGAAAAUUGGAGAUAUGAAAGGAACAUUUUGUACAAAGAUUACCAUAAUAAUAUUAGUGGAAUAGCAGAAAAAGAAAAGAAGAAGCUUGAAAAGUGCGAGGAGGAGGCAAAGAGCCAAAUAAGUUCUGUAAUUCUUCCGAAUGAAAUCGUACUUAGGUGUAAUGAGGCAACCCAUAGCAUGAGUGUUCAUAUUGAGUAAAAAAAAAAACAAAGGGCACAAUUUGGCUGCAAAAACUUGUGGUGCAGCAGAUCCCUGGGUGACCUUAAUUUCAUGUGUUAGCUUCUCCAAGGAAAAGAACCCCGGCACUCGAUCCCAGAAAACAGAAACAAAAUGACCCCCAGAACGUAUCUGAGUAAGUGCCCUUGGAGUCAUUUCUGAUGGUUUCCUGUGGAGACGAAUGACUGUUAAACCUGUUUCAGCCUGUGGCAUCCAUGUGCUGAUCUUAAAGCCAUCAAAUUUGUGCCCAACAGCUGUCUUAAGGUUCAAUUAGUCCUCUUGCCGCUGUUACUCAGGGACCUGUGGAUAAGCUAUCUGGUUUCACUGACUUUAUCAAUUUGACAGUGUUUUAAUCCAUUAACAUUUCCCUGUAUCUUUCUAGGUUUUCAGCCAUUAUCUCAGCUGUCUGCUUACGAAAUUAUUGUCCCCAAGAGGAUAACAAGAAAACACCGCGAUGUGCUGACAUCCAGGGUAGCAGAGGUAUUUCAGAGCAGGAUUUCAUCAUCAGCAUGUUGCUUUCUGCUUUUUGUACACAUAUCUGGAAGCAGCUGUGAAAUAAUUAAGCAUGGAUGUGCUUCCUGAAUGGUACAGCUGCCGAGGGUUCAGGGCAGCCUAGGACUAAACUGUGUGUGUGUGUGUGUGUGUGUGUGUGUGUGUGUGAGAGAGAGAGAGAGAGAGAGAGAGAGAGAGAGAGAGAGAGAGCUGCAUAUUUGUUGCAGAAGCUUGUUGUGAGCAGCACCUAUUGUCUAAUGUUUGUGAAGUCAACAGUACACAGGGCUGAGACAUUUGGCUGAAUGAGGUGAAGAGCACAUGGUGCUCCCUCUGCCUACAUCAUGGUGCAUAACUGAUCAAGUUAUUUUGGCAACUGAGGCAGAAAAACUUACAAGAGCCUCCUCACCCGCCACUGUCAAAAUGCAACAACUUUUGAAAAAAUAACCUAAAAAUGUGGUUCCCCAUACCUGACAUACAAAGCCAGUUGAUGGUUUUGCAACUAUUUCAUUAAAUAAAGAGAAAAUGCACCAAAAGCUGAGCAUUCAGAGAGAAAAACAUAGACAGGGUGCUACUAUGUCUUGCAGAGCAAUUUCAAUCAAACUUUUGUUGGUCUUGCUUAGUGGGUUUUAGUGGGAAAGUACAUUUUCUCUGCUGAUAUUAUUAUCCUUUUAAUUUGUGGUUGUUACACUAUGAUUUUUAUAUUGCUGACAGUGUUGUUAUUUUUCAUGUUAUGAUUUUCAUGGAUGUAAACUGCUUUGUGUAAUGUGUAUAUAUGGAAAGGGUGGGUGAUGCACCUCCACCAUACACACAAGGGUGUAUUUGCUAGGCGGGGGGCGGACAGGACUGGGAAUCUCUGGAUUGUUCGGAACAUGUCGAUAAUUAAUUGAGGAUUCCCAGAGAGGUUGCUUGAUUAUUCCUUCUUCUUUUGAGGAUGAACUAUCUUUUGAAGUUGAUGUUGAAGGAACAAAGUAUACACUUGAACUAGAAAAAAACAAGUAAGUGACUCAUUUCCAGCUACACUGGGCUGUUUUCCUUCCUCCUGGUUAUUCUGAGUUUAAAUUGGUCUGUUUGGCUCUUUUCCCUGGUUCUGAAAGUGACCUGUACAGGGCUUAGUCUACAGCAUGGGUAGGCAAACUAAGGCUCAGGGGCCGGAUGUGGCCCAAUCGCCUUCUCAAUCUGGCCCUCGGAUAGUCCGGGAAUCAGCAUGUUUUUACAUGAGUAGAAUGUGUCAUUUUAUUUAAAAUGCAUCUCUGGGUUAUUUGUGGGGCAUAGGAAUUUGUUCAUUCCCCUCCCCCCCCCCAAAAAAAUAGUCCGGCCCCCCACAAGGUCUGAGGCUUCAACCCCCUGUUGAGGUUUCAACCCCCUGUUGAAAAAGGUUGCUGACCCCUGGUCUACAGGUCACUUGAGAGCCCUCCAGAGGAAACAACUGGUUGAUUUGAUUUCUCUGCCUGCCCCCUCGGCUUCCAUACUAAACACCAGCAAAGCACUUUUGGCUUCGCCAUCAUGGUGACAUGCCAGCUUAUUUCUGAUAAAGAAAGCAACUUUCCUUAAAGGUUAUUACCGUAUUUUUCGCUCCGUAGGACGCACUUUUUUCCCUUCAAAAAUGAAGGGAAAAUGUGUGUGCGUCCUAUGGAGCGAAGACGCCAUAGCCCCGCGACCCUCUCCCGGCUGGAGAGGUGACGCGCGGCUAUGGCAGGAGCCUCUACAGCCCCGCGUCACCUCUCCAGCCGGGAGAGCGCGCGCGGGGCUAAAGCAGCCCCCCGCGACCCUCUCCCGGCUGGAGAGGUGACGCGGCUAUUGAGGCUCCUGCCAUAGCCAUGCGUCACCUCUCCAGACGGGAGAGCGCGCGCGGGGCUAAAGAAGCCAUAGCCCCGCUACCCUCUCCCAGCUGGAGAGGUGACGCAUGGCUAUGGCAGGAGCCUCUCCGCUGCUCCCUGACCUGCUCUUUGGGGCUGGUGGUGGGCUUCCCCGCCAGCCCCAAAGAGCAGGUCGAGGAACCUGAAGCCUGGAGAGCGAGAGGGGUUGGUGUGCACUGACCCCUCUUGCUCUCCAGGCUUCCAAGGUAGCCGCCUGAACGCACCUUAAACGGCACCUUGUUUUAGAGCGGGAAAACAAGAGGGGGAAAGUUCUCCCCCCUCUCUGCACAGCGCCUCCUGCCACUUCGCUGAAGGGGCGCUGGGCAGAGAGGGGGAGAUUCUUUUUUUCUUGUUCUCCCCCCUCUAAAACAAAGUGCGUCCUAUUGUCCGGUGCGUCCUAUGGUGCGAAAAAUACGGUAAUCUGUACAUGUGGUUUGCAAUAGGCCAUUUGUUGUAAUGUACCGUAUAUUAUAAAAGGGGGGGGACACAGCUACAUCAAAUGUGUGUGAUCCUUCUCCAUUCAUAGUGAAAUGCACUGAUAUUUCUCCAGCUGCUGCUUUUUGUUUAAAAAAAAUCUUUAUGAUUUCAUUUAGAAUAUACCAUAAUUGCAAGGAUAGAAGCAACAGUUCUUUCCCCCCCUUCUGAUUCCUUGUUCUCACAGCCUUCUGUUUGCAAAUCUUUACUUUUUCCUCAUUCUUCUUCCAGGUCCAGUUCUGUGAAAGCACUUAUUUUUUCAAAAGUUUUAAAAAGCCUCAUUUAUUAUUUUUAUAAUGUUUUGUUUAUUUUCUGAAAGAGGGUUGUUUGGUAGUGAUAAAAAGAAAAGAGGGGAGUUUAUAACUAAUCCUGUUUUUAAUGAGGUAUCAUAGAAUCAUAGAAUCAUAGAGUUGGAAGAGACCACAAGGGCCAUCGAGUCCAACCCCCUGCCAAGCAGGAAACACCAUCAGAGCACUCCUGACAUAUGGUUGUCAAGCCUCUGCUUAAAGACCUCCAAAGAAGGAGACUCCACCACACUCCUUGGCAGCAAAUUCCACUGUCAAACAGCUCUUACUGUCAGGAAGUUCUUCCUAAUGUUUAGGUGGAAUCUUCUUUCUUGUAGUUUGGAUCCAUUGCUCCGUGUCCGCUUCUCUGGAGCAGCAGAAAACAACCUUUCUCCCUCCUCUAUGUGACAUCCUUUUAUAUAUUUGAACAUGGCUAUCAUAUCACCCCUUAACCUCCUCUUCUCCAGGCUAAACAUGCCCAGCUCUCUUAGCCGUUCCUCAUAAGGCAUCGUUUCCAGGCCUUUGACCAUUUUGGUUGCCCUUCUCUGGACACGUUCCAGUUUGGCAGUGUCCUUCUUGAACUGUGGUGCCCAGAACUGGACACAGUACUCCAGGUGAGGUCUGACCAGAGCAGAAUACAGUGGCACUAUUACUUCCCUUGAUCUAGAUGCUAUACUCCUAUUGAUGCAGCCCAGAAUUGCAUAGGCUUUUUUUAGCUGCCGCGUCACACUAUUGGCUCAUGUCAAGUAUGUGGUCAACCAAGACUCCUAGAUCCUUUUCACAUGUACUGCUCUCAAGCCAGGUGUCACCCAUCUUGUAUUUGUGCCUCUCAUUUUUUUGCCCAAGUGCAAUACUUUACAUUUCUCCCUGUUAAAAUUCAUCUUGUUUGUUUUUGCCCAGUUCUCUAAUCUGUCAAGGUUGUUUUGAAGUGUGAUCCUGUCCUCUGGGGUGUUAGCCACCCCUCCCAGUUUGGUGUCAUCUGCAAAUUUGAUCAGGAUGCCCUUGAGUCCAUCAUCCAAGUCGUUGAUAAAGAUGUUGAAUAAGACCGGGCCCAAGACAGAACCCUUUGGCACCCCACUAGUCACUCUUCUCCAGGAUGAAGAGGAACCAUUGAUGAGCACCCUUUGGGUUCGGUCAGUCAGCCAGUUACAAAUCCACUGAGUGGUAGCAUAGUCAAGACUGCAUUUUACCAGCUUCUUUACAAGAAUAUCAUGGGGCACCUUGUCAAAUGCCUUGCUGAAAUCAAGGUAGGCUACAUCCACUGCGUUCCCUUCAUCUACCAGGCUUGUAAUUCUGUCAAAAACGAGAUCAGGUUAGUCUGACAUGACUUAUUUUUCAGAAAUCCAUGCUGACUAUUGGUGAUCACAGCAUUCCUUUCUAGGUACUCACAGACUGUUUGCUUAAUGAUCUGCUCCAGAAUCUUCCCUGGUAUUGAUGUCAGACUGACUGGGCGGUAAUUAUUUGGGUCCUCUCUUUUCCCCUUUUUGAAAAUAGGGACAACAUUUGCCCUCCUCCAGUCUGCCGGGACUUCGCCUGUUCUCCAGGAAUUCUCAAAGAUGACUGCCAGUGGUUCUGAGAUCACAUCUGCCCGUUCUUUUAAUACUCUUGGAUGCAGUUCAUCUGGCUCUGGAGACAUGAAUACAUCUAAACUAGCCAAGUAUUCUUGUACUAUCUCCUUAGUUAUUCUGGGCUGUGUUUCCUCUGCUGAAUCAUUUGCUCCAAAUUCUUCAGGUCGGGCAUUGUUUUCUUUAUCGGAGAAGACUGAGGCAAAGAAGGCAUUGAGGAGUUCAGCUCUUUCUGUGUCCCCUGUUUGCAUUUCACCAUCUUCUCCUCUGAGUGACCCCACUGUUUCUUUGUUCUUCCUUUUGCUACUGACAUACCCAUAAAAGCCUUUUUUGUUGCUUUUAACCUGUCUAGCAAGCCUGAGUUCAUUCUGUGCUUUAACUUUUCUGACUUUGUGUCUACACGUGCUGGCUAUUUGUUUGAAUUCCUCUUUGGUGGUUUCCCCCCUUUUCCAUUUUUUGUACACAUCCUUUUUUAAUCUUAACUCAGUUAAAAGUUCUUUAGAUAGCCACCCUGGCUUCUUUAGGCACCUUCCAUGUUUCCAUCUCAUUGGUAUUGCCUGAAGUUGUGCUUUUACUAUCUCCCUCUUAACAAACUCCCAGCCAUCAUGAACUCCCUUUCCUUUUAGUAUUACUGUCCAUGGGAUCUCACCCAGUACUUCCCUAAGUUUUAUGAAGUCGGCUUUCUUAAAGUCAAGAAAUUGAGUCCUAGUAUGCUUGGCUGCUCCUUUCCGCUGUAUAGUAAACUUCAGAAGAGCAUGAUCACUCGCGCCUAAUGAUCCUUCCACUUCUACCCCACUAACCAGGUCAUCAACAUUGGUUAGGACCAGAUCUAAAAUGGCUGUUCCUCUUGUUGCUUCUUCCACUUUCUGGACAAUGAAGUUGUCUGCAAGGCCAGUGAGGAAUCUGUUUGACCUUAGGCUCUUGGCUGAGUUUGACAUCCAACAAAUAUCCGGGUAAUUGAAGUCCCCCAUUACUACUAUCUCCCUUCCUUUUGCAUGCUUGGCCAUCUGUUCCAGGAAGGCAUCAUCUAUGUCCUCCGUUUGGCUUGGGGAUCUAUAGUAAACUCCCACAAUGAGGUCACUGUUAUUCUUCUCUCCCUUAAUUUUGACCCAAAUGCUCUCACUUUGGCUUUGAGGUUCUAAAUCUUGGAUCUCUUCACAGGUAUACACAUCCCUGACAUAUAACGCCACUCCCCCUCCUUUCUUGUUUGGUCUGUUUCUCUGAAAUAGGUUGUAUCCCUCCAUUAUUACAUUCCAAUCGUGGGACUUAUCCCACCAGGUUUCAGUGAUGCCUAUUAUGUCAUAUUUAGUUUGCUGUACCAAGAGCUCAAGCUCAUCUUGUUUAUUUCCCAUGCUUUGCACAUUAGUGUACAGACAUUGAAGUCCAUUACUCAUUCCCCGUGUCUCUUAUUUAAGGAUUUUUUCCUCCCACCACUAGGUCUGCGUGCUGUUUGCUCCAUUUGGUCUAUGACAUUUGGAUGAUCAUCUUCAUCAAUUGAUAGACUCCUACCUUCAGGAGCACUGUCUCCCUCCCCCACAUUAGUCAGUUUAAAGCCCUCCUGAUGAGGUUUCUGAGAUUUUUGGCAACAGCAUUCCUCCCAACCAUUGUGAGGUGCAGCCCAUCGCUUGCCAGAAGUCCAUCUUCAAGAAACUGCAGUCCGUGAGCUAAGAAUCCAAACCGUUCCUGUUUACACCAUUUGCGAAGCCAGCUGUUCACUUCCACUAUUUUUCCCUCUCUCCUGGGCCACGUCGUUCAACUGGGAGGACAGAUGAGAUGACAAUUUGUGCAUUUAAUUGCUUCAAUUUCCUGCCCAGAGCCUCGUAGUCUCUUUUGAUCUUCUGGAGGCUAUUGCUUGCAGUGUCAUUGGUUCCCACAUGAACCAAGAGGAAGGGGUAUUUGUCAGUGGAUUUUAUGAUUCCUUGCAGUCGUUCAGUUACAUCUUGGAUCGUAGCCCCGAGGAGACAGCACACUUCCCGAGACAUCUUGUCAGGCCCACAGAUCACUGCUUCUGUUCCCCUCAGUAGGGAAUUCCCUAUCACCACUACACGCCUCCUCUUAGGUUUGGUCGGGGUUCUUCCGUGAGCUGUCCGUUCCAAGGUCGCCUGCAGAUUCCCUGAGGACUGACUUUGCUGCUCGUCUUCAUAUACCUGAUCGACUGUAAUGAGGGAGAGAUCCUCAAAUGGAGUCUGCUCUUCGUCUUCCAUGCUAGGGGAGAGGACCUCAAAGCAAUUGUGUAUUUCUAAACAUUCAGAGCGAACCCUGGGCCUCCUACUUCUUUGAGUCAUGUUUCUCCAUAUAUCUGGCUCCUGUGUUGGUGAACUAGCCUCCUUCUCAGGGGAGUCCCCUGUCUCCUCCUUGGCGGAGACAGUGUGCUCUGUUGCUUCCAAGAAGAGCUCCAGCUCUCUUAAUUCUUUGGAGCGUAGCUACACGUUCCUCCAGUUGCUGGACUUUGUCUUCUAAGAGGGCAAUCAACAUGCAAUUGCUGCAGGUAAAGCUGCCUGCAACCUUUGGCAAGAUGGCAAACAUUGCGCAGGAACCGCAGGUGACUGCAGCUGUUCCCUCCCCCUCCAUCUUGAGAACGUGUCAUUGGGGGUGGCUACAGCGGUCCUCCAUCAUAAAAAGCGUGAAGACAGGACAAAUAACUCCCCCCCAAAAAACCUAGGUCUCCCCCAACAAACGUUUGAGACUAGCUCCCGUAAAUCUAAAAGAUGGAUCAAACUGCGUGCGCCGCUAGGCGCGCGCCACUGCCCUGCAAGCUCUGAUAAGAUGUUACUGUUCGUUCCUUUUAAGCAUGAGGUCUAAAAACAUUCUUAAUUUUCAAGUUUUUAAUUUUGCUUAAGUUAAAUGCUGUACUCUUUUGCUUAUUUUUCAAUGCUGUCUUGGGAGGGUUUGAAAAACAAGACUCUGAAGGCAGGGAGGGGGUUCAGGUGGUCUAGCAGACUGGCUUUUGAACCUGCCUUUCCUCGUUCCCUUCCAACUUUGCAGCUCAACAUUGCUGGUUCCGCAUUUUUUCCUUAAUCUUUAAAACAAUUGUUGCCUAAUGCGUUUCUUCCCAUAAUUCCCUCUCCAAUUCCUCCAGAGCCCUUGUGCCCAAAGACUUCACAGUUUAUACUUACAAUGCUGACGGCUCGCUGCAUUCUGAGAUUCUGGAUCUCAAGGUAUGUUUUCCUUUCAAAUACAUUUCUUGGGAGCCUGCCUCUCCAUCCUGCUGGGCUGGCAUCUGGAGAAGUAAAGUAGCAAAGAUUUUCCAGGCACAAGUGGGAGCCAAGGGCAAAUGAGUUCAAUUGCCUGAGAUGUAGGAAUAGGGCUGAGGGUUGCUGUGUCUGCAAGAGUGGUAUUGGGGGUUGGAUGUUUGAACACCCUCCCUGAAUGUAGAAAAAUACCACUGCAAGGUAAAGGCUAGUCUUGUCUUGAACUUUAUUACGGUCACGGACCAGGAUAAAAAACAAACAAACAUAUAAAUAAAAUAGCAGUUAGGAUUUUUUUUUAACUGAUAAAUGUUGGAGCAAAUAAGGACAAGGAAACAAGCAUAGGAUAAAACAUCUGAAUCAAAUACAAGAUUAAACACGGAUAAUGGAUGGAUAAAAACUGAUAAUUAAAACAGAUAAAAACAUGCAGUUAAAUCAACUGUAAGAGCGUAAGAACUAAAAGACUCACAGUUAAAACAACUAUAAGAGGCUGCAGAGUAGAAGCCUCUGAAAUAGAGGACACUCACAGCAUUAGAAACUGAUGUGCAAAUAUGGUUAAAACAGACAAUUAAAACAAUGUACAACAAUAAAUUUAGACACAAUGUGCAACAAUAAACUAUCCCAGGGAGUUGACUCAGAGUCCAUGGAACCGAGUUUGGGGAUUUUCAUGCUGGACUAUUUUGAGUUGGGCGAUGGUCUGCGUCUACAGAUUUGCACACAGAAUCUGGCGACCAUCCAGGUCUUCUUCUGGUCUUUGCCUAACAGCAAAAGGUCAAAUUUUUGCUUUUGCGGGAAGUCGGCGAACCUCACCAGUAGGGGAUCAAUGAACUUACUGUGUGCUUCUUCAUAAAAGGGACAUUUAAAGAACAAGUGUUCUGGGCUUCCUAUCUCUCCCAAUGGACAGGUGCAAAGUCUCUGGGCAUAGGGGACUUUUCUAAAGGCUCCAUCCAGGACUGGCGAGGGAAGAGCCGUGUUUCUGGCGAGUGUAAAUGCCCUUCUUGCAUUUCUAGAUACAAGAAAGAAGAGAUAUGCUGCCGGUGCGGCUAUGUAUCUCUCGAUUUCUCCAAUUUUAUAGUCGGGGCACCUUGCGCAGUCCUGUUGUCUCUCGGUAUCUAAUAUUCUUUGCCUGACCGUGGCUUUUGCCUGGCCCAAGCCCAGACUUAGAAGGGCCUGAGGGGCAAAACCCAGUUUCGGGAGGGUGUUCAGAACUGCAGUCUGCCAGCCUGACUGGAAUUGGUCGCAGAGGAUCAGUGGGGCUAUCCCUCGGGGGAGCAGAUUCAAUGUCAGCUAUUUGUAUAUUGAUGUUAAGCAAAUGCUAGCCUCCACUCUCAUCAUCCCCGUUUCCAAUCUAACCCAUGCGUUUGAGACACAUCUGGGGACUUGCAGGAGAGCUCUAAGAAGUCUAGAUUGAACUCUCUCAAGUGGGGAGAAAGCAGAGGAAGGCGGACCCAAAAAGGAACCAUACAGGAGUUGUGCCAAAGUUUUGGCCUUGUAUAAUUUUAGAGCUGCGGGGACCAAGAAGCCCCUUGUGCUCUGAAGAAUUUAAGAAUACAAUUUGUGGUUUUUUCCGCUGAACUCCCGAUGAAGUUUAUGUGUAGUUUGUUGGUUCCUGAGGCCUGUACCACCAUUCCUAGAUACUUAUAGUUUGUGACUUGUUCUAAUUUAUGGCCUUGGAGUUCCCAGCUUCUAAGCUUUGGUUUUCCCCAAAAAGCGAGUAUCUUGGUCUUUUGAUAGUUGAUUCUGAGACAUUCAGAUUCACAGUAUGCUGCGAGCUUUCUUAGUGCUCUUUUGAGUCCAAUGGGGGUUCUGGAUAGAAUUACUGCAUCAUUGGCAUAUAGCAGGACCGAAAUAUGCCGAUUUGCAAGCUUCGGCGGGUGGAGUUCUGAGUCAUUGAGUGCAGAUACUAAGUUAUUUAGAUAGAAAUUAAAUAGUAGAGGGGCCAAUAGGCACCCUUGCCUGACUCCUUUGAAGGUUUUAAUUGGGUCCGUUAGGUGUCCUAGGCGGCUGCACCUGACUCUAAGAGCCGUGUUUGCGUGCAGUGCCUGAAUUAGGAGCAGGAGCCUUCUAUCUAUAUUGAUACCCUGUAGUCUGUCCCAAAGUCUGGUUCUGGAUGUAUCAAAAGCUGCUUUUAGGUCAACGAAGGCAGCGUAUAGUGAGGCCUGUCCUCCAGAUUUGUAUUUGUUGAUGAGAUGUUGUAGCGUUAGGCAGUGAUCUGUCAUGGACCUUCCGGGUAAAGGGUAGUCUUCUCCUUGGCCUGCUCACUACCUGCUGUGUUCCUGAGGACAGGCUGCUCCCUGUCCUUAACCUGGCAUUUAAUUUUUUUUAAAGCCCUGGCUUGAAUGUGGAUGGCAUCAUUCACAUGCUCAUAGGCCCCAGUGCUACUUGUGAGACAUUUCCUAGCACCCUGCUUGUAUUUCCAAAGGUCUUGGAGAUCAUGCUUACUUCCUAACAGCUCCAAAACUCUGUCAGCUUCCAGGUGUUGUGUGGCAUUCUCCCCUCCCCCGCCAAGCGAGUUCCUUCCAGAUGUGUGUCUCUGAACUCUGGCUGCCUGGUGAUGUUGUGGUUAUUGAGAUGGAAGUCAGUUUCUGUCAUGUAAUUGGAUGGUAGAGCAUCUAUGCCAGCAUCUCCAGUAGGACUGGGAAAGUUUCCUGCCCCAAAUCCUGGAGAACCUCUGCCAGUCAGUGUGGACACUACUGAGGUAAAAUGACUGGGGGCUUCCUAUGUCUCUACCAUGUUUUUAUUAGUAGGCUCUUGGCUUUGCUGGCUAAUUAGUUGUUGUAAGCAAAUAGUCCCUUUGUGGGAGUUCCCCCCUUCCUUUCUUUGUUUUGCAUGUUUGCAAAGCACAGAAGAAGAGCCUUGCUGGUUCAGACCAUGAGUCCCUCCGGCCCAGCUCACUGCUUUCCACAGUGGCUACUCAGAGGCCUCCAGGAAGCCCACAAAUGGGGAGGAAAGGUCAACCUGUCACAUGGUUGCUGACUAGCAACCUGUCCCCGGAGCUGAGGGAGGGGGAAGAACAGGAGCCGUUAGAAAAGACAGGAGAGGGAGAGGAGGACAAGCAAGCAGAAGGAACUCAAGCAGCGAGGACGCCAGUGGCGUAGUGUGGGUUGUCAGCACCCGGGGCAAGGCAAGUAAUUUGCGCCCCCUAACCCAUGGAUUUGCGCCCCCUAACCCGUGGAUUUGCACCCCCUAACCCUAACCCCCAGAUGUUGCGCCCGGUGCGGCCGGCGCCCCCUGCACCCCCCACGCUACGCCACUGGAGGACGCUCCCAGAUGCUGGAGACCAUCAACACCACUCAACCAGUUCAGAGACAGAGGGAGAGUCAGUGCCCAUUCCUUCAGCACAGAACAGAAGGGGGUUAAAACGCAGGGAACAUAGAAGGCGCUUGGGGCUUCCCAAGCUCCUCUGCUGGAGGAGGAGCCAAAAGCUCCCACUUCCUGGAUCUGCUACCGAGGAUUCGGAUGCAUGAAGCUAUGUCCUGUACCUUGUAAAUAUGUAUGUAAAUAAAGACUGUAAAUAUAUCUAUGAGUGAGCAGAGGUAUUUUUUGUGAAAGGCUUCCAGACCCAUCACACAACCUGGUGUUCAUUGAUAUACUGCUGCUGAACUUGGAGGUUCUAUUUAGCUACAAUUGUUGAACAGACACUGAUAGGUUUCUCUUUCUGCAUCAGGGAGGGGGGAACCUGUGACCCUCCAGAUGUUUUGGGGCUCCCCUUGGUGUUCCGAGCACACGCAGCCCAGGAAGGACAGACAGCUUGCAGUCUAAUUCUUUAUUGGCAAAGCGCACCCUUAGGGUAGCUCCUAAGGCAUGUUGUGGAGGGUGGGGGUGAAAAAGAAAACUAAUCGUCCUUUAAGACUGGGAAUAUCCCCUCACUCUUCCAGUUUAGGAUAUUCCACCAUUCUUCAGCAGAGUUGCUUUUCUUUCAGCAAAGUAAAGGCUCAAACAAAGCUUUAAUAAUAAAGAAAACUGUAACACAGUGACAUCCUGUCUGAGAGAGACUAAAAGCACAUCCUGGGGCCAGAAGGACACUUGGUCUCUUGGACUGAAUUGAACUGGACACCCAAAGGGAGGGGCCAGUUCUGGAGCUCAACACAGAAGCCCCACCCACCAGAUGACAGACAUUCUACUAAUCCAGUUGGGCCCCAGUGUUUUUCUUACAAAGGUGCACAGUGCUUCCGGCGGCUAAGCGGUUGGCAUCCCCUCCACUGGCUUCUGCUCCCAACUGGACUACUGAAGCAGCAGGGUGACCAUGCCUCCACCCAAACUUAUGUACCCUCGCUGGAUGGUGCGCAUGCGUGCACAAGCAAUCUGCAAGAUUUGGCCUUAAGUCCCAAGGCACUCCUUCUCUUGUGGAAGAGCAGAGUAGCAGAAGCUUGGUGGAACGGAUGUGUUGGGUUUCAAUAAAUCACACAGAGUCAAAACACAUUAGCAAAGGGAAUUUUUUAUUAAGGAUUAGGCUUAGUUACAGCAAAAAAACCCCUCAAGAAUAAAUGUAUAGAAACUCAGAGGAUGCGAAGAGAAGAAAACAAAAGUAGGAAUAACCAGGCAGUUCCCUGAACAACUGCUAUAUCUCUUCUGGCUCAGUGUCCUUGAGAUAACAUAUCAAGAAAGUACAGGGUAACUCAUAACAUGUCCUACUGUUUCAGCAGAAAUGAACAGUUACAGACACACUGGAAUAGACCAGUACUUUCCAGUUCUGAACAGUUUCUGCCUUCAAAAAACUUCAGCCAUGACAUUCUCCUGCAUGGAAGUUGCUGCCAUUCCUGUCUCUUCAAGCCCCUCCUGGUCCUGGGGGGCAGUGGAGGAGAGGACAUUUGCCUUGUAUAUGAAGCAGCAGCAGCCCUCCUGAUAGGCCCUCCUGAUUAACAGCUGUUAAGCAGGAGGAUCGGAUCCUGCCUGAUGUGUUAAGUGGGAGAGUCCUAGCUUUCCUAGCUGUAUAACAAAAUAGGAUUUGAAUCCCUUUAAAAAAAGAUAUCCCCAUCCGUGAAUUAUUUUGGAGGUGGUUCUGGUGUCGGGUGUCUGGUCCCUGGGACAACACAGGGUAAAUUGCCCUGAUCCAGGUGGCAGGUCGAGGGAGUAGGUGUCUGUGCAAAGUCUCAAUUUGUAGAACUCCUAAGCUGCCUUCCUUCGGAGUAGAUCCCAAGGCUGCUUCCACACAUCAAACAAGCCAUUAUCAACAAUGAAACAGUAGCAUUUCAUAAUAAUCGUAGGACCUUGGACAGUUCCACUAAAUUCACCAAAUGUCUUAGUAAAUAGAUGUGUCUUAACUUGGUUCUGGAAACUCAGAAACAUAGCUGACAUCUGUGUGUACCUGAGCGUGGAGAUAAUUUCAUAGUUGGGGUGUCACUACAGAGAAUCUGCUAUCACAUGUCUUCACACUUUGAUUUUUUUUUUUAAAUUUGAUUUUUAUUGAAAUUUACAAUCACCAACCAACUCCCACCACCCACCACCAAAACAUCACAUCUUGUUACAUGUAUCCUACUUUGUGUUUCAUAGAUCCAUUAGCUUCCGUCCUUCCCUUCCAGCAGUUUUCCUAUUCCAUUCUAUAGUUUACAGAUUCUUUAAUUAUAAAUUAUGCCAUGACAUGAGAGGUAUUUCAAUCCUGCCAACGUUUUCAUAUCUGUACAAUUCUCACUUAUAUAAACCAUAAAUUUACUCCAUUCUUUUUGGUACUUUGUCUCCUCCUGAUUGUGAAUUCUGUGUGUCAAUUUAGCCAUCUCAGCAUACUCAACCAACUUUAUCUGCCAUUCUCUUAUCGUCGGCAUCUCCUGUUGCUUCCACCUUAGAGCUAUCAGAACUCUGGCUGCAGUUGUUGCAUAUAAAUAUAAUCUUUGAUCUAUCUUUUUAAUCCCUUCUCCCACCAAACCUAGCAAAAAUUCUUCCGGCUUUUUGGGAAAACUGUACUUAAACAUCUUUUUUAACUCGUUGUAAACCGCAUCCCAAAACUCUUUUAUUUUAUUGCAAGACCACCACAUGUGAUAGAAAUCGCCGUCUUUUUCCUUGCACUUCCAGCAGGUUUUACUACUUGUUCUAUACAUUUUUGCCAAUUUGGUGGGAGUGAGAUACCAACGAUAAACCAUCUUCAUAACAUUUUCUUUUAAGGCAGAACAAGCGGUGAAUUUUAUGCUCUCAUUCCAGAGUUUGGCCCAUACAUCAUAUUCUAUGCUAUGUCCUAAAUCAAUAGCCCAUUUUCUCAUAGCCUCUUUUAUAAAUUCAUCUUUUGUGUUCCAUUCUAGUAAGAGAUUGUACAUUUUUGAUAAUAGCUUGGAUUUACUCUCUAAAAUAUCUAUUUGAAAUUUCGAUUUUUUUGUCCUCAAAUCCUAUUUUUUUAUCCUCUUUAAAGACAUCAUUGACUUGAUGGUAUUGCAACCAUCCUGUCAAUUUUUCAGCAAUACACUCAUAGGGCUUUAAUUUCCAACCUUUUUCAGCCUUCAUCAAAAUUUCCUCAUAUGUGGCCCCUCUCCCUAGUAUGUUCAGUUUUUUAACUGUUAAUAUAUCAAUUGGUGACAGCCACCACGGUGUUUUCCUUUCCAACAAAUUCUUGUUUCUUUCCCAGACUUCAAAUAAGGCACCUCUUAUCACAUGAUUUGUAAACCCCUUAUGCACUUUUGCCUUACCACACCAAAGAUAAGAGUGCCAUCCAAAUCUAUUGUUGAACCCCUCCAAAUCUAACAAGUCUAGGUUCUCCUGAAUUAUCCAAUCCUUUGUCCAACAUAAACAUGCCGCUUCAUAAUAGAGUUUCAGAUCAGGUACUGCAAACCCCCCUCUUUCCUUCUUAUCUGUCAAUAUUUUAAAUUUAAUUCUUGGUCUUUUCCCUUGCCAUAUAAAACGCGAGAGGGUUUUUUGCCACUCUUUGAAUUGUCUUAAACCUCUUAUUAUCGGAAUUGUCUGUAACAGAAACAACAUUUUCGGUAAUAGAUUCAUUUUAAUCGCAGACAUUCUUCCCGUCAUUGAUAGCUUUAAUCUGUCCCGUAUUUCUAAUUCUCUUUAAAUCUCCUUCCAGACUGGUUGAUAAUUGUCAUUAAAAAGAUUUAUAUUCUUUGCCGUCAUCCAAAUUCCCAGAUACUUGACUUUUUUGACCACCUUGAUUUCACAUGUCUUCACACUUUGAGUACAUGUAGCUGUACCCUUACAUUGCUUCCAGAGGGCAUGUUUGCUGAGCAUUCUUCUCAAUGUGUCUGCACAGCAUUUGCAGGGAAGUUCUAUAAUGCCAUUCUGAUUUGUUUGCGGACAAGUUAUAUGAGCCAUUAUUAUCUUACACUUUCUAGGGAAUUUCCCUGGUGCUUUCCUUAACUGAAAAAAGUUGUGUGUGUGUGUGUGUGUGUGUGUGUGUGUAGAAGCAGGCUUGUUGCUCAAGAGACCAAAUCCAUUUUAAAAGGGUGACCUGAAUCAACAGGUAUGCAAUAGAGUCCAACCCACAAAAUAGCAACACCUCAUUUUCUUGAUUCAUGAGAGCGUUGUGGUAUCAACACUGUGAGCAACAAGAAACGCUGCAUGCAGUCAUUUCUUAACCCACCCCCCUUGUUUUCUACCCAUUCAGGAUCACUGCCACUAUCAGGGAUAUGUAAAAGGAGUAGCGGAUUCCUUGGUCGCUGUCAGCACUUGCUCUGGACUCAGGUAAGUGAUACGUUCUUGUGCUUUUUUGGGGGGAGGGGGCAGAAUAGUGGCUGCCCCUCCCUCAAAGCAACCUGCCUUUCUGUGUACUGACGGUGGCCUCUGAAACCAGGGGUACAGAUCCUCAGGCCUGGGAGUCAAAUACAGUCAUUUUCAUGACUCCUCCCUCUUUUUGUCUCUGGACACUCCCCACCACCACCACUGGCACGCAAUACCCAGAAAGUGGCCUGUGAGGGAAUGCAGCCCCUGGGCUGGGAAACGCCCCCCCCCCCAUGUGAGCCACAGCAACUUCUCCUUUUUGCCCUUUGCUCCUGGGGCUUCUAGACAUUCUGGCUGAGAUGCUGGAGACAUUUUCUCCAUCAACCCUGCAGCACCUCGUCUUGUCCUUCUUAGCCAAGGUCAGGCUGCCUUAAUUGAUUAAUUUUUUUUUUUUUGAGUUUGUUCUUUUGUCCCUAUAUUUAUUUGUUUUUUUAAAAAAUAUUUAUUAAAGUUUAAACAUUACAAAAAAGAAAAGAGAAACAAAAGAGAAAUAUACAAAGCAUCAACAAUACAAAAAGAAGAAAAAAAGAAAACAAAAGCAUUUAAAAAAAGAAAAAAACCCCAAAGGAACAAACAAACAUACAAAAGAACCCCAUAUUUUCAUAUCCUUAUCUUUCAUUAGCUUAUUUCCUCGACUUCCUCACACCUCCUUUUUUGUAUUCUAGUUCAAUUAAAUGUUCUAGCAAGUCCUUUCCCUCUUUCACAAAUUUAGUUCCAUAAUUUAAUUUAACGAAAUUUUUGACUUAAAUUUACUUCUUUACCCAAUGUCAAUCUAUUCAUACUUAAUUCUUUAUAAUAUUUCUGCUAAAGUCAUGUAACUUCUUUCCAGCAUCUUUCUAACAUUCAUUAAUUUUAGAGUAUUUCUGUAAAUAAACUUUGAAUUUUUUCCAAUCUUCUUCCACCGACUCUUCUCCCUGGUCUCGGAUUCUGCCAGUCAUUUCCGCCAAUUCCAUAUAAUCCAUCAGCUUCAUCUGCCAUUCUUCCCUGGUAGGUAGGUCUUGUGUCUUCCAGUGCUUUGCGAUGAGUAUUCUUGCUCCUGUUGUCUCAUACAUAAAAAAACCUCUAUCCUUCUUUGGCACCAAUUGGCCCACCAUGCCCAGGAGAAAGGCCUCUGGUUUCUUUAAGAAGGUAUAUUUAAAUACCUUUUUCAUUUCAUUAUAGAUCAUCUCCCAGAAUGCCUUAAUCUUUGGGCAUGUCCACCAAAGGUGAAAGAAAGUGCCUUCAGUUUCAUUGCAUUUCCAACAUUUAUUAUCGGGCAGAUGGUAGAUUUUUGCAAGCUUGACUGGUGUUAUGUACCACCUGUAAAUCAUUUUCAUUAAGUUCUCUUUUAAGGCAUUACAUGCCGUAAACUUCAUACCAGUGGUCCAUAACUGUUCCCAGUCAUCCAUCAUAAUGUUAUGUCUAACAUCCUGUGCCCAUUUAAUCAUAGCAGAUUUCACCAUUUCGUCCUGGGUAUUCCAUUUCAGUAGCAAGUUAUACAUUCUUGACAAAUUCUUAGUUUUGGGUUCUAACAGUUCUGUUUCUAGUUUUGAUUUUUCCACCUGGAAGCCAAUUUUCUUAUCCAAAUUAUAUGCCUCCAUUAUUUGGUAAUAAUGGAGCCAAUCUCGCACUUUGUUUUUUAAUUUUUCAAAACUCUGUAAUUUUAAUCUGUCACCCUCUUGUUCCAAGAUUUCCCAAUACUUCGGCCAUUUGGCCUCCAUAUUGAGUUUUUUCUGAGCCUUUGCCUCCAUAGGUGACAGCCAUCUUGGGGUUUUAUUUUCUAACAAAUCCUUGUAUCUUAUCCAGACAUUAAACAGUGCUUUCCUUACAAUAUGGUUUUUGAACGCUUUGUGUGCUUUGACCUUAUCAUACCACAAAUAUGCAUGCCAACCAAAUACAUUAUUAAAACCUUCCAAAUCCAAAACGUCUGUAUUUUCAAGAAGCAUCCAUUCUCUCAGCCAGCAAAAAGCGGCUGAUUCAUAGUAAAGUUUUAAGUCUGGCAGGGCAAAUCCACCUCUUUCUUUAGCAUCAGUUAAAAUCUUAAAUUUUAUGCGGGGCUUCUUGCCCUGCCAGACAAAUCUGGAAAUAUCUCUCUGCCACUUCUUGAAACAGUCCAUUUUGUCGAAGAUUUGCAGUGAAUGGAACAGAAAGAACAUUCUUGGCAAUACAUUCAUUUUUAUCACAGCAAUUCGGCCUAGCAGCGAUAACUUCAAAUUUGACCAUAUUUCUAAGUCUUUUUUCACUUCAGUCCAACAUUUUUCAUAGUUAUCCUUGUAUAAAUUCACAUUUUUAGCAGUCAUAUUAACCCCUAAGUAUUUCACUUUCUUAACCAGUGUCAAACCUGUCUCUCUCUGAAACUUCUCUCUCUCAAUCACAUUCAGAUUUUUCUCCAGGACUUUAGUUUUCAUCUUAUUCAACUUAAAACCUGCUACCUGACCAAAUUCUUGAAUCAAUCAUAAUACUCUUUUUGUGCUCAAUUCCGGCUCCUGUAAAGUCAGUACUAAAUCAUCUGCAAAUGCUUUCAAUUUGUACUGUUUAGAACCCACUUGUAUACCUUUAACCAAUUUGUCCCUUCUAAUCAUAUUUAGCAAAACCUCCAGGACCGAAAUAAAAAGCAAUGGAGAAAUUGGGCAACCUUGUCGUGUUCCUUUCUCAAUCCUAAAUUCUUCCGUCACUACAUUAUUCACAAUUAGUUUAGCCCUUUGUUCUGAAUAAAUUGCACCUAUACCAUUUCCAAAACUUUUACCAACCCCCAUCCCUAAUAAAUUCUUCUUCAUAAAACUCCAGGAAAUAUUGUCAAAGGCUUUCUCCACGUCCACAAAAAUCAAAACUGCUUUGGUAUUAAUCUUCACUUGUAGCUUUUCUAAAAUGUUAAUUAUAUUCCUCGUAUUAUCAGACAAAUGCCUGCCCGGGAGAAAACCCGCUUGGUCUUUAUGAAUUUCUUCUGCUAACACCUUUUUUAGUCUUUUAGCCAAAAUAUCUGCAAAAAUUUUGUAAUCCACAUUAAGAAGUGAUAUGGGGCAGUAAUUCUUAAGUUGCGUCUUUUCAGACUCUGAUUUUGGUAUGAGUGUAAUAUAUGCUUCUUUCCACGAUUCAGGUGCCCUUUUCUCUUCCAAUAUUUCAUUGCAGACUUCCUUUAAUGGUUGUAUUAACCAUUCUUUCAAAGUUCUAUAGUAUCUAGAGGUCAGUCCAUCCGGUCCUGGAGAUUUACCUAGUUGCAUAUUCUGAAUGGCCCCUUCUACUUCCUGAUCCGUUAUUUUGUAAUCCAACAUUAAUUUGUUUACUUGGGAAAUUUUUUGAAGUCCAUUUAUUUUCAAGAAUUUAUCAAUGUCCAUUUCGUUCUGCUUUUCUUGUGUAUAUAAUUGUUUAAAAUACCUCUGGAAGCACCUUCUAAUUUCAACUGGAUUCUGUAUAUUCUUUCCUUCCACUUCCAGAUUCGUAAUAGUAUUUAAUUUUUGUCUUUUUUUCAAUUGCCAAGUCAGCAGUUUCCCACACUUAUUUGCCGAUUCAAAUGUCUUUUGUCUCAUCUGUUUAAUCUUCCAUUCUGUUUCCUGGUUCAUCAAUUUCAUAUAUUGUACUUGAUAAAACUUUAUUUCUUUUAAGAUGUCCUGGGACUUUGGUUUCACCCUCAAUUUCUUCUCUCCUUCCUUUAUUUUUUCCAUAAUUUUGUCUUUUUUCUCAUUUUGCCUUUUCUUCUUAAUUGCCUUCUGUUGUAUCAAAAAACCUCUCAUUACGGCUUUACUUGCGUCCCAGAUUACUCUUUUUUCCACUGAAGUAUUCAUAUUUAUCUCAAAAUAAUCUUUCAAAGUUUUUUGGGCCUUUUUAAUAAAUUCAUCAUUCCUGAAUAAAGAGUCAUUCAUCCUCCAUCUGAAGGAACCAAUUGGCAUUAAUUUCAUUUCCAUCUUCACCGCAUUGUGGUCAGAGCAGGUUUUUGGGCAAAUUUCAGCCUUGCUGAUCUUUGGGGCCAGUCCUCUAAUUACCCAGAUUUGGUCGAUUCUUGUCCAUGUCAUUUUUGCCUCCGAGAAGAAAGUUCCCUCUCUUCCCAGGGGAUUCUUCAUUCUCUAAACGUCAAUCAAGUCCAAGUUAUCAGUCAUAUCAAAAAAUGUUUUUGGUAGUCUUCCAUCCUUGGUAAUUGUUUGUCUUUGCGCCUUGUCCAUAUUUGUAGAUACGACACCAUUCAUGUCUCCCAUCAAAAUCAUGUUAUAAUCCAUGUAAUCCAUCAAGAUUUCGUGUAGCUUUUUGAAGAAUUCCGAUUUCCCUUCAUUUGGUGCAUAGAUACCUAUCACCAAAUAUCUAUCUCCUUGUAAUUGAAUUUCAAUUGCUACCAGUCUUCCUUGUUCAUCUUUGAAGAUAAAUUUGGGUGAUAGGUUCUCCUUUGCAUAGAGUACCACUCCUCUUUUUUUGACUUUAUCUGAUGAAAUUUCUUGGCCUAAUUUCUUAUUACUUAAUAAUUUCCUGUGUAGUCUUGUCACAUGUGUUUCUUGUAGACAAAUUAAGUCCAAUUGUUCUUUUUUCAAUAAAUGAAACACUCGUCGCCUUUUCUCCGAAAUGUUGAGGCCAUGGACAUUCCAACUCAGGGCCUGGAGCGUCAUCCUGUAGCUACUUUGGUGCCCCCCCUACUGCCCCCAGCUCUUGUUCCUCUUCUGUUGGUAAUAACGUUAACUCCUUGUCGGGGGGGUCCAGUCCAAAAGACAAUGAUGAAAUGUCCAAAGUAUCCAAAGUAUCUUUUUUUGGUGAUGCUCUCUUCCGUACUCUUUGCUCCAAUCCUCUGUCUGGUGACCCUCUUUCCGGUGAUGUUGGCUCUUUUCCGAUUCCCUUCUGUAGGUCUUCUUCGUAGUUGUGCAAGAACUUUAUUUUAUCCUCCAAUGAUCUUAUCUUUAUUUUUCUUCCUUUAAAGCUGAAAGAUAGGCCUUGAGGGAAUUCCCACCGAAAGUUAAUUCUGUUCCUUCUCAACAGAUCAACAAAAUCUCUAUAAUUGAAUCUCAAAUCCAAGAGAUAUUUGGGAAUAGCUUUAAAUAUCUCCACUCUAAAUUUGUGUAUUGUCAAGGCCUCCUCGUAAUGCCAAUUCAAAAUUUUGUCCCUCUCUUCCUUCGAUCUAAGUGUAAUCAAACAGUCUCUUAUUCUGUUCUUCUCCUUCUUCCCACCUCUUCCCAAUCUGAAGGCUCUCACAAUUUCAAACUCCUCUUUUUGUAGGUCCCGUUUCCAAAAGGUUGCGAAUUCCUCUGUAAGAAAGUCUAUCAAGGAGUCUUUUUCUAGUUCAGGUACUCCCCGAAUUCUCAAAUUUAUCUGUUUCUCCUUGAGCUCAUACAUAGAAAGCAUCUGUUUUUGGUCAUGUACUUGUUUCCACACGUCCGGGACCUCUGUUUCCAAUUGAGCUACUUUCGCUUCUACCGUAGCAAUCUUUUCCUUAGCUUCCUCUGCAGUCUGUCUAGUUGAGUUGGAUUCCUUAACUAGUGUCUCAAUAGCUUCUGUAUUAGAACUGACUUUUUGUUCCAAACUUUUUAUACUUUGUGUGUUUUGGUCCAAUUUUUGUGAAUUUUGAUCCAAUUUUUUAUUCAUUUGUUCCAAAGAACUGUUGAUUUUACUUAAAACAAGAGCCCAAUCUUCUUCCGAGGGCAUUCCUCCUUUUGAUUUAGUAUACAUUGACACAGCUGCAGAGGGAGCAGAAGGGCCAGAUGUAGAGGCUCUCCGAAAGAUUCUGCCGGAUCUAGUUGUCUUUUCCUGUGAUAAAUCUAUUUUUCCCUUCCCAUCUGCCAUAACACACCAGGCUCUCAAGGUCAAAUACAAUUCCCAGGGUUUUGUCUUUGAGGCUGGGAAAUUCCACUCCUUAUGACAGUUUCAAAAUCCUCCUCUAGAGGGAAGUAGUUGGUGCUUGUAUUAUUAGUCCACAGUAUCCUUUUCUUUUUAUUUUCCUCUUUAAAGUUACUCUAACAAGUUAUAGCAGUAUAUUUAGUAACAAGCUUUUUAGUUCAAGAGCAAAGUUGUAACUCUUAAGCCAAGAGAAGAUAGUUGAGACAGUGUUUCACUCACUGACAGUUAGUUGGUCUAUUCACAGUCAAUGCGGAGCUCCACAAUGCAGCGAUUUUAAUGGCUGCCGUUCCCAGGUUCCGAGCGAUGGAACAUUAACUUUUACUCUCUUUUCCUGCAAGGAAGUAAUGUCCAGAAAUUCCCCCCUUUUUCCCCUGCGACCAAGGGGGGUUCACUAGUUUUAUGCUGAAGAUUAAAAUGUCAAAGGCAGUCUUUCAGGCUUUAGUUUAAAGCUCCUUGCUUCCCACUAUUUACAGAAAAAGGAAGGCGGACUUCCUGUUUUACGCCUCCCCCGUUCGUAGCCGAAUUCAACUGUUAAAAGUCCAAUUCCUUCACUUUACUCACAGGUAGUUGCUUUAGAUCCAAAUAUCCACAGGAAAAAGGUCAGCGCUCCCCGGCAAUGGCUGCGCGGCUUCACUCCGCGAAAGUAGCAUUCAGUUCGCAGCACCGCGCCACUCACCCCACUCGCUCCGGAUCCCUUAAAAAAAAAGGAUUCCCCACGAGUAGGGGGGCGCUCCAGGUGCCCUGCCGAACCCCCACGUUCUCAGGCUUCUCCCACCUGAGAUUUCUGACGGGUCUCCGCUUUCGCCGUAGUGGACGACCCGAUUUUCGCGAAGCUAGCUCCUCUGCUUAGAGGAACUCCGCCAUUAGCCGCUGAUUAAUUAAAUGUAUUUCAUAGAACGAUUGAUUGUAGAGUUGGAAGGGACCUCAUGGGACAUCUAGUCCGACCCACUGCAGUGUAGGAGUCUCAACUAAAGCAUCCAUGGUAGGUGACUAUCCAACCUCUCCUUGAAAAUCUCCAAGGAAUGAGAGCCCACAACUUCCCAAGAGAGUGAAACAGAAAGUUCUUCCUGGUGUUUACAUGGAAUCUCCUUUUUUGUAAAUUGAAUCCUCCAGAGCAGGCGAGCAGCUGGCCUUUCUACUGAGGCUCUCGAGGAGGCGGAAGUGGUUCUCCUGCCUGCCCUCCCAUCUGAUCCUCAUGCCAGCCCUGUUAAGUUGGUUAGGCUUAGAAAUGGCAAUUGGUUUAGAAUCAGUUGGGGAGUUUCAUGGCUAAGUGGGCAUUUGGACCCUGGCCUCCCAUUAUCCAGCCUGACAGUACAGUGUUUUACUGAUAAUUUCAUUAUGUACAUCACUUGGGGAUAAAUAAAAUAAAAUAAAAUACAAACCAAUAGCUGAAGAGCAUAUAGAACAGCUAGCUUCUCAGUGAGAGGGAAUUCUCCCUGGCAUGCUAGAUUUUCAUAUGUGGGUAGGCUUGGUUGGUGCAUGUGCGUGACCCAGCAUUCAACAGGCACACUCCAUAAGAAACGAAGAUGGCAGGAUCAGGCCAUGAAUUUAUCUCAUCCUCUUUUAAAACCAUCCCAGUUGGUGGCCACCCCUGCUCUUGUGGGAGUGGAUUCCGUAGCAGAACUCUGCACUGCAGGAAGAAGCCCUUUCUUUUAUCUGUCCUGAAUCUUCCAACAUUCAGCUUCACUGAGUUGUAAUGAGAGAGUUGUAAUGAGAGAGGAAGAAAAACAUUCUCUGUCCACUUUUUCCAUAUCACACAUAAUUUUUAUAAACUUCUGUUAUGUCACCAGUUGCUUGCCUUUUCUCUAAAUGAAAAGGUCCCAGAGGCUGCAAACUUUCUUCUUGGGAGACUCACUCCAUCCCAUCAAUUUUUUAAAAAAAACAUUUUUAUUGGUUUUCCAAUAAAAACAGCCAAUCAAAAUAUCUUAAUCAUAAUCCAAUUAAAAUAAUAAAAUAAAAUUUAAAAAACCAAAUUGUAAUCCAAAUUGUAAUUAUUAAUUUUUCUGGGCUCCCCAUAGUCUGGACCUCUGAAGCAUUUCUCCAAAUCUUCAUUCCUUCCUCUUCUGUUUGCUUUCAUAUUUUCCACCUUCUGAUCUUAACACUUUAAAGUUCUCCAUCCCUGGCUAUGCGAUUCUCAGUCAUGUCAAAAAUCAUAUAUCCUUUCAUCCAUUGAAUACAGCUUUAUUUGUAAAUAUAUUUUUUUUAAAUUGUCUAUUUAGCAGCGCAGCUUUUCCUGACUUCAUUCCAAUCUUCCAAUCCAGGCUGUUGUCCAUGUUUAUCCUUUGAAGUUUAACGACGCAGCAGCUCCCAAGUUGUUAAGUCACUCCAAUCCGGGCUGUUGUCCAAACCUUUCUUUUGAUAUGACACAGUACCUUCCACGUUGUUGAGUUGUUACUAUAGAUUGUUGGGCAGACUGUUUGCAAUAUUGCAAUGUAAAUGAACUGUAUUCCACAGAUAUAAGUCAUUUGGCGAUCGAUCAGCCUCUCAGAGACCACACAAUCCCCCCCUCCAGGCCCUAGACAUCCAUUCAGCCUUCUCUCUCACUCAUAAUGAUAAACUUCUGCAAAAAGAUGCACUAUAUGUUGUCCCAAAUUCUUAUCUCAAGUCAUUACAAAGUCAGUCAGCAAAUAUUUCCUGCUUCCCUUGAAAAGGAGAGGAAUUCUCAUUUUUCCGUGCUGCGUCAUAUUAACAAGCGCCAUCUUGUUUCUUCUUUCAUCUUUAUCAAGUAUUUCAAGUCCGAGUAGAGCUGCACAGUUGAAUACUUAAUUAUUAAUAGAACUCCAUCUGUACUCUUUAAAAAAAAAAAGUUUCUUGAUGAGGCUUGGCAUAGAAAACCAAUUGUAGAUAUUAAGAAGAGAAAAAGGACGUACCAAACACCUCCGUAAUCCAUGCGCCAUGAUGAGAAUCUCUUUGAAGUCCGAGCUUAAACACCAGGGGCUGUACAGUUCUGCAGGUUUUUUCUUAGCCUUCUUCGGUCCAGACUAUGUCUGUUUGUUGUCCAAAUCCAAUUAUUUUAUCAAACAGAUAUUUCCGGCUAUGAGAGGGAUUUCAGAGAGUGCCAGCCGUGUCGUGCUCUGGGACCCAAUUUCAUGCCGCUUGCACCUUGAUGCAAGCUGACAAUUUAGGACAAUCUGUGGGUCUAUGAGACAGUCUUCCCCCACCCUGGGGAGUCUGCCAGGGCUAAUUACCCCCAUAUCAGCCCUGAAUUACCGGCACGGCUGGGAUCCGAUCAUAUCGGAGUCAGCCAUUUCUCACCACCGGAAACAGGAAGCCUCCAUCCCAUUGAUUAUUUUGGUUACCCUUUUAUUUUUAUAAUAAAUUUUAUUAAGGUUUAUGGAGAGAAAUAUGCAGCUUAAGAUCUUCUCCCUUUUUUUAAAAAAAAAACAAACCAGAAUUUUUAUCUAGAUACAAUAGAAACGCAAAAGGGGGGGGGGAGGUGAAAGAAAAAGAAAUUUUAAAAAAGGAAUAGAAAAGAGGUUAAAAGAGGAAGAGAGAGAAAUAAGAUUCAGAAUGAAAAGAACUUCUUAUUCUUCCUCAUUUCCGCUAUGUAAAAACACCAUUCACUUUGUCCAAUCUAGCAUAACACCUCACAAAGCCACUUUUUAAAACAAACAUCAUCUUCAAUCCUCAAAUCCAAAUAUCAUUAUUUCUUUUUCAUGCAAAAAGUUCAUGAGAGGGUUCCAAUCUUUAGCAAAUAUUAACAAUGACUUUUCUCUGAUUAAACAUGUCAGUUUCUCCAUCUCAGCUAAGUCUGUUAGUUUUAACAGCCAUUCUUCCAUUGUUGAUAAUAAUGAGUCCUUCCACCUUUGUGCAUAUAAAAGUCCUGUUGGUUGCCCUUUUCUGAACCUGCAGUUUGAAGUACUGUAAUACUGUCCAGGAAGGACUAUACAGUGUUUCAUGCUGUUUUUGCACGUUUGAAUCAGAAGCCUGGUUUCCUUUCCACAGAGGUGAGUGCUUUCGUUUAGGAUCCUCACCCAUCCCAGCACAUACUCUGGGAGCAAUGGGCUGUAUUCAAGCAAUGAGGCCUAUGGUAUAAUGGGACUUCCCCCAAAUCAAAUCCACUCUGGGGGGUCAAGAGAACCCCCAGAACAGCACACGGAGAGAUGGGGAGGGGAGAUGGUUCUGUCAGGCAAGCGGAAUGCUUGUGCGGGCAGAACGAUCUUCUUAGCACUAUGCUGAAUGCAUCCCAGGGAUUCUGACACAUGAAUUAAUGUCAUUGCUAGGGGAUUAUUGCAAAUUGAGAGCAUCAGCUAUGGAAUUGAGCCUCUGGAUCCGCCCUCAGGCACCAAACACGUUAUCUACCAGUUGAAGAACGUGAAGGUAGAUGAGGAUCACAUGCGGUGCCAGCUUCCUGGAGAAAAGUGGGGAGGAAGACAUCCUCAGCACCCCGACAGCGAGACUCAGCGGCUGAGAGUGAGUGUCCUGUGAUGACCUUGAAGGUCUGAGCAAAUUCUAAGGGUUGUAGCCAAUUCUUGCCCUACUCAGAGUAGACCCACUGAGGUUUAUGCCUAACUUAGUUACACUCCUUUCAAUGGGUCUACUUUAAGUAGAACUUAAUUGGGUCUAACCCUAAGAGGUGGCUUGGGUAGCACUGAGGGAAAGGAGUGCAAGGAGCCAUAGAGACAGAGCCAUGAGACAGAUGUUUGUAGGGGCAAUGAAUCUCUGCUCUGGGGUGCUCAAUAUUCUGUUCAUCUUGUUCUGAUCACUGCCCAUGAGAGCUAAAAACAGAAUGGGGAACCUGUGGCCCUCCAGAUGUUAGAUUCCAGCUGCCAUCACUCUUCUCCCCUCCCCCCAGUUUGAGAUGAAAUCCUAAAAUUACCUGGAUGUGAAUAAUGCAUGCUUAAUUCCGCCUUCAAAUUUUUGUCUGUGAAUUGAAAAGUGGAAUAUAAAUAUUUUAAGUCAUAAAAAUAAACAAAUGAGCUUUAAAUAUUUCUCAUGUUCUUGUUUUGUUUGGUCAGACUGAGUGUAUCCUGGCCAGAUUCUGAUACAAAAGAGAAUUGUUGCCUUUUCUUUGGAAAGCCUUGGCACUCUGUGUCUUGGGUAUGUUUCCCCAGUAGAGUAGUUGUGGUGUGAGCAGAAAAGCGGAAUAUGGAUCAGAGUGACAUCACUCCAUUUUUAACUUAUGAGUCAGGGGAUAAGAUUUUGUUUCUUACACCCUUUCCCUCCCUUUCCUUGCAGAGAAAAAGAGGCAUCCUCCUACAGACAAGAUAUGUGGAGCUCUUUAUAGUCGUGGACAAAGAAAGGGUAUGGACCCUGCUCUUGUACUAACAGAAUGUGUGCAGCUGAACUGCAGAUUUUGGGGGAUGAGCCACCCUCACCCCAUCCCUGAGCCACUGGAGAACACCCCAUUGGCUCCACCCCUUCCCACUAUGACUGGUCACUUCCCAUUCCCAUCCCUACAUAAACAUUGUUUUCCUUUAAGUCACUGUGUUCCCAAAUUGUCAGCUGAGACUCCUUUUCCCAAAGCCCUAAAAUUCUUGGGUUUUGCUAUGAAGUCUUGCAUGGAUGAGGGAUGCCGGUGGUGCUGUGGUCUAAAGCACUGAGCCUAGGGCUUACCGAUCGGAAGGUUGGCAGUUUGAAUCCCUGCGAUGAGGUGAGCUCCCAUUGCUCUGUCCCAGCUCCUGCCAACCUAGCAGUUCGAAAGCAUGUCAAAGUGCAAGUAGAUAAAUAGGUACUGCUCCAGCGGGAAGGUAAACAGUGCUUCCGUGUGCUGCUCUGGUUUCGCCAGAAGCGGCUUAGUUAUGUUGGCCACAUGACCUGGAAAAACUGUCUGCAGACAAACGUUGGCUCCCUCGGCCAGUAAAGCGAGAUGAGCGCCACAACCCCAGAGUUGUUCACGACUGGACUUAACAGUUAGGGGUCCUUGCAUGGAUGGGAGACAGCAGGGAAGAAAAUGCAGACCAUUCAAAAUUUUCUAUCUUUACUUCUAAACCUGCACCAACUCCAUGAUUCCAUUCUGGAGAUUGGCAACAUCCAAAAUCUGUUAAGCACACUUUUGGCCUUAGCCAACUUUUUAAAGCACAAGGCUCUGAAAUUGCUGGCACUGUUCUGUUGUUUGUUUUCUUCAUUGUCCCAUUUUCUGUCCGUGCAAAAAUGUUUGCUUUUCUUGCAGUAUCAGCUGAUGGGCCAGAAUAAAACUGCUGUUACAGAAGAGAUGGUGCAUUUGGUCAACUACCUGGAUAGUGUAAGUGAAAGCUUUAUGAUACUCAGAGUUGAUGAAUUGUGCCAAAAUAUGCAUGUAUUUUGAUUCCUUUUACUUUUACCUGCCCCUUUCUUCAAAGUGGUGUGAUUAUUUAUUAUUUCAUUUCUAUACCAAAAAACUGUGCAAAAAACUGAAGCAACAACGGACAACUUAAACAAAAUAUUUCAAAAAUACACAGUUCAAAAUGUUAUGUCAAUACAAAGUUACUUAUAUAUAUAUAUAUAUAUAUAUAUAUAUAUAUAUAUAAAAUCAACAUCUUCCUUCUGAUACACCCUUGGUGAGUUAAAGUCUUCCCUGCGUGCAAAGACAGGCUCUGGCGGAUGGAGCAAAUGAGGUCAAGAGUGGGUCCAACGGUCAAGAAGGUGGUUUCUGCAUGUGCUGGAGAGGGAAGUGAGGGGCACAUGGGGCUUGUCCACCUGGGAAGGGAGCCCAUCCAGGGGAAGGAAAACUCUGAUCCUAAACCUCUGCUGCCUUGCGGGAUAUCUUUGGGAGAAGGAAAGGCUCAGGAGGAUACCCUACAGAAAUCCGGAGUGGAGUCCCUAAGACGGUUGGGUGGCACCUUGUACACCUCCUUCCAGCUACUACUGCAGCCCAGCUGGGCCAAAUGUCUUGCUCUGCCUUCCUUUGGACCCCAUCAGUGAGGCUGAGAGGGGGAUCUUGACGUCUGGGCAGCCCAGGACUUCCAGGCACACUGCUCAGGGUUGUGUCUUGCGGAGGUCACUUUAGUGCUGCUAACACAGCGGUUUGACAUCACCCCUGGAGAUACACUCCAGUGUCUCUUGAGACAGACAGAGGCCAAUAACAAUGUAACAUUGUAACCCUGUUCUCACCCAGGGUCCAAAUCAACUCUCAGCUCACCCACAAAAGUCUCACAAUGAGAAGAGCUCCUGGAAGCAGCAGACUUUGCCCUAGUCUCUCACUCUAGACUUGCUUUUUACGGGCAGCUCAAGAUGGCAGCUCCUGCCUCAGGCUGCCCACAGCUGUGUCCCAUUCAGCUGCCCUCUCCACACCCAGUUCAAGGUGCAGCAGUUUUGUUGUGUGUGCCAUGCAUUUGAAACAUAAUAAUUAGGAUGACAACUGAAAUAUGUGAUUUUGAGGUUUCUAGAAUGCCUUGCCAAGGAAGACUUGCUUGGCAUCCAGCUGUAUUAUCUUUUUGGUUUUCUUUUUUGGGAUCCCUCCCUUUGUCCAGGCCUUUCAAUGUGGAAUGGCUCUAUGUGUGCUUCCUGAUGAGCUUCUGUCCGGGAACUGCCAUCGGAGCUAGAGGCGGAGGGAAGGCUCCAAAGGGAUGCAGGAGAGGGUCCCAGUAGGGAGAGAGGCAGCCCAUCUGCUGGGGAAGGAAAUCAGCGUAACACCAGUGGUGAAGGGGGGCAGAUGGGGGAAUCGGAGAGGAGGCUCCAAGACUCCUCGCCGGAGACCAGCGGAGAGAGUACGGGUACUCCGCUGCCCACACCCUCCCUGCGCAGAAGAGUAGGAGGAGACUUGGCGUCAAACAACUUUUAUGCUGGAAAAGGUUUAAGAAAUGCCCACUGACGGAUUCUGCCAGCGACUGAGACAGUCACAAUGCUGGAGGCUGUUCAGUCAGAAAGGGUUUAACCAGGUAACCUCGCCAGCAGUGGCAGCAACUUACGCACGAGCAACCCCUAAAUCCAUUACAGCUUCCAUUCUCUAUUCAGUGUGCACAGGGGGUGAGGAUGGCAAUGGGGCAUGGGGACACAUGAUUCUCUUUAAACAUUUCACAGCUGCUUGGAGCUGCUAGUUAGUUUACUGUGUCUGCAUGGUAAAAAAAAAAAAAAAAAGCUUUUAAAAUGCUCCUCGGAAGAGAUUCUACAUGCUUGCAUGCAUUCUGUUCCUGGAGAAUUUCAUGGGUCCAAAGGUGGCUGCCCUGACAGGCUCUGUGCGGUGUCCUUGUCCUAAGUAAUGCCUCCUGCUUGUCUGGGUGCAGGAUGGAGAGCCGUGGUUGCAGGGUGAGUGCUGAAACAUCUGACGCUUCUAUAACUGGAACAGAGCCUAAUACUGCACAACAGUGAGUCACCCCUGUUACUCUCUGCCCUUUUGCCUCUGCCUCACCCACUUUUGGCUAGGAUCCUGUCUGCUGUGUGGCCCUUGGAAGGUUACCUCUGAGGGAAUGGGGCCCUUGGGAUAGAAAACAUUCCCCAGCCCUCUCUUACUUGCUCCUUUCUUCUCUCUGCUUUCCAGAUGUACAUAGCACUGAACAUCCGCAUUGUGUUGGUUGGCUUGGAGAUCUGGACUCAGGAAAACAAGAUCCGCCUGGAAGGAGGUGCAGGAGAUGUUCUUGCCAACUUUGUGCAGUGGCGAGAGCAGGAGCUUGUCCCGCGCCAAAGACAUGACAGUGCACAGUUUGUUCUGUAAGAUCUAUGGGGGUUUUCCUCCUACUCUUUUCCCUGAACUUCAAAAAGAGGUGGAUGAUGGAAGUUGUGCAAAUAUUUAUCCCACCCCUUCUUAUGCUUGUGCACAAACCAGAGUCGCUAACAACAAUUAUAGUCAAUUAUAAAAUGCUGCAGUGCUAUAGAUCAGCUGUACGUGACAAUACCACCUGAUUUGGGAGCUGCAGAUAGUGCAAAAUGAAGCCGCCGGUGGGGCACCCAGCUUUGCACAUAUUACCCCUUCCACUAACGGAAUGAGUUAGUGCUUCCCUCAAAUAUAAUUCAUUGCACUCCUGCAAGGUUUUGGUGAAACAAAAGAAAUGCCAUGGUCGGGUCACUUUCUUUCUUUCUUUUUUUUAAUAAUUUUUAUUAACUGGCCAAUCACAUCAAAUUAAAUCAUAUCACAUAAAUUCCGAAUUACAAAGCCGAAUUCUGAUCAUCUUCUUGCUGCUGCGUUAAUGUCCCAAUCAGUCCAAAUCAGUCCAAACAAAGUUCAUAGUUCUAUCCCAUCUUAUCUUGCUGUUUCCACAUCACAUCUUGUUCAUAUAUUUUCUCUUUUUUCUUUAUGAUCUCUUCUGAUAGUCUCCUUAAGCCGAUAAACACCAAUAGUAAUAAUAGUCCUGUGUGAAUUUUCCGUUUUUCCAGUCCUCAAAUCGAGAUGGUUUCCAUAUAUCGUCUCCUUCAUAGAUAACAUCACUCUUUCCAUCAUAGUCUCGUAAAACUGUCGCUCUUAAGUCCCACUGAGGGGUUUAACCCACAAUAGAUAAACAGCUCUAUUUCUCUCUUUCUCCUCCCAGACUCAAGACCUCCGACAGAACUUCCCAAUAUGGCGACGGCAUUUUUAACUGCGUCAUUCCCAAGCUCUUACACAUUCCACGCUCUUCUUAAAACGUGCUUUGGUUCGAAAGUUUAUCUCCACACAGCCUUAAAUCCACAGCUUAAGUCCUUAAAAUGACAUUUCUGACUCAUGGGGGGAGGGGAUUCUUGUUUAAUCACAUAGGGAAAGAAGGAAGAGUUUUUUUUCCCCUCCCCAACAGUCAUUUGCCGUACCUUGUCUUGGCGUAUCUUCUCAUGUUUUAUUCUUAUCUUGUUUUGUCAGAGAUCUCUUCUGUUAGCAGUCUUUACUCCCCCUUCUUUCUUGAAAUAUGUGCAUUCCUUUCAUCCAAAUUGUUUCCUUUGAAGUUCUGCAUCUAGUGGCGCGAAUCAGGGACGGCGUUCAGGAGUGCCGAAAUCCCACAGGAGGGCUUUGUGCCUAGUGCCCCCACCCCCACAAAUUCGGGGGUGGUAUAGGGCACAGCAGGCAAGGGCCGUCCCCCCCCACAAUCCUGGGGGGGUUAAGGAGGCUAAUUACCCCCAUCAUAGCCUCCAAAUUACCUCGUGUGGGUCGGAGAGAUGUUAUUGUCAGCCAUCUUCCAAUGCUCCCCCUAGUGGCCCCGGUCGGGUCACUUUCUGAUGCCACUAGACUUCUCCGCGACCCUUCCCCCCACCCCCCACGCAGGAAAGUGGGACCAAUUCGGAUGGUCCACCCCCUCCCCCCAUUUAAUGGAACCAAAUGGUUUCCAAAGAGUGAUAGGGGAUGCCUUAUCCACGUUGAUGGCCUUUUUUAUAUAUAAUUAAUUUUUAUUCAGUUUCCAAUAUACAUUCCAUCCAUGUUUUACAUCCAUUUCUAACAUCUACAUCUUUUAGACUUCCCCCAGCCUAUCUGACAAUUUCCAUAUUAUCACAAUUACUCGCAUUUCUUAAGUUUAUAUUGCGCUUUAACAAUCUUAGUCUUAUCAUCUCUUUUAAGCAAUAUUUCUAUCAAUCAUUUUCACAGAGCUUCUUGAAAGCCAACAAACGUUAAUUGGUCCUCACAUACAUUCACGUUGAUGGCCUUUCAGCUGAUUCACUGGUGGCCAGCUGGAAUGCAGAGAUAACAAGGGCUAUUGACUGACUGGCUCUGAAGUGCCCUCUCUGAUUGCGCUUUAACAACAGCCCCCUGGUUUCCCCCAGAGCUGACAGCUAGAGCACCAGUGGUGGAAAACUCAUUCUGAAUUGGGACUGGACACAGGUUAAAGCUCAAUGUUGAACCUACUAAGUGGUGAUAGCGAUGGCAAAUCUUCACCAUCUCUAUUGCCUCUGCAGAAAAAAGCAGCAGGAGACUCAGGUGAUUCACAAUCUAAUGGAACCACUUUCACCAUUGAGGCCUUGUAAGGACCCCAAGAUCUCCUGCAAUGAUUUUGCAAAGGUUUCUGCAAAUAAAGUUGCUCAGAUUUGGAAAGAGAUAGACUCCACUGUGGAAGCAGGGCUAGGGUGGGAGAGUGCUAGAGUUCUGUCUGGUCAAGUUGUAUGGGAUCAAUUCCAAUCUGUGACCUCCGAGGAUGUGGACAGGCUGCUUGGAAGAGUGAAACCGACCACCUGUCUCCUUGAUUCUUGCCCAUCCUGGCUCAUAAAAGCGAGCCGGGAAGGGCUGGGCAAUGGCCUCUGCGGGAUGGUGAAUGCUUCCCUCUGCGAGGGAGCCUUCCCAGACCCGCUGAAAGAGGUGGUCAUUAAACCACUUCUUAAAAAAACAUCUUUAGACCCAGCCAAUAUGGCCAACUAUUUCCCAGUCUCAAAGCUACCAUUCUUGGGCAAGGUGAUUGAGCGAGUGGUUGCUGAACAAGCACGCCUGGAGGAUGCGGACCAUUUGGAUCCCUUCCAAUUGGGAUUCAGGCCCCACCAUGGCACUGAAACUUCCUUGGUCAUGCUGGUCAGUGAACUUCAGCCAGCCAGGGACAGAGGUGAAAGCUGUUUCCUGGUCCUGCUGGAUCUCUCAGUGGCCUUUGAUCCAAUUGAACAUGGUAUCCUUUUGGACAGUCUUGAGGAGUUGGGAGCUAGGGGCACUGUAAUACAGUGGUUCCGCUCCUUUCUCCUGGGCCGUGUUCAGAAAGUGGUGUUGGGGGAUGAGUGUUCAGACCCCUUGGCUCUCAGUUGUGGGGUGCUUCAGGGUACUGUCCUCUCUCCCAUGCUUUUUAACAUCUACUUGAAGCCGCUGGGAGAGAUCAAGGGGGUUUGCCUCUCCUUCAAAUCAGAAACACUGACAGUGGUGAAUGUCCUGUGUGAGUAUCUGGAAGCGGUUGAAGGAUGAAUGGCAGCUAACAGAUUGAUGUUGAAUCCUGACAAGACAGAAGUACUGUUCUUGGGGGACGGGGCGGGCUGGUGUGGGUUACUCCCUGGUCCUGAAAGGGGUAGCUGUGCCCCUGGUACGCAGCCUGGGAGUAAAUUUGGACUCACAGCUGUCCAUGGAGGCACAGGUUAAUUCUGUGUCCAGGGCGACUAUCUACCAGCUCCAUCUGGUAUGCAGGCUGAGACCCUACCUGCCUGCAAACUGUCUUGCCAGAGUGAUGCAUGCUUGGACUACUGCAACGCGCUCUAUGUGGGGUUACCUUUGAAGGUUACCUGGAAACUACAACUAAUCCAGACCGCUGGAAGCCACCCAGAGUGGCUGAGGAAACCCAGCCAGAUGGGUGGGGUAUAAAUAAUAAAAUUGUUGUUGUUGUUGUUGUUAGGGGGUGCUAAUAGAUGCAUGCAUGCACAUGUAUGUAUAUAUACUUUGUUGGUUUGUUUACUAUUCCUAGUCUUGAAUAUUUUAAACUUAUUUGCUUAUCCUGACUCCCCCCCCCCCCCCAUUUCCACAUUGUUUUAAAGGCUUUUAUUAAGAAUGUGAUUCUCCUUUUAGCUAGUGCCCAGACACUGAAAGUGACCUUACCCCCGCUCUUUGCUGGAUACUGGAAUCAACAAGGGAAACCCACAUGACCUGAAAGUGUUGCUGUGCAAUGCCAGGUCAAUGAUGAAUAAAACCACUGCCAUCCACGACUUGAUUGUGGAUGGAGGAUUUGACCUGGCAUGUGUGACAGAGACCUGGUUGGAGGAAGCAGAUGGGCCUGUCCUUGCCGCUGCUUGCCCACCAGGUUUCUCUUACGCACAGCAACCCAGGUCAUGUGGGUGGGGAGGGGGGGUGGCAGUGAUUUUUAGGAAGUCACUAGCUUGCACCAGGCGUUCUACUGGGAAGAUCCAGUUCUCUGAGUGCAUGUUCUGGAAGUUGGGCAAUAGGGGCAGUGCAGGAUUCCUUUUGGUGUACCAACCUCCCCGCUGCACCAAGGAUUCCCUGCCCGAGCUGCUUCAGGUUGUGGCGGAUGUUCUCCUGGAGACACCUAGUUUGGUUGUCCUAGGGGAUUUUAACAUCCAUGCCGACACGACCUUACAAGGGGCCGCUCGGGACUUCGUGGAAAGCAUGGCCUCCAUGGGGCUGUCCCUGAAUAACUUUGGCCCAACUCAUAGUCAUGGACAUGCCUUAGACCUGGUGUUCACCUCUAGUGACGUGGGUGAUCUGACACUAAGUAAAAGUGGAACAAAAGAAGUGCCAUGGUCAGAUCACUUCCUGGUGCAACUGGACUUCUCCGCGACCCUUCCCCUCUGCAGGGAGGUGGGACCAAUUCGGAUGGUCCGCCCCCGCCACUUAAUGGAUCCAAAUGGUUUCCAGAGAGUGGUAGGGGAUGCUUUAGCCCAUGUUGAUGGCCUUUCAGCUGAUUCCCUGGUGGCCCGCUGGAAUGCAGAGUUAACCUGGGCUAUCGACUGUCUGGCUCCGAAGCGCCCUCUCCGAUUGCAUGGAGCCCGGACAGCCCCGUGGUUUUCUUCGGAGCUGUGGGCGAUGAAACAAUCGCUGAGACGGCUAGAGCGUCGGUGGCAGAAAACUCACUCCAAAUCUGACCGGACACAGGUUAGAGCUCAACGUCGAGCCUACCAAGUGGCGAUAGCAACGGCGAAGAAGACUUUCUUCACCGCCUCUAUUGCAUCUGCAGAAAAUAGUAGCAGGAGACUCUUUCAGGUGGUUUGCAAUUUAACGGAACCACCUUUACCACUGGGGCCUUGUAAAGACCCCAAGAUCUCCUGCAACAAUUUUGCAAAGUUUUUUGCAGAUAAAAUCACUCAUAUUCAGAAGGAGCUAGACACCACCGUGGGAGCAGGGCCGGGGCGGGAGAGUGCUAGAGCUCUGUCUGGUCAAGUUGCAUGGAAUCAAUUUCAAUCCGUUACCCCCGAGGAUGUGGACAGGCUGCUUGGACGCAUGAAACCAACCACCUGUCUCCUUGAUCCUUGCCCAUCCUGGCUAAUAAAAGCAAGCCGGGAAGGGCUGGGCGAUGGGCUCUGCGGGGUGGUGAAUGCUUCCCUCUGUGAGGGAACAUUCCCAGAUCCGCUGAAAGAGGCGGUCAUUAAACCGCUUCUUAAAAAACCAUCUUUGGACCCGGCCAGUAUGGCCAACUAUCGCCCAGUCUCAAAUCUUCCAUUCUUGGGCAAGGUGAUUGAGCGCGUGGUUGCUGAACAAUUCCAGGCACGCUUGGAGGAUGCGGACCAUUUGGAUCCCUUCCAAUCGGGAUUCAGGCCUCACCAUGGGACUGAAACUGCCUUGGUCGCGCUGGUUGAUGAUCUCCGGCGAGCUAGGGACAAAGGUGAGAGUUGUUUCCUGGUUCUGCUGGAUCUCUCAGCGGCCUUUGAUACAAUCGACCAUAACAUCCUUCUGGACCAUCUAGAGGGGCUGGGAGCUGUUAUACAGUGGUUUCGCUCCUUCCUCCUGGGCCGUGUUCAGAAAGUGGUGGGGGGGGGAUGAGUGUUCAGACCCCUGGGCCCUCACUUGUGGGGUGCCUCAGGGUUCCGUCCUCUCCCCCAUGCUUUUUAACAUCUAUAUGAAGCCGCUGGGAGAGAUCAUCAGGGGAUUUGGACUGGGUGUCCAUCAAUAUGCAGAUGAUACCCAGCUCUACCUCUCUUUCAAAUCAGAACCAGUGAAGGCGGUGAAGGUCCUGUGUGAGUGCCUGGAGGCGGUUGGAGGAUGGAUGGCGGCUAAUGGAUUGAAGUUGAAUCCUGACAAGACAGAAGUAUUGUUUUUGGGGGACAGGGGCGGGCUGGUGUGGAGGACUCCCUGGUCCUGAAUAGGGUAACUGUGCCCCUGAAGGACCAGGUGCGCAGCCUGGGAGUCAUUUUGGACUCACAGCUGUCCAUGGAGGCACAGGUCAAUUCUGCAUCCAGGGCAGCUGUCUACCAACUCCACCUGGUACGCAGGCUGAGACCCUACCUGCCCACAGACUGUCUCGCCAGAGUGGUGCAUGCUCUAGUUAUCUCCCGCUUGGACUACUGCAAUGCGCUCUACGUGGGGCUACCUUUGAAGGUGACUCGGAAACUACAACUAAUCCAGAAUGCGGCAGCUAGACUGGUGACUGGGGGCGGCCGCCGAGACCACAUAACACCGGUCUUGAAAGACCUACAUUGGCUCCCAGUACGUUUCCGAGCACAAUUCAAAGUGCUGGUGUUGACCUUUAAGGCCCUAAAUGGCCUCGGUCCUGUAUACCUGAAGGAGCAUCUCCACCCCCAUCGUUCAGCCCAGAUACUGAGGUCCAGCACUGAGGGCCUUCUGGCGGUUCCCUCAUUGCGAGAAGCAAAGCUACAGGGAACCAGGCAGAGGGCCUUCUCGGUAGUGGCGCCCGCCCUGUGGAACGCCCUCCCAUCAGAUGUCAAAGCAAUAAAUAACUACCUGAUGUUUAGAAGACAUCUUAAGGCAGCCCUGUUCAGGGAAGUUUUUAAUCUGUGAUAUUUUACUGUAUUUUUGGUUUCUAUGGAAGCCACCCAGAGUGGCUGGGGAAACCCAGCCAGAUGGGCGGGGUACAAAUAAUAAAUUAUUAUUAUUAUUAUUAUUACUGUUUGGGAUUUAAAUGGGAGAUGACAAUUCUGCUUGCAGCAGAAACUAAUGGCACUCUUUCCUGUGUGUAAAUUUCAGGAAGAAAGCAUUUGGUGGCACAGCAGGGAUGGCUUACGUGGGUACUGUCUGCUCCAAGAGCCACGCCGGAGGCAUUAAUGUGGUAAGACAACAUCCAUUGCUUCUCCAGUGAACAAAGGUGGAAACUUAGCUUUGUGGCAAAAGGAGUUUGUGGUGGGUCUGGCUGAGAUCCAGGUGCUCCGUUUUCAUUGGGUUUAUUCUUUUUAUUUUGGGGCAUUUGGUUUGGGCAUAUUCCAAAGUCGCCCCUCCCACUGCUAGGACUUGGCAGAGUGGCAGGACCACUGCUGCAUUCACAACCCAGCUGCUCAUGGCAACUGUGGUGAAAGGGGCGGGGGUGAGAAUUGGGCCCAAUGCCAUUGUGGAUCCCAAGCUGGCUCAUCCCCCUCCCUCAGAAUGUUCUGUUCCAAGGCCACACAUCUGGGGGGCAGCUGGAAGGCCAGCUCAGUUGGGAGAGCAGAGCAGGGGAACACCUCUGCCUAAUCCAGACACUCCUUGCCCAGCCUGGCGUGGGGGGGGGGAGAGUUGGGUUGCUCUGCCUGAUUUCUUGUGUGCUGGUACUUCAAUCACCCAAGGCUGAAAGAAGAGAGCAAAGGCUUGUGAUACUUUCCCCCUAAGUGAUUACACAAUAGUUUCUAUAACAAGCCAAGCCAGAACUUUUGGACCCCUUUUUAUUACAUACUUGUGUGCACUUGUUCUUUUUGUGUUAUUUUCUAGUUUGGGCCCAUCAGUGUGCAGAUGUUUUCAUCGAUCGUUGCUCAUGAACUUGGCCACAACCUAGGAAUGAACCAUGACGAUGAAAGGAAGUGUGACUGUGGUUCAGAAAACUGUAUCAUGAACUCUGGAGCAUCGUACGUAACUCUUUUUGGCCUUUGGGCAGAGCAACUCUGGGAAACCUUUUCCAACUGGACAGCUGCGUUCCCUUACAGGCAAACUUGGGGGGGGGGGGACAUGCCAGGGGCAUGAGGGGCCAGAAGCAAAAGUCAACAGAGCAAUGGGUGCAAAUUUCACCUGGUCUCCACAUGCACAUUGUCUCCAACCAGGCAAGUGAGAGGCAUGAUCAGGGUGCAAGGGCCUGGUCCAGUCAGACAGAGUCAGUAGGGGAUGUGGCUAGGAAGGGCCUGUGGCCGGAAGAGUCCUGGGAGCCCCACAGAGAGGCUCAGAGGGCUGCCUUUGGCCCUGAGGCCUGAGGUUCUCCAUCCCUGGAGUAGAGGGAUGUAAUCACAGGCUACAGGAGACAAAGGGGGAGCAACCUCUGAACAUGGGGACCCCUGAAUUUCAGCCAUGAGAACAUUUCCAUGCUGCUUUCAUCCUUUCAAAAAUAUAGCCACGUGAGUGAGAAUCUUCUCUUUUUAAACAGAUUGGUAUUAUUUGUUAAAUUUACAUACUGCUCUUCAUCUGUAGAUCUCAGGGCAGUUCACAGCAUAAAAAUGCAACAUAAAAGAAACAAAAUACGGAACAUAAUAAAAAUAAGAACUACUGUAAAACCAAGAAUCCUUCCUUCCAUAGCACAUGAGAGUGGGGACCCCCCCCCAACAAGCAAUGCCAGAUCUUAUACAUAAAUUAAGUGUCCUCAUAAUGCCCAAAACAUUUUUUACCUCUCUUUUAACUAAAAAAGCUCUCAAAGUGGCUUACAAAGCUCAGUCCUCAGGGAUUGGGGGGGGGGGGGAGAAGAAAAACAAGUUUAGGCACCAGGUUUUAAAGUUACAGUCCUUCAAACAGCCAGCUGGGAUGGAAACAGUUCAAAGAAAGCCUGAUGGAACAACUGCUGCCAGGUGUCGAAUGAGAGAGUCUGUGCAGCUGUGCAAACUUCCUUCUCUGUGAUUCUGUUUCUGUGGUGUCUCUUCUGCUCGUUCCCUCUAGAAUGUCAUUCCAUUGUGGCUUUCAAGUGGCUUAAUAACCAUCCCUUCUCCCUAGGAACUCUGGGAACUGUAGACAAAUGAUAGGAGUCCAAGCACCUCUUUUGGAAUUCUUGGCACCCUUAUUGGAUUACAGUUCCCAGGAUUCCUUGAGCCAAGGCAGGAGCCAUGUUGGUGAAACUGGUUUUGCUUUGCUUUGUAUACAUGCCCUUUGACACUUGAGAGCUAUAUUUUUAGGACCUGCCUGUCAGCAUCGCCCUUGAGCCAGUGCCACCACCUGGACUCAUCCACUUCAGCCCCGACUGGGCUAGGCGAGCUGGGUAGCACUUCCAGAGACCACCUUCUGCACAGGAACAGGUCAAAGUGCUGUGGACUCACAGCUUAGAGAUGUGGGCACCGGAUUCACUUCCACAAGAAGACAGUCGUCGCACAGCAGAGUACAGCAGAGUCUAGCAGAGUAUAUAAACAACUCAGAGAGCAGCUCUGUAGAAUAUCUUCUUUCUUUAUUCUAUAACUACAACUAUAAUACAACUAUAUACAGAGCUAAAUAGGUCUAAGCGUAAAUAAAUGCUGCACUGCACUGAGUGUCUGCAGCUGCUGUUAGCAGCAACCUUAUCUUUUUUUUUUUUUUUUUAAAUCAUAUUUAUUAAAGUUUCCAAAAAUAUAAAAAUACAAAGAAAAAAAGAAAAAGAAAAAAAGAUAUUUAAAAACCUUACUUUCAUUGCCUACUUUCUGGGACUCCCCCCCUCCCCCCCCGACUGUAUUCCCCUUUCCUUAAUUUAGUUCUACAAGCUCUCUCUCCCAAUUUGAAGCUUAAUUUGUUUAACCCACUAUCCAAAUUGAAUUGUACAAAUCUUACCACCGUCCCACAUCAUUAACAAGAAAAGAAAGAAGAUUUUCCCCAAGAUCCACCCCAGUUCCUUCCACGAAUUCCCUUUUUUAAACACGUCCAAUCAAAAUAAAAUGACAUGCGUAAGUUAUGUAAAAAAUAAAAAUAAAACAUAUAGAAAAAUUCAAAAGAUGGUUACACAGCCUUUGGAUUUCAAAUCUCCCCCCCCCCCUUCCCCAGUUUGAAUUCCCCAUAUCCAUCAGUCUAUGCAUUAUCAGCUUGGAAGUCUCAGUUCAUGACCAAAUUUCUCCCCGAUUCCAUCUUGCCGGUUUUCUUUUAAUUUAUUAAUAAUAUGUAACUUCAAGUGUCCAAUCUAACAAAGGCCUUUAAUUUCCUUGAUCUUUACCACUCCUCCCGUUGUUCUUUCCGUGUCGUAAUCAGUCCUUUGUUCUUCUUUUCCUCACUUUCUCAGGUUUCUUGUCCUGUUCAGCUGCUAAAACUUUCUAAUUCAGAAAUCUGGUAUCUCUGCAGAGGUUUGUUAUUCAGGAACAAAAACUUACGUCCAGUCCCUUCCUUUCUUCAAUAGAAAAUUCUAUUGUCUCCUUUAAUGUAAAUACCUCUGUAGACAAAAUACUAUUUCAGUUUUGCAGCUUUCCCAAAAGAUAACAAGUCCUGUGCGAAUCCCAGAGUAUUUUUCCACUUACGACCGUUCUUGUAAUAUCCCAAAACCCCUCUAGGGGGAUUGUAAUAACUUUGUAUCCUCUAAUCCAAAAGUCAAAUUGUUGCUAAUUUUCCAACAGUUUAUAUCCAUAUUGUAGCAAAUUGUAGCAAAAUUAACCGGCAAAGUCCUCAUAACAAAGUCCUCUUUAUAUUCUCCAACUUUGACAGCCACUUUGACAGCUGUCAAAGUCUCCGUCUCUCUUCACCAGGCUCCACGAUUCGCCCCGGUUCCCAGGGGGGGGGGUUGCAUUUUUCUUCUCACCCUCCACUCUUCUCCUCCAGCACAGUUCUUAUAAUUUCCCAUCGUGAAAUUAAUGAUUUUUAUCAAGAAUAUACUUCCCUUUGGACCUUGGUUACCCAGUCCUUGUUUUGGAAUGCUUACAGUAGGGGGGGGGAUUGACUUCCUUUUUAAAUCGCCCCCGGUCGUGCCAAAUCCGAAAUUUUGAACCCGGUUUCCCAAUUACUCACGGGUUGUUGUUAAUAGUCCAAAUUUUCAAUGGAAGAAGUCAGCGCUCUCCGUCGAAUGGCAUGCGGCUGCGCUCGGCAGGGAAAGCAGAGGACUCAAGCACCACGCCGCUCCCCGGCACCCGAUCCGAAGCCUUUAAAAAGGCUCCUUCACGAGUCGGGAGGGCGCUAAUGGUGCAAGCCGAGUCACCCAUGUCCACGGACUCCGUGCCCGUGGUUUUUAAGGGUCCCCGCGUCGCCGGCGCGGUAGGACCCAGCCCCUGCCGAGCAGACUCCCUCCGGAGCUCGGAGGGAGUCCGCCAUUCGGCGAUGGCGCCAACCCGGAAGUCCCAGCAGCAACCUUAUCUCUACACACAAUCUCUAACACUCAGUGUCUCUCUCUCUCUCUCCGACACUGACUGACUGACUGAGUUGGUGCUGGAGCAGAAUAAGUAGAGAGCAGAACACGCCUCCUCCUCUCUGGAGAAUCAGCAGACUCCUCAGGAGAUUCUUGGAUAUGGGAGGGGUGAAAUCUCCUCACUGCCCAAGUCUUGUGAUUUUAUUUUGAUUCCUUGUGAAGAGGGAUUGAUUGCUAAACGACUCUUGGAAUUGUAGCUCUGGGGAGGGGUUUUGGGGGCCUCUGAACAACUCUCAGCACCCGUAAACUACAGCUCCCAUAAUGAUUUGGGGGAAGUCAUGACUGUUUAAAGUGAUAUCACAGUGCUUUACAUAUAUUGUGUGUGAAUACGGCUUUAGGGCAAAACCUCUGGAGGGCACCAGGUUGGCAAAGACUGCCCUAGAGUUUGCAUGGCCCAAUGUAAGGACUAUUUUUUAAUAUUCCAUGCUUCCAGAGGGGCCAGGAACUUCAGCAGCUGUAGCGAGGAAGACUUUGAAAAGCUAACUCUGAGCAAGGGUGGGAGCUGCCUCCUCAAUAUCCCCAGGCCUGAGGAAACCUAUAGCAUCCCGUACUGUGGCAACAAGCUAGUAGAUGCUGGAGAGGAAUGUGAUUGUGGAACAUCAGAGGUUAGUAACGGGUGUGAUGUCACCAACACAGAAUUCUUUUGGCAGGUUUGAAGUUUGGGCUAUUCAGGAUUUCUGGUCUUGCGUCUGCUAUCACAGGCCACGCUCUUGUCUUAGAUCUCUCUUUAGCCCUGUCUUCUCUGAGAAGCUCCUUGAAUCCCAAGAUCAAACAUAGAACGUUCUUAUAUUUGCUCCUGGUGGCUGCCAAAAUGACAGUGGCAUGGCAUGGGAAGUCUUCUGCUCCCCCUCUGCAAGCAACCUGGCUUCAAGUGGUGUGGGAUAUGGCGCUCUCUCUCAGAGCAACUCACCCACCAUCGCAGAGUGCUUCAGGGGGCGGCCAAAAAGAUCCUUUGAGUGGGUGUGAUAUCCAUUCAGCAUGCAUGCAAACGAAAUGGAGGGAGUUCCCUGCCCUCCAGCCACCCACCUGUCAGUGGGGUGGGGGCGUGGGCUUUGUCCUGGUGCAUAUUAGACAUAUAGGAGGGAAUCUGCUCGCCUUUCCACAGAAACCCUUCAUCGGUUUAUGAUGUACUUAUAUUGUUCAGCAUGUCAGAAUCAGAAACAUGCAAACUAAAGUCCCGCCAGACUCUGUAGACGUGCUCUGGGUUUUUCACACCCUUUGGAGACCUCUUAGUUGUGUGUUAUCUUCUCUGCUGCUACCAAAGUCCACAUGCUUUUAUACCACAAGGAGAGGUGCAAGUCCUUUAGAUUUAUCGAUUGUUGGCCUAACUUCCUUAAAAUAUGUAUUUCCACUGUGGCCCACCCUCUCCUUUCCUGUCCCAUACCUGGCAGGUGGGCAUGGUUUGGUCAUAACAGCCUCGCAGGCCAACUGGAGAGGAUGGGUGGAUCUAAUUCAGCCCAUAGGCUGGAGUUCAGCCUCACCUGUGUUAAACCACAGUUAGUUUUAGCUGUGGCUUAACACAAAGAAGCAGAGGGGAAGUGAAAGAGGUGCUUUUGUGCCCAUCAGGACACAGCUCAAAAACACCUCUUUCACUUUCCCUCUGCUCUGGCCUUUGCUGGGCUAAGGAGGAAAUGACUCUGGCUUGCCAUGACAUCUGAACUUGGAUCAGGCCCCUCAAAAUUUCAGCCUGGAGCUGGUGUAGUCAAUAGAAGCUAAUGGAAUAAGUUUUUAAAUGAAGGAAGUGCUGGAAGGGCACCUCCUUUAACUGUGGUUUGUACAGUACAGAAGCAACACUUAACCAUAAUGAAUACAAACCAUGGUGGCACAUCCACUUCAAACCAUAGUUUUAUGUCCUGUUUUGGGGCCAGUCUUUAACCAUGGUUUGAACUGGAUUUGAUGUAGCUGCAGCUCCUGUCAGCCCUGCCCAUGGUUUAAUGGAUGUGGUGUAGGACUUCCUACUCCCAUCAGCCACAGCCAGGUUCCUCAUCCCUGGUUUAGGAAUUGUUUCAAGUCCAAGGUUAAUUACGCCUGUAUAAGGCCAACAUUCGAGUUUUAAGAUUAAAAUGGCAUUAGUGCUUUUUUUCAGACAGUACUCAGGGGUAUGCACUACUGGGACCUCUCUUUUUUUGUUAAAAAGUGUGGCACUUACUGUAACAACUUCAUGGGGAGGACCUGCACCUAGUUUUCUAGAAAAAAAGCACCAGUUGGAAAUGCCUGAGAGUGGCCUCCUUUCUCAUCUGUUUUUUCCCCUUCCUCUCCUAACUUUUCAGGAAUGCCAGUUUGAUCCUUGCUGUGAGGCAGGAACUUGUAGACUCCACCCUGGGGCUGAUUGUGGUUAUGGAGACUGCUGUCACAACUGUCAUGUAAGACUCACUGAUCCCAAGUUAUUGCCAGAAACUGCAGGGCAGGAGGAAAUUCUACGGGGACUUGGGUCUCUAACAGCAUGAUUCUACACAUGCUUACUCAGAAGAAAGUCCUGCUGAGUUCAGUGGAGCUUGCUCUCGAAUAAGUGUGUUGAGGAUUGCAGCCUUGACAUGCGAUAAAGAAAUAGUCCGCAACUCUAAAUGUGCUUCUCUUAGAACAAGUUGAGUUGAAAUAAAUGGGAUAUGGUAAUUAAAUAUUAUGUUAGAGAAGAAUUUUUCCUAGAGUAUUUGAAUCUUAGAUGUCUCACUACAUGGCCAGGUUGUACAUAACACUAAGACGAACCAUGGCUAAGUGCAAAUGUGUCAGUUUGCAGGUACUCACUGUUAAAAGUCUGGCUGCUUUGAUGCCAUGUUUAGACUUAAGGCCCUCCAGGCGUCCAUUUCACUGGGCAUUCGUGAUUAUCUGUGCUCUUGCCAAUAUCAGGGCAGUUGUGUGCGAUCCCACGUUCAUUACGAUUUGCCUCUGAAAACUAGGGUUGCCAUAUUUUAAAAAGUAAAAUCCUGACACCACUGAAAUUGGUUGGCUUUUUUUGGAAACCACCAUACACCUGGGUUUUUCCUGACAUUUUGCCAAUUCAGCAAAAUCCCCCCCAUGCCAUUUUUACACCUGAAAACCAGGACAUGUCAGGGAUUUUUCCAGACAUAUUGCGAGCCUACUGAGAACAUUUUGGAGCAGAUCGAAUGCUUUGGCUCUAAUGCUUUGGUGCUUGUAUGUGGGGGGUUUGUCUGUCCCAUGUACGACUGUCUCCCUGUGAGACAAAGGUCAUGGGUGUGUCGGGGUGCAAGCACAUUUGAUCCCUUGAGGCCAGGCUGGCAGGCCUGGAGAAGCUCAGAGAGGCAAAGUGGCUGGUGGCUGACAUCUUCAUGAGCGUUACAGCAGAGUCGCACUCCUGCGCUGAUAGCUCCCCUCCUGUCAGGAAGAAGAAGGGUGUUGGGGAAGGAGAGUCCUGCUCUGAGGAACAGGUAAACAUUAUUUGAGAUGGGACAAACUGUUAUCCUCUCUCACAGAGAAUACAUCUGCAAGGAGUGCAGGGGUCGUGAUAGUGGGGAAUCAGUCAUCAGGAACCUAGAUAUUUGGGUGUGUGAUGCGCAAAUAUACCUCAGGGUGAACUGCCUGGCCGGCAUGAAGGCUGCACAUAUGGCACAUGGCCUAGGGAGCCUGGAAGAUAGUGCUGGGGAGGAGUCAGUAGUUGUGAUGCAUGUUGGCACCAAUGACAUGGGAGAAUGUAGAGGCGACCUCCUGGAAGCCAAAUGUAGUUUGCUAGGUACGGUGCUGAAAGCCAGGACCUCCAAGGUAGCUUUCUCUGAAAUGCUACCAGUUCCCCUUGCAGGGUCAGCUAGAGAGGCAUGUGGAUGAGGCAAUGGGGUUGGGAGGAGAGCUUUGGAUUUGUUAGACACUGGGGAACAUUCUGGUCAAUCCAGGCCUGUACAAAAGGGACAGGCUGCACUUGAACUGGGACUAUUGCUGCUUAGAUCCUUAAAGGUGGUAGGAUAGCUUCUAAAGUGAUUGUGGGGGAAGGAGGGUCCCAUAAAUGCCUAAAAAGAAUUUGAGGAGCACGUUGCUAAAAACAUUAAGACCAAGAAGAAGCUCUUUAAACAAAUUAGGAGGAGGAGAUCAUUUAGGUAGCUUCCACCUGCCAUAUGGGAAUAAUAAUGCCAGCCUACCGUGGAGGAUGAUUUAAAGAUUACAGAGGAGGAACACAAUAUUUUGGACAGGUGACCUGUGCUGCAUAAAUGCUAGAUUAUUAUGGGGUGAAGUCAGUGGGAGGUUUAAUCUACUUUGUUGAUAGUUUUGGUAUAUUGCCCACAGUGGGUAUUAGCAGGUUGACGCUGGUACAUUUCCUGCCUCCCUUUCGUAGUUCCUGUCCAAAGGCACAGAGUGCCGUGAGCGGGCCAGUGAGUGCGACCUCCCUGAGUUCUGCAAUGGAACAUCACAGUUCUGCCCUCCAGACGUCACCAUUGAGAACGGGCACCCUUGCCACAAAGACGAGGCUUACUGCUACAACGGGCUCUGCCAGUAUUACAAUGCCCAGUGCCAGGGCAUCUUUGGGCCAAGUAAGGAGCAUGAGGAUCUGCGUUAUGUUUGCUUCUCCACAAGGAACAGCUAGCAGACAUUAUCCUAAGGGAUUGGGAACUGCCUCUGGAUGACAAUUUCUGUUGCUUUUCUGCAAGGCUGGGAUCAAGGGACAGCGCAGUUGGGCAUCUGCUGCUUCUCUUCACCUGCUUGCCUAUUCACCUUCUUGCUCUGGCUCAGACAGUGGUGGUGGGAAGGAGGAGGAGGAGCAACAGCAGCGAGAGGCAGUUGCUGCUGGCUUGCUCACUGGCUCUCUGCAGUAAGCAAGCAGGAAGAGGAGGAACAACUGGAGGUGAUAAGGGCAAUGAGGUGGCAGACACAGUGAGGGAGGGGGCCAAUGGAGGCUGUCUUGCCCAAGAUGCCCUCCCCACCGCAACCUGGAGCACACAUUAGUUGUUUUAUUUUAUUAUUUUUAUUUUUAUUUUUAUUUUUAUUUCUUCAUGAUGCAGAAAAUGGGUCUUCUGUUACUUUAUGCUGCUGGUCCUGCCAGAAGGCUAAAGGAGCUGGGCAAGCCUGAUUUCCCAAAUCUGUGUUUUGCAGAAGCAAAGGCUGCUCCCCAAAUCUGCUUUUCCGAAGUGAAUUCCAAAGGUGACAGGUUUGGAAAUUGCGGCUACCAUGGGCAUGACUAUAAGAAGUGCUCGAGCUGGUAAGUGGGUGCGGCAAGGAAACUCUGGUCACCUCCAGACUGUUGGUGCCUUAGGGGGUGGAUUCAGUCACAUGUAGGUUUGCACAAUUAUAAUAGCUUAAAGUGCUCUGUUGUUACAAAUCUACUUUAGAAAGCAACAACACAGACUUUUUUGUGUUUAGGAAAGUGACAGGGAAAGCAUGAAAAGUGAAACAAAUGAAUGAUUAACAUAUAACCACUGCACAAUCAAAUCAGGAUGAAAUCAUGAUGAAUGUUCAUUGUCCUGUAACUGCCCACAAACAAAAUAAGAACAAAUGCUCAACAAAGCCUGGACAUAAUCUGACUUCCACAAAAGGUUCUUUUAUGCAGGCAAAUCAAAAAGAUUGCUCAAUAAGCAGCUUGUCAAGAGAAGCCUGCUCUGCACAGCUCCCCCCCCGCACAAUCAGUUCACACAUGGCCGUGUCUACGUGUCAUGCCAGAAAAUAAAUAAAUAACUUGAAUGAAACCUGGAAAUGGCAGGAGAGGGCUGGAGAGUCCUUGUGGCUCACGAGGAAACCCUCCCUGGAGGCUGAAGAGGACUUCAGUGUGGGCAUGGGAAGCCCCAAAGAGGUGCAGUGGGCCUUUGUUUCGGCUGCUCAGCCUGCGUGCCUAAUAGCUGGUACGUGCCCAGAUGACAAGACCCCCUUUCUCGGCCUUGCUAAUGUGGUCCAAAGGAAAGCAGAUCAAGGUAUUUGGCACCAACUGGGCUGCAGCAGUUGCCUGAAGGAGGCGUACAAGGCGCCAUCCAAGGUUCACUCCUGAGCCUGUCCCACAAGCAGAGGCAGAGGCUUAGGAUCAGAGUGUUUCUUCUCCUAGAUGAGCUCACUUUCCCAGGUGGACGGGCCCCAACUGCCCCUGUCAUAUUCAUUCAUAUUGCAUUUGACAGAUAAGGGCAGGGAUCACUAUCCUGGUGCCCUUGGACGACAACUCCCAGCACUGCUGACCAUUGGCCAUGUUGAAUGGGACCGAUGAGAACUGUAGUGCACAUGUCUGGAGGGCACCAUGUUGGCUUCCCCUGGAUUUGGGCCAUGCAUUUCUCCCCCAUCCUUUCAUUGGAGGAGCGUGAUGUUUUGCCAAACCCACUAUGUCAUUACUACGUUUUGCACAAACAGAUGUUUUCCUUAUGAUUAGCCCACGAUUAGCAUCCAGGAGUAUAUAUUUUCCUUUAAUCCUACUAAGCCUCAAAAAACCUAAGUCGAUAAUGAUCUGUGCAUACUUUCAGAAAUUAACUGUCAGUGAUUUAAGUUGCCGUGCCAUAUUGCUACAGGAACGCCAUGUGUGGGAAACUACAAUGUGAGAAUGUGCAAACCCUUCCUGUCUUUGGAAUCGAACCUGCCAUUAUCAAGUCUCCCAUCCAAGGUAACACCUGUUGGGGUGUGGACUUCCAGCUGGGAUCAGACGUACCAGAUCCAGGGAUGGUGAACGAAGGCACCAAAUGUGCCCCUGGAAAGGUAAACCAGGAAAGUUCUCAGGUGGACAGUUGUUUUUUGUUGUUUUUUAAUGUAUUUUUAUUAAAGAUUUUCUUGAUUUACAAAGGUAUGUGCAAUGUCUCUCUCUCAUAUUUUUUUCCACAUAACACUUUCCUUUUUUUUUUACAAAUUGGUUUCAUUUGUUGAGACAUUAGGAAGAAUAGGGGGAAAGAGGUGGGGGGGAAGAUGGGUGGGGGUGGGGUCGGGUGGUGAUGUUUCUAUUUCACUUAAUAUAUGUGGGGUUUUGUGUCAGUGUUGCUUGUGCGGGUUCUCUGCUGUUCACUUGUGUUCCUUUGGUGGUGAGAGAGGUUGGGGUUGGCCGAGGGUGUGGCUGUUCAUUUGUGGUUGGCUGUGGUGGUCUUUGUUUUCAUGUGUGAGUGGGGUGGGUGGGUGUUUUGGAUCAGGUUAGCCAAAUUGAUUUGUAUGCUGUUGGUGGAUUUUUAUUGUUGUCUUGUUGGGCUGUGUAUGUGAUAAAGGGGAGCCAUACCGGGAUGAAGGCGUCUUCUUCUAUUUGUCCCCGUGUUAGUUUCAGUUUAUUGGUUAAUUUUUCUAGUAAGGCUGUUUCCCAUACUAUUUGGUAGCAUUGGUCCAUGCUUACUCCUGACAGGUCUCUCCAGUGUCUGGUUAUAAUGUUUCUGGCUGCUGAAAAUAGGUGAAUUAUAAAUUCUUUGUGGUGUAGAUAUGUAUUAUUGUAUUGGAAGAUGUGUAGUAGGGCCAAUUCUGGAGUGAUUUCUAAUACUUGCUUAGUUAUUUUACAUAUUUCUCGUAUAGCUGUUGUCCAGAAUAGUUGGAUUUUGGGGCACUCCUGCCACAUGUGGAGGUAUGUGCCUGUGGAGGUGCACCCUCUCCAGCAUUUUGGUGAGGUUCCUGGGCGUAUUAGCACUAGUUUUCUUAGUUUUAGGUACCAUCUGUAGGUGAUUUUCAGAGUGAGUUCUUUUCUUUUUGUUGAUAUGGAUUUAAAGGGGGGUUUAAACCACAUUUUGGUUCAUUGAGUGGGGUUAAUCUCUUAGCCUAUGUCAUCCAUUGUUUGUGGGAGUUUGUGGGAUUUUGGAAUAGUAUUUUGUAUAUUGCAGAUACCAUCCCUUUACCAUGUCCCUUUGUUGUUAGGAGGUUUUCAAAGGUUGUCAGGGGCCUAGUUGCUGCUGAUUUUACUACCGGAUUGUUUAAGAGGGCAUGUAAUCGGUGAUGUGUUAACCAGGACAUUUGGGUGUCUUCUUGUUUGUCUUGAAUUUAUUGUGUUGACAAAGGUUUGUUAUUUUUGUAGAAGUCUAUUAGAUGAUAUAAGCCAGGUUUUUAUCUCGAGGUUUUGUGCUGUGUGAUGGAAUAAUGGGUGGUAUGCCAGGGGAAUUAGUGGGGAUGGAGCUGGAGAUAGUUUGCCUAUUUCUGUUUUCCAUGCUAUGAGCAUGGUCUGUGUGUACCUCUUAAGUGUUGUGGGAAUUUUCUUUAGUUUGUUUGGGAGGGGUGGGUAUGCUGUGGUGCAGGUAUUUUCAAUUGUGUCCCUCUCUAGGUGUAUCCAUUGUUUUGUCUCAUUUUUUAGUAUAUAUGGGAUUAUAUGGCGUAUUUGGUUGGCAAUGUAAUAUGCUUCUAUGUUGGGGAUUCCCCAUCCUCUUUCUAUGAUGGGGAUUCCCCAUCCUCUUUCUGAGGUGGCAAGGUGCAGGUAUUUGGGGCUUAUUCUUGGUUUUUUGUGUGAGAAGAUAAAGGAGUGUAGUUUUCUCUGCCAUCUGCAGAGUUGGGUUUGGGGAAUCCAGAUUGGGAGGGUUUGGAAUAGGUAGGUUAGUUUUGGGAGGGUGAUCAUGAUUAUUUUGUCUGAGAGGGUGGAAUGCAUGUUGUUCCAUCGUUUUAGGUCUUUGUUUAUUUGUCACCACAGGGGCAUGUAGUUGUGGAGGUAAUAACUUAUUGAGGUUUCUGGUUAUUUGUACUCCUAGGUAUCUGAACUUGGUGUGGCAAAGUUUUAUCUUGGUGACAUUAGUGAAUUCUUUUUGGGUGUGAGGAGGGGUAUUGAAGCACAUAGCUUCUGACUUUGCAAAAUUUACCUGUAGGCCUGACACCAUUGCAAAUGUGUUGAGUUCUCUGGUUAGGGAGGUUGCUGUGCUUAUGGGGUCUGGUGUUGUGACCAUUAGGUCAUCUGCAAAGAGCCCUAAUUUAUAGGUUCUGCCUUUUAUUUCCACUCCCUUGAUGUCUGUGGCUGCUCGGAUGCGGAUUGCUAGGGGUUCCAGAGCCAGGAUAAAUAAGAAGGGAGACAAUGGGCAUCCUUGUUUUGUGCCUCUUUGGAUUGCUAUAGGGUUAGAGCCCAUAUUGUUAGUUCUGCGUUUUGCUGAGGCUUGGGAGUAUAUUUGUUUGAGGAUUUGUAGGAAGCUGAGGCCAAAUUUCAUGCUAGUUAGUACUGCUAAUAGGUAUUUCCAUUCUAAGCAAUCAAAGGCUUUGAGGAUGUCUAGGGACAUAAUUGACAGUGCCUUGCUGUGUUUGAUUAGGUUCGGUACUUUCCUGAUGGGGUCUGUAAUAUUGCGACCAGGGACAAAGCCGGUCUGAUCUGGGGCUAUUAACUUGCAUAAGAAGAUUUUUAGGCGGUUGGCCAAGAUUGAUGUGAAUAUCUUGUAGUCUUGGUUUAUUAAUGAGAUUGGGCGGUAUGAUUCUACUUUGAGACUGUCUUUCAGUGGUUUUGGGAUGGAGACUAUUUUGGAGUGGGUCCAGGUUUUGGGGAUGGGCCCCCCUUUCAUGAUGUCAUUGAACAGGCGGGUCAUGUAGGCCAUCAAGGGUUCUUUGAAUUGCCUUUAGACUUCUGCUGUGAAGCAGUCUGGGCUUGGGGCUUUGUGUGGUUUCAGGUUUUUGAGGACCGUAUCUAUUUCCUCUGGGGUGAUAGAGCUGUCCAUGAAUUCCUGUUCCUCGUCAAUUAAGGUGGGCAUGGUAGUCCUGCUAGGAAUUUUCUGAUUUCCUUCUCAGGUGGGCUAUGGGAAGUGUAUAGGUUGGAGUAAAAUUCUGCAAAUUCUGAGGUUAUUUCUUUGGGGGAGAAUGUUACGUUGUCAUCUUUUUUGGUGAUGCAGUGUAUUCUUGUUUUGAGUUCUUUUUUCCUACAUAGGAAAUAGUUUGGAGUUUCCCCCUCCAUAUUCAUAGAAACAUUGUUUAGAGUAUAGAAUACUGAUCAUUGUUUUGUUGAUUUCUAGGGAGUCUGGUUCUCUCCUUUUUUGGUCUAUAAAUUGAAGAAGUUUUUUAGAUCCUGUUUGUAGCGUGGUGAGAGGGCCGUGAUGUCUUGUUCUAUUUUUGUUAAUUUUUGAGGGGGGUUGUUAUAUUGUCUACAUCAUUUUCCCUGAAGUAGUUUUGUAGAGUUUUUGUGAGACUCUCUCUAAUUAGUUUGUUUGUAGUUAGGAUGGGGCUGAAGGACCAUGAUGGGGUGUUUUGUGAUUUUAAUGUUACCUAUGUUUCUUGAUUUUGCUAAGGAGAUCAGACCCUGUGUGAGCAGAAUGCUGUCCAGUCUGGACGUUGUACCAUGGCGUCCGGAUUGGAAUGUAUGGCUGGUGUCUCCCGGGUUUUGCUCACCCCAAAUGUCGUAGAGACACCUGUUUUUUAACAUUUCUGUAACUUUUAAGAGUCCCUAGUUGUUGGGGGUUUCUUACAAGGAAGGUUGUCCAUGGGGUUGUAGGGUGAAUGUUUUUCGAGGAUAUGCCUUUCAUAUUUAGGUUGAGGUCACAUCCUAGGAUUGCUUCCCCUUCAGAAAAGGAGAGGAACUUGUUUAGUGUCUUCUGAAAGCAUUCUAGUUGUUUUGAGUUUGGGGCAUAUAUGGAGCUGAUUGUCAGUUUAAUUUUGCCAUCUAGUGUCCCUUUAGCGAAAAUGAAUGCCUUUUUUGUCUUUUAGGACUGUUGUGGCAGUGAAGUUCAGGUCUCUACUGAGUAUUAUAGCUACGCCAUGGGCUUUCCCUGAGCCUCGUGCAACCCACUGUUGACUGUAGUGGGGGUCACUCAGGAGUUUGAUCCCUUUGGGUGGGUUGUGUAUUUCUUGUAGGAAGGUGAUGUGCGGUUUCAUGGUGUUUAUGUAUGAGGUGAUGCAUUUUCUUUUGAUGGGGUUUCCCAACCCCUGUGUUGUUUAACGAACCAAUGGGAUUGCACUGACCUACAGUGUGGUGGUUGGGGGACUAGUGGGAUUAGAGUUAGAUUUGGGUUAAAGAGUAGGGGGUAGGUUGUAGAGAGUUUCCUAUAUGUAGUCAUAUACGGUAUGUGUUUGUUUGGGGUAUUUUGGGCCAUUUGGCAUUUAGCCGGUUGGUCCUAGGUCUCAGCUGGUGUGGAGGACCAUGUAUAGGGACAGGCCAUCCCCCCUGUUGUUUGCGAUAGGGGAUGAUCAGUGAGAUGGGGUGAAGCAUCUUUGUGACGCCAAUGUCAGGUAUAAGGUUCGUAAGCAAUGUUGCCAGUGUUAUUAGCAACAUCGUUGGUGUGUUGGGGCGAGGAUGUGGGUGUUGGUAUGCUCUGGCGCCACCAUUGUGCUGGUUGGGCAUCAGAUUUUAGCCUGUUUGUGGGUUGUGUUAUUAAGGUUGGAGGAGUUAUUUUUCCUUAGUAUGGAGUAGGGGGAUGCUGAAGGUGUGGGUUAUGGGUUGUUAGGUGAUGGGGAAUGUGGUUUGAGGUCUGGACUGGUGUUGGGGUGGGGAUUUCUGUGCAGGUGCAGGGCUGGGGGGGGAUGUUGAUGGUGUUAACUAUAUUUAUGUUCGGCGGGGAAAGGAGGGGGGGAAGGGGGGGAGAAUCACUAGUACUUCAGUUUGUGGUUUUUUCCGGUUGCUUCAUUCAGCUGGGGUUGUUGUAGUAGUAGGGUUGUCCAUCCGCGAUGAGUUGGUUUGGUUAAUCUUGGUCUGGUUUCUUGUGUCAUAUGGCCGGCGGGAUGAUUCUGUGCGUGGUGCUUGACUGUAUUGGUUUGCAUUGUCUGUUGUUUCUUUUUCUUCUUUAUUGUCAUCCAAUUGUUUGCUGUUGUUUCGUCAUGGUUGUGGCUGUCACUUAGUGGGUUUGUUGCCUUCCAACACCAUUCCGGUGGAAGGUCGAGUUUGAGGUUCUUCAGUAGUUGCGAGGCUUCAGGUAUGUUGGUAGCUCUUUGUUGUGUUAUGUUGGUUGUUACGAUGAGUCGAAAAGGGAAGCCCCAUCGGUACUUGAUCCCUGCUUGUUGGAGACACUGGGUGCACAGGCAUUAGGCUUUUUCUCCGAUUAAGGGUGUCCUGAGAUAAAUCCUGUAAGUCCAAUAUGGGGGCGUCUCCAUAUUGAAGGUUGGUUGAGUUUCUGAGGUUGUUCCAUACCUCUUCCUUCUUUUUGUAGCGUGUGAAGCACACAAUGAUGUUUAUUGGGGGGUGGGGCGCUGGGUUUCGGCAUAGGUUUUAGGGCUCUGUGACUCCUCUCCAGGUCAUCUACCUCAAGUGUCAUGUUUGGGAUUGUAUCUUUCAGCCAGCGUACAAUUAGGUCUGCUGGGCUUUUCUCCUCUACUUUUUCAGGAAAGUUGCGGAAGUGGAUGUUGCAACGUCUGUUGCAAUCUUCGAUGUCCGUUUGUUUGAUUCUCAUUUCUGUGUUUUCUAUUUCCAGGUGAUUUACCAGUUCAUCCAAUUUCUUAUUGAUGCGUGUGUUCUCCUCCCGGUAUUGCUCUAUUAUUCUUUCUUUCAUUUGGUUCUUGUUCUCUAGAGCUUUCAUUUUGGAGGUUAGAUCGUUGAUUAAUAUCUGCAGGGGAGCCACUGUGGCCUUCAGUGUUUCUGCUAAUCUCGCUUCCAUUUCCCUCAGAUCUCGUUUAGUUGUUGUGUGGUCGUCAUCUUGAAGGGGUGUUGUGGUCUCAGGCUAUUUGCCAUCUCCUUGGUUGGUGUCAUCUCAAUCUCCCUAAUGGUUUUGGUUUCAGGUCUGCUUGGCGUCCUCUUGGAGUAGGGCGUGUUGCAGUUAGGAGUUGUGGUGGUAAUGGUUCCUGGAUGUUGUUGGGUUGCUGAGCUGAACAGGCGUUGUUGACUGGUGUUUUACAGAGCGUUCGGAUUAGGUGGCCAUUUGUGUUGAGUCUAGGCUGUGGUCGCCUCAGCGGUGCUGCCAGAGCGGGGGGUAGGUAAGCUGACAGGCGGAUAGACCAACAGACAGUUCACAUAAGGGGGAGGGGGUUAGCAGGCAGAAAUGCGAGAGACCAGAGAGGUGGGGCCAGGGAAAAUGUGUGUUUGAGGGGGGUUAUUUGUGGUUGCACCCGUGUGUACACGCCUGCGCACUCAUAUACGCAAAAGGGGUUCUAGGGUCCAAUUACGGUGGAAGGUGGGGUUAGGAAUGUGUUCAGGAACAGGACCAGACAAAACAGAAUAUAGGCAAAAGGUGGAGGGAAAAGAGGAAGAAGAAGAGAACAGAGAAAAGAAACAAAGAAAAAGAAAAGGGGGGAAGGGGAAAUUAGAGUAAAAUAAAAGGGAGGGGGAGACAGAAAGGGGGAAAGAAAGAGAGAGAAGGAGAGAAAGUAGAGUAAUAACAGUGGUAAUAGAUUGCAGUGAUAGUUUUAGCUAUAGUAUGAGAGGGGAAAGUAUAAUACAGUGGUAUGCGUGUAUGAGUGUAUGUAUGUGUUUUCUUUAAAGAGAGAGAGGAGGAAAGGGGGGAUGGAGAGAGGGAGGGGGGAGAAAAAGAGAGAAGGAAGAGGAGAAAUGAGAAGAAGAAGAAGGAGGAGGAGGAGGAGGGGUGGGGGAGGGAGAGGGAGAGGUAACUGUAGCAGUGGCAGUGGUGUGGGGAAAAGUUUUGUUUUAAAGGAGGGGUGGGGGGAGAAAGGGCUCCCCCUUCAAAAUCAGACCGACAAACAGGUUCUCCUCUUCUUUCUUCGAUGGUGACGGCAAGGUCAGGGCUCCUCUCUCCCAUCCUCCUCUUUUCUCCCCCCCCUUCCUUUGUUGCUUUGGCUCCGAGGUCCCUCCAGCCUCGGAGCUCCGCUGGGCUGUUGGCAGGGAGGGAGGCUGUGGCUCCCUCGGUAGGCGCACCAGAUGCCCCAGUUUCCCUCUGACGGUGGUGGAGGCAGAAGCGGUGGGGUCCGGGCUCCUUUCUCUCCUUCCCCUCCUGCUUCCGUGCUGGCUCCGAGAUCCUCCUGACCUCGGGUGGCCGGGUGCCCUUGGUCCCGGCUCGAUCAAGGUCACGGGGGGGGGGGGGCUGCAGUUAUUCCAGGCGCCCCCAGUUCCUCUCCAGUAUCGGUGCUGGCGGCGCUGGUAGCGGCAGUUCCAGCAGCCCAGGAGCCAGUAAGGUAGCUAUGUAAGUUCUGGCUGGCUUCAGGAGCUGCUUGUUGCCAUGGCGUCCCCAUGCUGCCUUAACUGGAAGUCCCGAGUGUACCCUUCUUGAGGGGGCAGAACUCCUUUCACGCUCCAAGGCAGAGGUACCUGCUACAGCGUCUUCUCAUUUUGAAGGAUCCUGGAUCAAAUGCGAGAACUGCUUUUUGCUUUCUCAUCCGUCAAAUGGAAGGGUAUAACUUUGCUCUCAGUUCUGUUGUAGAUUGCUUAAUGGAGCUACGGAUUGUUAAGAGUGGCCCACCAAAUGUGCAGUGGAUGUCUCAGGUGGACCAUUGUGUGAGUUUUCCUUGUUAAUCCUAACAGAUCAUUUGCAAGAGAGGGGAUUUUGAUCUGUGAGGAAAGCUUUAGAAAUGAAACUUUAGAUUGGGCAGACACAUCACUUACUUUAAUUUAAGGUUUGCAGUCCCAAUCAUAAUGAAUUUGUGUGUGUCCUUUCUUUCAGAUAUGUAAGCACUACCAAUGUGUUGAUGUCUCUGUUUUGGGUUACAGCUGCAAUGCAGAGCAUCAGUGCAAUGGACGAGGGGUAAGCUGACAAAACCACGCCGGAUUUCUAGACUUUCUCCAGGGGUUACUGACUUGAUGCUUUGUUUUGUUCUGACCUCCUCUCUUGGGCCUUCCUUUCCCCUUUUUUCAGAAGGUGCUGGAGGGAGACUUGGUUCCAUUGAAUGACGGACAGGUAGGAGCUCCAGCAAAGGAACAGUUGAGAGCUCCCUUCAAGCUUCUGGUUGUUCCUUUGACGCUCUGCCCUUAACUACCUGCAUUAUGUCAGGGGUUGGAUGGGUGGACUUGGCUUGUUAUUUGAUACUGCUCAUAUUGAUCCAGAGCAGACUCCAGCAUAUAGUUAGCAAAAACUGAAACACGUUGCAGGAUUCCCCAAAAAUAGACGGGCGGUAAUUCAUCCAGCAGAGCUUUACUACUGAAGGUAAAUGAGCAUAAUAAUCACAAAUCCAUAUGUCUUCAGAAAUGGCACAGUAUAUUAAGUGAACAAGGCUACAGUUAUGAAGAAAUUAGAAGAAAAAUUGGUGGAAACUUAACCAAAGGUGGUAUUCCUAAAUUUUUGAAGAGGUAAAAGGAGAUUACAAAAUCAGACUGGUAAAGGUAGGAAAAGGUUCACAACAGCAAGUGACGAUAGAAGAACUGAGAAACUGUGGCUACAUGAUAGAAGAAAAUCACCUGGGUUUAUACAAGAUGACAUGGGGCAAGGUAAUGUGAAGUUGAGUGCAAGCACCGUUUGGCGCAGACUGCAGGAAUAUGGUCUAAAUGCUAGAAUUCCAAGGAAAAAGCCAUUGUUGUCUCUCAAACAAAGGUUGAAACGAUUAAACUGGGCUAAAACCCAUGUUAACUGGACAGCAGAAGAAUGGGACAGUGUUAUUUGGAGUGAUGAGACCAAAAUCUCCUUGCUUGGUAGUAGUGGCAUGAAAUAUGUGAGGUGAAGAAUUGGAGAAGAUUUACAUCCUACUGCAUUGCACCUACUGUGAAACACCGAGAUAGUGUUAUGAUCUGGGGUUGUAUGACAGCAAAAGGUGUGGGCAGAAUUUGCGUCAUUAAUGGGAAUGUAAGGUAAAGGUAGGGACGCGGGUGGCGCUGUGGGUAAAACCUCAGCGCCUAGGGCUUGCCGAUCGCAUGGUCGGCAGUUCGAAUCCCCGCGGCGGGGUGAGCUCCCAUCUUCGGUCCCAGCUCCUGCCCACCUAGCAGUUCGAAAGCACCCAUAAGUGCAAGUAGAUAAAUAGGUACCACUGUAUAGCGGGAAGGUAAACGGCAUUCCCGUGUGCUGCGCUGGUGCUGGCUCGCCAGAGCAGCUUCGUCAUGCUGGCCACGUGACCCGGAAGUGUCUCCGGACAGCGCUGGCCCCCGGCCUCUUAAGUGAGAUGGGCGCACAACCCUAGAGUCGGACACGACUGGCCCGUACGGGCAGGGGUACCUUUUCCUUUAAGGUAAAGGUAAAGGGACCCCUGACCAUAAGGUCCAGGAGUGACCGACUCUGGGCUUGCGGCGCUCAUCUCGCUUUAUUGGCCGAGGGAGCCGGCGUACUGCUUCCGGGUCAUGUGGCCAGCAUGACUAAGCCACUUCUGGCAAACCAGAGCAGCGCACGGAAACGCUGUUUACCUUCCCGCCAGAGCGGUACCUAUUUAUCUACUUGCACUUGGACGUGCUUUCGAACUGCUAGGUAGGCAGGAGCAGGGACCGAGCAACGGGAGCUCACCCCGUCGCGGGGAUUCAAACCGCCGACCUUCUCAUCAGCAAGUCCUAGGCUCUGUGGUUUAACCCACAGCGCCACUCGGGUAAUGUAAAUGCCCCCAAAUACAUAGCUCAGACCUUAAUCCAAUUGAAAAUCUAUGGAGCUGACUAAAGAAACUUGCUAGUCAGAAGCAACCCAGCAAUAAAACCCAAUUAAUAGAGGCAAUAAUUCCAUCUUGGUUUCACAUUAUAACAGCUGCAGGACUAAAAAACUUGGUUCACUCCAUGGGAAGGCGUUGUAAGGCCGUAAUUAAAGCUAAAGGUUACUCAACUAAGUAUUAACUGAAAUGGUGAGGGUUUUUGUAUAUCUCAUUUUUUCUAUGUGUUUCAGGUUUCUUCUUUAUGACUGCUGUUUUAAUAAAUAAUCAUUCAUAAAAGUCAUUGCAUUACAUUCUUCAUUAAAUUAUCUUUCCAUUGAUAUAUAAUAUUAUGGUAUUACUCAGUGCUUUUUUCCUGGGGAGACACAGGGGUAUGCAAACCCCUAAAAAAAUUAAGAAUCUAAUGGGAGAAGAAACUAAACUUUUUUUAAAAAAAAAUAGUUUCUUCUCUAGCACGGCAAAUCGUCAGUUCCGCUGCUACCCCAGAUGGCAGCCUCAUUUCCUAUCAUGAUAUUUCCUGAGUCUCAGAUAGAAACAAGUGUUUAAUGCAGGGGUCGGUCAGCAAACCUUUUCAGCAGGGGGCUGGUCCACCGUCCCUCAAACCUUGUGGGCGGGGCUGGACUAUAUUUUGAAAAGGAAAAAAAAGGAACGAAUUCCUAUGCCCCACAAAUAUCCCAGAGAUGCAUUUUAAAUAAAAGCACACAUUCUACUCAUGUAAAAACACCAGGCAGGCCCCACAAACAACACAGAUUUGCAUUUUAAAUAAAAGGACAUAUUCUACUCAUGUAAAAACAUGAUUACUGGACUAUCCGUGGGCCGGAUCCGCCCCCUGGGCCUUAGUUUGCCUACCCAUAGUUUAAUGUAUGAAGCAGUGUGGAAUGUGGAUGUGUGGUGUUUUACUGAUGAAAGUUUGUACUCAUUGAGGGGCAGUAUUUCAAUAUGAGUAAUGUAUGUUCUUUGUGGGACGCGGGUGGCGCUGUGGGUUAAACCACAGAGCCUAGGACUUGCCGAUCAGAAGGUCGGAAGUUCGAAUCCCCACAACAGGGUGAGCUCCCGUUGCUUGGUCCCUGCUCCUGCCUACCUAGCAGUUCGAAAGCACGUCAAAGUGCAAGUAGAUAAAUAGGUACCGCUCCGGCGGGAAGGUAAAUGGCGUUUCCAUGUGCUGCUCUGGUUUGCCAGAAGCGGCUUAGUCAUGCUGGCCACAUGACCCGGAAGCUGUACGCCGGCUCCCUCGGCCAAUAAAGCGAGAUGAGCGCCGCAACCCCAGAGUUGGCCACGACAGAGUUGGUCAGGGGUCCCUUUACCUUUACCUUUAUGUUCUUUGUACUUUUGUCCAUUUACUGUAUUUAUUUUUCACUCUUUGCUUGCUGCUUUUCAUCCAAACAGGUGUGCAAUAGCAAUAAGAACUGCCACUGUCACCCGGGGUGGGCCCCUCCCUACUGUGAUGCCAAAGGAUAUGGCGGCAGUCUGGACAGUGGACCUCCAUACAAUGGCAAGUACCUGAACCACACACCUUCCUGUCUUUGGUGACGCCUGGAGGUUGGGAAGUGACAGCUACUCCAAGAGGCUUAAGUCCUCCUUGGCUGGUAUGGUGGUGGCUUACUGUGCCUCUCUAGUUUUGUUUUCCAUGGGAAGAGGAGCUUGGGUUUUGGAUAACCAGCCAUUGGAAACUUAGGGCCUCUGGAUUGGUAGGGGGAAUCUUACAACUUUCAGAGCUUUUGUUUGUCCUGGGCCAACUUUCUGCAAAUGUCAUUGGGAACAGAGGAAGCUUAUUUAUCCACCUAGAUCAGUAUUGCUUAAUGCUCACCAGAAUUUCAGCCAGGGAUCCUCAGAGAGGCCAUGGACUGAACCUGAGACCUUCUGCAUGCAAAGCAGGUGCUCUGUAAUUGAGCUAUGACCAUUCCAAAUUCAUGCACAUGUUAUUUUGAAAAAAUGUGGGGGGAAAACAUUGAAUUUUUGGUGCCUCAAGAGUCCAACAAAUUGAUUAUGACUUUAGCUCAUGUCUGCUUUGUCAGGUGCAUAAAUGAAUUCUCAGUUAGCAGGUAUAUGCAGGAGAAAAUUGUAAGGUGGGAGCUGAAUGGCAAUAAGAAGCAAAAAUUAAAGUCAGUGAUAAAAAAAAUGUGUACACCACAGUCUGUCUUGAAGGCUUUCACUCUCUUGUGCCAACUUCAAAACCUCCACAAACAAAUGAGGAAGCAUGAAAAAUACAAAGAGACAGCUACAGUAACACGUUUGCAAUUGAAGCAGUUAAGAGUAAGGACCUGGAAGAGACCAGUAUUCAAAUCUCAACUCAGCCAUGAAGCGUGUUGGGUGACUUUGGGCCAGUUGCUGUCACUUAGCCUACCCCACAGGGUUGUUGUGAGGAUAACAUUGAGAAGUAUGGACACACCUCAAGCUCUUUGGAGAAAAGCUGGGAUAUGAAAUGCCAAGUCCACAAAAUUACUUUCCAACAAUAUCUUUUUAAACAUUUUUACUAGUCCUAUUCAUAGAAUCAUAGAAUCAUAGAGUUGGAAGAGACCACAAGGGCCAUCGAGUCCAACCCCCUGCCAAGCAGGAAACACCAUCAGAGCACUCCUGACAUAUGGUUGUCAGACAUGUUCCUUAGGCAUGUUUUUCUUAGGCAAGUUGUGGACUUCCAACCCAGCUGAGCCUUUUAAGCAUACACACACUAUUCUUGCACAUAACAUAGAGACAGUAAAAUAUAAGCAGCAAAGCCCAGACAGAAAAGAAAGGGGAAAUGGAGAAAGGGAAGAGGGGAAAGAAAGGAAAACACCAGAUUAUCAUCACUAAAGCCCUUUCAUAUGGCACAUAUUUCCACAACAUUUAUCUGGAUUUCUUUAUAUAUCUCUUCUGUAACUUAACAUUGAUAGGCUGCUACUUCUUUGACUGCUGUUCUGUUAAGUAAUGGCAACCGGGGUUUUUUAAAAAGCAAAGCAAAAUCCCAAGCCAGGAAUUGCACACACAACAAGGACUUCCUGCAUAUUGUUCACACUCGCUGUGUUUCAGAUGUGUGACUGAUGAAGGAGUGCUUUUAGGGUCUUUGCUUUGACUUAGGAUAAUAUUGCAACAUUGCCGCUUAACUUGCCAUUUAUUGUUUGAGCAUAGACACUGCACUGCAUGUUGUAUUAAAUUCAGACAAAAAAGCAACUCCUCCCCCAAAGGUAUAGAAGAAGGUCCCAGAUACAGUAUAAAGAUCCAUUUGCUCCUAAAGACCCAAUUCCAUACAAAGGUUGGUAACAAUUUUUAGUGUUGAUUUUUUUGGGAUCAUACCAUGCAAUCCAAGUUUCUCUUGGAGAAGACAAUUAGAUUGAUGGGCUACUGGACUUUUUGUGGUGGAUUUUUGUGGUGGGUAUUAUGCACAAGGUAAAGACGCACAGCAUCCUUUGAGGCAACAAAUAUCGUUGUAAAUAUAAUGUAGAUUAAAGUAAUUCUAUUAUUGUUCCAUUGUUUCCCCCUAUGCUUUUAGGUGUUUUUAUUUUAUCUCUAAGCCACCUUGAGUCCCUGUCAGGGGAAAAGGCGUGGCAUAAAUGAACAACAGCAACCACCUCCUGCAUCUUCCUCCCUGCUCACCCUGCAGCCAGCAGGCACUCUCUUCACUUUCUGUCCAAUAAUAAAGCCACCAUUCCACAUCACCUUUCUUACCCAAUUUUAUCUUCUCCAUGUCUCCUACUCUCUCCUUUUUGGCAACUCUGCUGUGUACCCCCAUUUUCACCUGCACCCCAUUUCCCCUCCCUCCUCCUUCCCUUUCUCAACUCUCCCUGGCACACAGGCCACCCAUAUUUCUAGGCUUAUUUUGCAGCUCCAUUUCCACCCGCUUGCUAUGAUGGAGAUGUUGCUGUACCUUAAAGACGAGCUGAACCUUAAGAGCAAACCUGUCCAGUUAGCUUGCUCACUUAGAGCUGAUGGAUGUUGUUUGCUUGUUGAUACAUUGAAUCUGGAGCUUCAUGUUGAAGGCAACAUGACAGGUUACAAAAAGAAAUAGCAGAGAGGGAUGCAACACGGACGCCAACACCAAAAGCUAACACAAUAGAGCCUUUCCCGACUCCCUUCUUGCUGUAAGCAAGCCUGGUUUCAAACCACCACUUUCCCUCUAUUCUCCCUCCCAUGCCAUAGCCACUGCUCUUGGGCAAGCUGUCUUCUCUCUUGCCUCCCUCCCUGCUCUUUCUAAUGGGGCACUGCAAAUCUACAUUUUGAUUAUAUGGGAGAAAAGCAAAGUCAGUAGUCUAGUCCAGAGGUAGCCAGCGUGGAAAACUGCAGCUCUUGUACAACAACAACCAUAAUCCUCCCUGACCAUAGGUCAUAGUGGUUGGAGCUAAUGGGAGUUGUAGUCGAUAACACUUGGAGGGCACCACCGUGGCCAUCCCUGGAGUCAGUUGUGCUCAGGAAAAAGUAAGCUUGCCCUGCCUUUCCAUGUUCUGCUCAAUGGGAAGAAAGGGUACUGAGAUUACCAACAUGUCCAUAAGAACCCAGCUACUUUAAAUGACUCAGCUACUUUAAAUGACCGAUACUAAUCUUGUUAUGUGCAUUAUACGCAUUUGUAAACUGCUUUGGAUUUUGAAAAGAGCAGAGGUUGAAACUGUUGACUGAUUUAACAAGCUCACAGCAUUCCUUUUCUCCCUCAAUGGGGUUGAGGAAGUUUGUAAUUCCCACCCUGCAGAAAGGUAACCAUUGUUCCUGUUGUUGCUAAUUUUCUUUCUUUGUUUAUUCUCUCUCUCUUUCAGAUGUGGAUAACACCACAAGAAAUUGGCUGCUGGCAUUCUUCUGCCUGAUUCUCCCUCUCCUGUUGCUUUUGCUCUUCACUUACCUUGUGAGGAAUCAGUUGCUGUCAUCCUUAAUGCCGUUGAUAGAGGCUUGUUGUGGGUAAGUAUUUUCUGUCCACCCCCCCUGCUGUGUGGAAAGCUGACUAGUAAUUCUUUGGCAGAACAAAGGCAUUUAAAGGCUCUGUGUGCAGCACUGGUGCCAGGCCCCGUCCACUGGUGAGGCAAGAUGAGGUGCCUGCCUUGAGCGGUAGAAGCCUAAGAGGCAGAGGCUGCCUGCAACAGUGCUGGUUUGCAGCAAGAUCUCAUGAGAUCUCACUGAAAUUUCACGAGAUCUCGCACAGCACACAAGAUCCUGUGAUAUCUCACUGGAAGUCAGUGCCCCUGCCAGCUCUUUGUGGAUGCCGCUUCGCAACACAGGUAAAAGAGGAGCACUGGCAGCAAGUGUGUGUGUGUGUGUGUGUGUGUGUGUGUGUGUGUGUGUGUGUGUGUUACAUUCCCAAAAUUGGAUGUGUCCCUCUGCCAGGGGUAUUGUGUAUUCUGCAAAAUAGGGAAGAAUUGGUUUUUCUAGAACCAACUGAACACCAGCCAGUUUCCCCUAGUUUGCCAGCCCUGUUUUGUUCUCUGCACGCUGUCAGAAAACAAUUGGAGAAGUCAGACCUUUGGUCAAGUAUCUCAGUGUUGCUUACUCUGAAUGGCAGUGACUCCCCAGUGUUUCAGGUAGGAGCCUUCCCUGGAAAUUUUGCAGGCAAAGCGUGGGAUUGACUCUUAAAUUUACAGAUUUUCUCUAAGAAAUUCUUGGUACGGCUGUAUCGUGGAAUUGCUAUACAAGCGUCUGCAUAGAAGCUGAGCCUCUUGGUAAAGUCACAUCCAGUGUGUUCUGUUCACUUAGAGAACAACUGCAAGACUCCGCAAAGUGUUCUCUGUAAUGCCACCACACACAAACCUGAGACAUUCGAUCAGGGGUUCACCAUCCCUUUUGGACCAGUGGGCAUAUUUGGAAUUUUGAGAAAGUGCUGUGGGCACCAUCACAAAUGACUGCCAGGGGGUUUGGAGCAUGGCACAAAAUGGCUGCCACGGUGUGUGUACUGGCACCCCACCCUCGCACACUUAAUCCUGGGGUUAAGUGAAAUUUGGGUAUGUUACAGGUUGCCUGUUCAGUGUAGAACAAGCUGAGCCAACAGGAACUAGCAAGGAAGAAUCUUGUGCAUUGUGGAAUUUUGAGGGGGUAUUUAUUGAGACCUUUCAUAGGUAGCAGAGGAGGCACAGGAAGGGAUGCUAGUGCCUGCAGGCCAGAGAAUUACUCUGUCAAGGUUAGUGCAGGUGAAGGAUUAAUCAACUUCCAUGAUCACACCAUCCUCACUGUGGGCAUAGAGUCUGGAAAGUGGUUUCUUGCAUUCUGUACCGUUUGGUGGGGGCAGAAUAACAUCACUCUGUUUAGCUUAUGCCAAAUUGGACCUUUGUUAGUUAGGGGAAGUGGGGCAGAUGAUACAGAAAAAUUCAAUCUCAUAUUUUAAUGAGUAAAAUAAUAAAAAUUUUGGCUUGAUCCAUGACAUAACUAAUCAAUAUUAUAAUAGCAAUCAUAAGAACCAUUAAAGGUAGAAGAUAAUGAGAAUAUAAUGACUUGAAUAAAAAAUGGGUUUUGUAUCAUUCAGCCCCACCAAUGGGGCACUUUGAUACAAAGCAUAAAUUGUAUGAGAAUGGUAAUUAUUUGCAAAAAAUUAUGAAAAAACAUUUCUUAUUGUGAGAGAUCAUAAUCAGCCUUACAAUUUGUUGCUUAAAAUCUAAAUUAUAUAUCAAAACUUACAGUGUUUCACACAUAUCAUAGACUUUAUGGCAGGUUUUCUUAACAAAACAUCAAAAUUUAUAUUAAUCUUUCCUCAAACACCUAUCCAUUAAAAAGAAAACUUUGGAAAAACUUAAAAAGUGUAAGAACUUACAUUAGUCAAAAAAUAGUAAUAUUGUUGUUGUUUUUUUGUUGUUGUUAUUACCCCGCCCAUCUGGCUGGGUUUCCCCAGCCACUCUGGGCGGCUUCCAAAAAAGAUUAAAAAUACAAUAAAAUAUCAGUCAGUAAAAACUUCCCUAAACAGGGCUGCCUUCAGAAGUCUUCUAAAUAUCAGAUAGUUGUUUAUCUCUUUGACAUCUGAUGGGACGGCGUUCCACAGGGCGGGUGCCACUACUGUAAAUGCCCUCUGCCUGGUUCCUUGGCUUCUCGUAGGUAACUUGGCUUCUCGCAGUGAGGGAACCACCAGAAGGCCCUCAGUGCUGGACCUCAGUAUCUGGGCUGAACGAUGGGGGUGGAGACGCUCCUUCAGGUAUACAGGACCGAGGCCAUUUAGGGCCUUAAAGGUCAACACCAACACUUUGAAUUGUGCUCGGAAACGUACUGGGAGCAAAUGUAGAUCUUUCUUUUUUUUUUAUAAGAUAUUUAUUAAGGUUUUUUGAAAUAUUACAGUGAAAAUGAAAAAGAAAAAAGAAAAAUACAAAAUAAAAACAGUUAAAAACACACAUAUUUUCUAUUACUUAUUUUCCUUUAGCUUGUUUCCCGGACCUCCUCGUACCUCCCUUUUUUGUAUUCCACUUCAAUUUAUUGGUUCAGCAAAUCCUUACCAUUAGAUUUUAACCCAUUUAUAACCCUUUUUCAUAUUCUCUUAGAACAUUACAGCUGGAAACCGCUUAAUUACUAUCCAACAUCAUUCUAUCAUUCAUUAAUUUUACAAUAUUUCUGUAAAUAGUCUUUAAAUUUCUUCCAAUCUUCUUCCACCGACUCUUCUCCCUGGUCUCGGAUUCUGCCAGUCAUUUCUGCCAAUUCCAUAUAGUCCAUCACCUUCAUCUGCCAUUCUUCCAAAGUGGGUAGAUCUUGUGUCUUCCAAUACUUUGCAAUGAGUAUUCUUGCUGCUGUUGUAGCAUACAUAAAAAAAGCUCUGUCCUUCUUUGGCACCAAUUGGCCGACAAUGCCCAGAAGAAAGGCCUCUGGUUUCUUCAAGAAGGUAUGUUUAAAUACCUUUUUCAGUUCAUUAUAUAUCAUUUCCCAGAAAGCAUUAAUCCUUGGGCACGUCCACCAAAGGUGAAAUAAUGUACCUUCGGUUUCUUUACAUUUCCAGCAUUUAUUGUCAGGCAAAUGAUAGAUUUUUGCAAGCUUGACUGGGGUCAUGUACCACCUGUAUAUCAUUUUCAUAAUAUUCUCUCUUAGGGCAUUACAUGCCGUAAACUUCAUACCUGUGGUCCAUAACUGUUCCCAGUCAGCAAACAUAAUAUUAUGUCCAACAUCUUGUGCCCAUUUAAUCAUAGCAGAUUUCACCGUUUCAUCCUGAGUAUUCCAUUUCAACAGCAAGUUAUACAUUCUUGACAAAUUCUUAGUUUUGGGUUCUAACAGUUCUGUUUCUAGUUUUGAUUUUUCCACCUGGAAGCCAAUUUUCUUAUCCAAAUUAUAUGCCUCCAUUAUCUGAUAAUAAUGAAGCCAAUCUCUCACUUUGUUUUCUAGUUUCUCGAAACUCUGCAAACGGCAUUCCUUGUCUAGGGGCAGUCCGUUCCCAGGUUUUAAGCGGCAGAUUUUAGCUUCCUUCCCCCCCCCUUUUUUGCAGGUAAAAACAACUCAAACCUUCCCCCCUCCUCUCCUGCAAUCCGGAGGGGAGCCCACUUUCCAGAUGUUAAGAUGUAAGUCUUUUUUCCGAACGUCUUUCUAUGUUUCCGCUUUACAGUCUCUUUGCUUUGAUCUAUUUACAAGAAAGGAAGGCAGACUUCCUGGUUAUACCUUCCUGCUUCGGUGCCGAAUUAGCUGUUUUUUCUCCUUUUAAAUCCAAUUUAAUCCUACUCACGGGUAGUUGCUUUCAAAAUCCAAUUAUCCCAGGAAAAAGUCAGCGCUCUCCGAUAACGGCUGUGCAGCUUCACUCCGCGGAAGAAGCAGUCAACUCUCAGCACCGCGCCGCUCACCCCGUCCCGCUCCGGAGCCCUUAAAAGGGUCCCUUCGCAACUUGGGGGGGGGGCGCAAAUGGUGCCCACCGAGUCCCCACGUUCACAGGCUUCCCCCGCCUGUGAUUUUUAAAGGGUCCCCGCUUUGCCGCAGCGGUAAGACCCGAUCCCGCGGAGCUGGUCCCUCCGAGAAUCAGAGGGAAUCCGCCAUUAACGAUGGCGCUGACCCGGAAGUGCAAAUGUAGAUCUUUCAAGACCGGUGUUAUGUGGUCUCGGUGACUGCUCCCAGUCACCAGUUUGCAUGCACCACUCUGACGAGACAGUCCACGGGCAGGUAGGGUCUCAGCAUGCGUACCAGAUGGAGCUGGUAGACAGCUGCCCUGGACACAGAAUUGACCUGUGCCUCCAUGGACAGCUGUGAGUCCAAAUGACUCCCAGGCAGCACACCUGCUCCUUCUGUGAGAUAAGAUGGCGCCCAGCACACUUCCCCUGUGCCUUUGGACGCUUGUGCCGAUAGAAAAACUUGAGCUCUUAGCUCUUAGCAGAGUUCUUUAGCAGCGGUAGAAAAUGUUGCCUUGUGUGUGUAUAAUAAAUCAAACUGAACGCAGGCUUCUUGCUAAUCUCUAACAGCCUUUAAUGAGAAGAAAAACAUCAUAAAUCAGUUCCGGCGAGAGAGCAGACAUUCUUUCGUCUCUCAGCCAAAAACGAAAGGAAAACCACACACAAAGAAAGAUUCCCAUAUGUGAACCAAACCACGCCUCAGAAUGUGAGAUGUCACACAGAACUGUUUAACCCUGUAAGUUCUGAUUCUCCUCACACCCCCUCUCGUCUCGCAUCCUGAGGGAAACUGUGAGUAUAACUCACCCCAAACACAACCCUUCACAGAACUCCCCAUGUCGCUGGAAGGUCAAGGGUUUAGUAAACCCAUCAGCUAGGUUCUCCCGGCUUGAACAAUACUUGAGCCGUAUCCAACCUGCUUGGACACUUUGACAUACAUUCUGGAAACGUAUGUCCAAAUGCUUGGUCCUGGACUUGAACUGUCCAGAUUCUGCCAACCUAAGACAAGGUUGAUUGUCUCCCCAAACAGUUAUGGGCAAGUAACAAUCCCCACAGAUCUCUUGGAUCAAGCACCGGUAGAAGUCCAACUCCCUGCACAAAUCCGACAACGCACUGAACUCAGCCUCAGUGGAAGAAAGUGCAAUAAGACUUUGCUUCCGGGACUUCCACCCAACCAGGGAUUCCCUGAACUUUACCACCAGCCCAGACACAGACUUCCUGUCCCCAAGAGAUGUCCAAUCGCUGUCACUCCAGCACGUAAGCCGUGCGUCACCUUCAGCUAACAACGUGAGGCAAAACUCUUUGGUAUCCUGCAAAUACCUCAACACUCUCUUGAUGCCUUGCCAGGCAUUCACACUGGGCUUUGUAGCCUCCCUGCUGAGCAGAUUCACAGCAAACGCUAUGUCUGGUCUGCUCCACUGAGAGAGAUACAACAGACUCCCUAGCGCUGACUGAAACACCUCAGGGUUUUGGAACUCAGAACGCUCCCCAAGCUGACUGUCCUUCACGAAGUUGGUCUCCAUGGGCGUUCUGGCCCCUGCACAGUCAGACAUCCGGAACUUCUCAAGCAACUGCUCAAUCUUGCCUUUCUGACUGAGCAAGAAACUCCCGUUCUCAGACCUGUCUAUCCUAAUGCCCAGAUAAACUUGAACGGGACCAAGGUUUUUGAGCUUAAACUUCUUACCAAGCUCUUUGGCAAAAUCUUGCACCUGUCUACCUGUCUGUGCCACGUACAGAAUAUCAUCUACGAACACCAGAAUCGCUUCCUGUGUCCCUCCUGACCCCUUCAGGUACAGGCAACUGUCUGCAACACUCUUCUGGAAACCCAAACUUUCCAGAGCUUCAUUCAGGCACAUGUUCCAAUUUCUGGCUGACUGUUUCAAACCAUAAAUUGACUUGUGCAACUUCCACACAGCACCUGGCUCAUUGCCCUCAAACCCUGGAGGAGGUAACAUGUACAGAUCCUCCUUCAGAUCCAAGUUCAAAUAAGCCACAUCCACAUCAAAGUGGUGCACUUGGUGCCCUCUUUGAGCAGCUACUGGUAAAAGCACGCGCAGAGUCUCACUCCGGGACGUAGGAGCAUACACCUUGGUGUAAUGCAGCCCCCUUCUCUGCGUGAACCCUCUGGCUACAAGCCUCGCCUUGUACUGUGGUUCUCCAGACGCUGUGGCCUUAAUCCUGUAAACCCAACGACAGCUCACGGCCUGCUUGCCCUCUGGCAGCUUCGUGGUGGAGAACACACCUAAGGACCUCAUUGAGUUCAACUCCUUUCCCAUUGCCUCUUGCCACUUCCUGGCUUCUUCAGGCAACUGUUGAACCUCCUCAAAACUUUCUGGUUCGCACUGCGCUAAACCAACCCACACGCUGGUGACCUCAAACCUCUCAGGUGGUACCCCCUUUGUAGCGCGUGUGGAACGUCUGAGCACUGUCUCAGGUGCUCCCUCUGACCCACUGGGGCCAGCAAGUGUGUCCUUGUUAUCAGAAGACUCCCCCUCUGACUUACUGCAUCUUCUGGCCUUCUGCACUUUACUAACGGGAGACGAAGGCUCACUUUUGGGCUCUAUUUUAACAACCUGUGGAGAUGCCCCUCCCUGUUCUUGACCCUGGUCAGAGACCUGGUCCUCAUCAACAGGUUCAGCUUCUAACUCUCCCUCCUCAGCAGAAUCAGACAGACACUCUGAGAGAACGUCAGGAUUCGCAUGGAUCCUUGACCAACCACUCUGCUCACAGAACUCAGCACUCCUGCUGACUAGAAUCCUGGACUGAUCGCCUUCUGGAUAGGUAAACCCCCACCCUUUUGUCCCAGGCUCGUACCCACAAAAGAUCAUUUUCCGGGACCUCGGGUCACCUUUCUUGCGUUGAGCCUUUGGCACAAGCACCCAAGCUUCGCAACCAAACACACGGAAGAAAUGCACCUUGGGCUUCUUCCGGUGCAGCAGAAAAUAGGGUGUGUCUCCUACAACAGAGCUAUAGGACCUGUUCAAGGUGAAGCUGGCAGCUUUCCAAGCUUCGGCCCAAAAGCUCUGAGGCAAACCAGAGUCAAACAGUAGAGCGUCAGCUGCCUCAGCUAGCGUUUUGUUCCUGCGCUCCGCUACGCCAUUCUCCUGAGGAGAAGAAGCAACCGUCAACCUGUGACUUCUCCCCUUCUGGCGGAAGAAACUCUGCAGAGCAGACCCGGUGAACUCUCCUCCUCGGUCGCUCUGAAAGCUCUGCACCUUGGUGGAAAACUGUAGUUCCACCACCGCAACCCAGUCUUUGAUCAGUUGCGCUGCCUCGCUUUUCUGUUUCAGCGAGAAGAUCCAGCCGUUCCUCGAAAAAUCAUCUGUCAGCGUGAGCGCAUACCUGGCUCCGCCCAGACUCGGCACUGGCAUGGGUCCACAAAGGUCUGUAUGCACUAGCUCAAAAGGCCUUGUGGUUACCCUCUCCGAUCUGGGAUAACUGCACCUUUUUAUCUUUGCUCUUUUGCAUGCCCUACAAUCCAAGAAUUUAUCACAUGCUUUCAUCUUACAACCCUCAGUGCAUUCUGGUAACUUCUGGAUAUGUUUCCAACAGCUAUGCGACAUUCUCCUGUGCCACAAGUGAGCACACGAAUCAUGUGUGGGAACAUUAGCACACUGCGCUUCUUCUGUCUCAGCGUCCCCCUUACCCUCCAGAGGUGUCUCCAGAACAAAGAGGUUGUUCUGAUAUGCAACAUUGACCAGUUGUUUCCCACCCCUGGAAAUAGAACAGACAUCAUGAAAGGGAGUUCAUGAUGGCUGGGAGUUUGUUAAGAGGGAGAUAGUAAAAGCACAACGUCAGGCAAUACCAAUGAGACAGAAACAUGGAAGGUGCCUAAAGAAGCCAGGGUGGCUAUCUAAAGAACUUUUAACUGAGUUAAGAUUAAAAAGGAUGUGUACAAAAAUGGAAAAGGGGGAAACCACCAAAGAGGAAUUCAAACAAAUAGCCAGCACGUGUAGACACAAAGUCAGAAAAGCUAAAGCACAGAAUGAACUCAGGCUUGCUAGAGAGGUUAAAAGCAACAAAAAGGCUUUUAUGGGUAUGUUCAUAGCAAAAGGAAGAACAAAGAAACAGUGGGGUCACUCAGAGGAGAAGAUGGUGAAAUGCAAACAGGGGACACAGAAAGGGCUGAAAUCCUCAAUGCCUUCUUUGCCUCAGUCUUCUCCGAUAAAGAAAACAAUGCCCGACCUGAAGAAUUUGGAGCAAAUGAUUCAGCAAAAGGAAACACAGCCCAGAAUAACUGAGAUAGUACAAGAAUACUUGGCUAGUUUAGAUGUAUUCAAGUCUCCAGGGCCAGAUGAACUGCAUCCAAGAGUAUUAAAAGAACUGGCAGAUGUGAUCUCAGAACCACUGGCAGUCAUCUUUGAGAAUUCCUGGAGAACAGGCGAAGUCCCGGCAGACUGGAGGAGGGCAAAUGUUGUCCCUAUUUUCAAAAAGGGGAAAAGAGAGGACCCAAAUAAUUACCGCCCAGUCAGUCUGACAUCAAUACCAGGGAAGAUUCUGGAGCAGAUCAUUAAGCAAACAGUCUGUGAGCACCUAGAAAGGAAUGCUGUGAUCACCAAUAGUCAGCAUGGAUUUCUGAAAAAUAAGUCAUGUCAGACUAACCGGAUCUCGUUUUUUGACAGAAUUACAAGCCUGGUAGAUGAAGGGAACGCAGUGGAUGUAGCCUACAUUGAUUUCAGCAAGGCAUUUGACAAGGUGCCCCAUGAUAUUCUUGUAAAGAAGCUGGUAAAAUGCGGUCUUGACUAUGCUACCACUCAGUGGAUUUGUAACUGGCUGACUGACCGAACCCAAAGGGUGCUCAUCAAUGGUUCCUCUUCAUCCUGGAGAAGAGUGACUAGUGGGGUGCCACAGGGUUCUGUCCUGGGCCCGGUCUUAUUCAACAUCUUUAUCAACGACUUGGAUGAUGGACUCAAGGGCAUCCUGAUCAAAUUUGCAGAUGACACCAAACUGGGAGGGGUGGCUAACACCCCAGAGGACAGGAUCACACUUCAAAACGACCUUGACAGAUUAGAGAAGUGGGCCAAAACAAACAAGAUGAAUUUUAACAGGGAGAAAUGUAAAGUAUUGCACUUGGGGGGGGGAAAUGAGAGGCACAAAUACAAGAUGGGUGACACCUGGCUUGAGAGCAGUACAUGUGAAAAGGAUCUAGGAGUCUUGGUUGACCACAAACUUGACAUGAGCCAACAGUGUGACGCGGCAGCUAAAAAAGCCAAUGCAAUUCUGGGCUGCAUCAAUAGGAGUAUAGCAUCUAAAUCAAGGGAAGUAAUAGUGCCACUGUAUUCUGCUCUGGUCAGACCUCACCUGGAGUACUGUGUCCAGUUCUGGGCACCACAGUUCAAGAAGGACACUGACAAACUGGAACGUGUCCAGAGGAGGGCAACCAAAAUGGUCAAAGGCCUGGAAACGAUGCCUUAUGAGGAACGGCUAAGGGAGCUGGGCAUGUUUAGCCUGGAGAAGAGGAGGUUAAGGGGUGAUAUGAUAGCCAUGUUCAAAUAUAUCAAAGGAUGUCACAUAGAGGAGGGAGAAAGGUUGUUUUCUGCUGCUCCAGAGAAGCGGACACGGAGCAAUGGAUCCAAACUACAAGAAAGAAGAUUCCAUCUAAACAUUAGGAAGAACUUCCUGACAGUAAGAGCUGUUCGACAGUGGAAUUUGCUGCCAAGGAGUGUGGUGGAGUCUCUUUCUUUGGAGGUCUUUAAGCAGAGGCUUGACAACCAUAUGUCAGGAGUGCUCUGAUGGUGUUUCCUGCUUGGCAGGGGGUUGGACUCGAUGGCCCUUGUGGUCUCUUCCAACUCUAUGAUUCUAUUCUAUGAUCAUUUUCAAAGCAAACCUUAUAACCCUCCUUUACAAGAGCAGAUACAGAUAAAAGACAACACUUCAUUCCUGGCACAACGUAGACUUCCAGCUCUGCCUGUAAAAAAGAAACAAACACAUUGCCAACAGUAGUUAAUUGUCUCUGUGAGCCAUCAGCAAGACCGACUGUUUUCCCAGUUGAAACAGCCCGGCAGUUCCACAUUUCGCCACUAGGUGGCGAUGGCAUCAGGUGAUGGCUGGCUCCUGAGUCGAUGACCCAACGCAGCAUGCUGCCCUCACUGGAGUUGUCCCUCAGCGUUGCCAUAGAGGCAGCUAGGUGAUAAGAAGAACCGUCCUUCUCACUUCCUCUAUCACGUCCUCCCUUUGCAUUCCCACGCUGGCCUCCUCUCCUAGACUGGCUGCCAUGGAAACCUGGCUGGCUGCCACGAGGACUUGGCUGACUGCCAUGGGAAGCGACCUUGGAGACAUCCUGCCCGGCCUCUCUGGCUCUCCUCGGACAGGAUCGACGCAGAUGGUCAACAGACUCGCAGACAAAACAACGACGAGUGGGAAAAGCCUGAACUGUGCCUUCUGGCUUGGCCCCCCCUCUGUUCCCGGCAGGGCACCCUGCGCCAGCUCGGCCCUCUCUGAGACGGUGUUCCUCCUCGUCACACAAACAACCGGUGGAAAACUUUGCAAACUUGCCUUUGGUCUUCUCUGCCCCCCCAACCUUGCCAGCAGCUCUCCUUGAGGCUUUACUGCAUCUGGGGACGUGGCUUUUGGCUUCCACUGUGGUUUCUCAGCAAACCCUCUCCAGCUCCUGCCAAACAGCCUGGGCACUGUCAAGACCCUCCACCAAAGGUAGCUGUGAGCCCUCCAAACUGAGCACUAUAGCUCCUAGGGCUUCCUGGUCUUUCUUCUGUGAGGCUUGGGCAGCUACAACCACCCCUGCUGCAGCUCCGGCUGCAGCUUGCUGUGGGGGCCCUUGGAUCGCCUCCCACAGACCCUUGGCUACCAGCCAGGCCUUCAGCUUCCUUGACCACUCCUCCCAGUUGCUCCCAUUCAGCUUUGCAAAAGGGACUGAGAAUGACUCCUGGCCAUCUGCCAUCUUCUCCCCCGGGGCUGAGCCUACUCACGUAAACAGCAGCUCCUCUCGGCACCCGGUCCUGAAGAUGAAAUCCUCCCCAGCAAGCCUCCCUGCCUCAAACGUUAGGCAGGGGCUCCAGCUGGCUUCUCCCACACACACAGGCACGACGUGGCAACAGCUUCCAAAGCUUGGCUAGCUUCCAUAACCUGUGAGAUAAGAUGGCGCCCGGCACACUUCCCCUGUGCCUUUGGACGCUUGUGCCGAUAGAAAAACUUGAGCUCUUAGCAGAGUUCUUUAGCAGCGGUAGAAAAUGUUGCCUUGUGUGUGUAUAAUAAAUCAACUGAACGCAGGCUUCUUGCUAAUCUCUAACAGCCUUUAAUGAGAAGAAAAACAUCAUAAAUCAGUCCCGGCGAGAGAGCAGACAUUCUUUCGUCUCUCAGCCAAAAACGAAAGGAAAACCACACACAAAGAAAGAUUCCCGUAUGUGAAGCAAACCACGCCUCAGAAUGUGAGACGUCACACAGAACUGUUUAACCCUGUAAGUUCUGAUUCUCACACCUUCAGGGGCACAGUUGCCCCAUUCAGGACCAGAGAGUCCCCCACACCCACCCGCCCCCUGUGCCCCAAGAACACUACUUCUGUCUUCUCAGGAUUCAACCUCAAUCUGUUAGCCGCCAUCCAUCCUCCAACCAUCCCCAGGCACUCACACAGGUCCUUCACUGCCCUCACUGGUUCUGAUUUAAAGAGAGGUAGAGCUGGGUGUCAUCCACGUAUUGAUGAACACCCAGCCCAACCCCCCUGAUGAUCUCUUGCAGUGGCUUCAUGUUAAAAAGCAUGGGGGAAGAGGACAGAACCCUAAGGCACCCCACAAGUGAGAGCCCAGGGGUCUGAACACUCAUCCCGCAACACCACUUUCUGGACAUAGCCCAGGAGGAAGGAGCGGAACCAUUGUAUAACGGUGCCCCCAGCUCCCAGCUCCUCUAGAUGGUCCAGAAGGAUGUUAUGGUUGAUGGUGUCAAAAGCCGCUGAGAGAUCCAGCAGAACUAGGAAACAGCUUUCACCUUUGUCCCUAGCCCACCGGAGAUCAUCGACCAGCGCGACCAAGGCAGUUUUAGUCCCAUGAUGAGGCCUGAAUCCCAACUGGAAGGGAUCCUAAUGGUCUGCAUCUUCCAGGCGUGCCUGGAGUUGUUGAGCAACCACCCGCUCAAUCACCUUGCUGAAGAAUGGAAGAUUUGACACUGGACAAUAGUUUACCAUAUUGGCCAGGUCUAAAGAUGUUUUUUUGAGAAGCGGUUUAAUGACAGCCUCUUUCAGCAGGUCUGGGAAGGCUCUAUCGCAGAGGGAAGCAUACACCACCCCGCAGAGCCCAUUGCCCAGCCCUUCCAAGCUCCCUGUUAUUAGCCAGGAUGGGCAGGGAUCAAGGAGACAGUGGUCGGUUUCACUCGUCCAAUCCUCGGAGGUAACAGAUUGGAAUUGAUCCCAUAUAACAUGACUAGACAGGACUCCAGCACUCUUCUGCCCUGGCCCUGCUCCCACGGUGGAGUCUACCCUUUGGGAAAUUUGGUUUUGGCAACGGCAAAACAACAUUCUUGGAAUCAACACUUGCCUUAUCUUCUACAAUGGGGAAGACAAACAUACAAGAUCCUGUUUUUUUCCUGAGAUAUGACACUUGAUAAUCGGUCAUAUUAUAUUUAGAAAUGACUUUGGCCACGUAGUAAACAAGUUUUUUCUUUUCAAAUUUAUUGACUUUAGAGAUUUCAUGCAAACUUGUAUAUUGGGGCACUAUUGCACACUAGCGGGGCACUUUUAUAUGUAUCAAUGUGCCCCGCGUCUUAGUGUAUCAAAGUGCCCCAACAGGCAUUUUCAAAAAAACUAACAAUUAUUAAUAAAACCACUGUACUUAUUUAAAAAUCACGUGUAAUCCUGAUUACUGAGUUGAAUAACUUAUAGUACCUUUGGUAUUUUUAAAUCUUAACUAAACGACGUAAAACAGUGUUGGAACACUUUUACAUUUCACGUAAUUUUUUAGUUGGGCAUGCGAAAAACACACCUACUCUGGUCAAACACCAACGGCUAAUUGGCGGGCGGUGCGGUUGUAACUAUUGUACUCACACAUGUUUUAGUGAUGUGGCAACACGAAUAACAUUUCUUGAUAUUGAAAUAUUGUUGGUGCAUCAAUGUGCCCCGUGCAUCAAUGUGCCCCUCUUUCCCCUAAUUGUGUAAGGUUUGUGCCAGUUUAAAUAAAUGCCUCUAUUAAGGGUUUGUUACCAUCCUCAGCAACUAUGCUCUCUCUCCCUCCCCACCUUCCCUUGGAGAAUGAUCUAGAAAGGGGAUCUUUAUUCUCUGUAUCACAGGAAUAGGGUGCAUGACCCUUCUCUUCCCCAUCCUGGCAGACCAGGUUUGCCAGGCAAGAGGGGCAAUUGACCUAGUAAUCACCAAUGGCACAAUUACACCAGGUGACUGGUUCCACUGCUGGGAAUCAGCUGCUCAUUGGGACUUACAUGGCUCUGGGCAUUCAGCUGCAAGCCCAUUUUGGCUCAGCUGCAUCUUUACCUGGCAGAUACAUUUGUUUUGUAUAAACCAGUUUGGUUUGCAUGUUUGAAGCUGAAGCUGAUAUCCAAGUUCUUGCUUGAAUAUUUCCAGACAUAGCUUACCAAUCAUGGGAAUCUACUUGGAUCAGGUCAAAUCAUUAUUUCGUUCUGUGAACCAUGAACCACCCUGAGAUCUUAUGAUGAAUGGUGGUAUAUAAAUCUAACUGAUAAAUUAGGGUUGCCAUAUGUCCUCUUUUUCCAGGACACAUACUCUUUUACAUGAGUAUGUAAAAUGAGAGUCGUCAUAGUGAUCCAUAAUAAAAGGGGAAGUCGGCAAAUGUGUCCUCUUCUUUGCUCUUCAAAAUUAUGUCAACCCUAUUAUUAUUAUUAUUAUUAUUAUUAUUAUUAUUAUUAUUAUUUUAAGAAAGCUAUGGGUCCCAAAUUUGGUGUGGAAAUUUUGCCACAGGCAGAACUGCAAAUGAACAACUUGGGCUAUGUAAAGAAUGCUCUAUAUGAGUAUAGCAAGGUGUCUACAGGCCUGCAUAGGAUGUCAUCAAUCAAUCUGUGUUGUUUUAUUUAGGCGUUUCAGAAGAAGGUCAGACAAUAGGACGCAGGAGUCUGUACAUGCUUCCUACCCACCAAACAUUCCCUAUUCUACAAGGGACAUGUCGGCUCCUAUGGUAAGAGCUUUCCUGAUCUUGACUAGUGGUGGGGCUUGGAAGAAUAAAGUGGUGGAAGGCCACUUAGAAUGGACAGGAGCCAUAGCUGCACUACAAAUACGUACCAGCAAUUGAUGUGGUUCAGGGGAGGCAGGGCUAUGAGGGCAAAUGGGCCCUGCCCCACCAACCUCAGCCAGCUCCCACAUGCCAGCUUUUUUCCUUGCAUCUGGUCCAGAGGGAAGAGGCCCUGGCUGACAGCUUCCUCUUUCUCAGUGUCGCCCUUGUAGAACUCAGCAGGCAGGAGAAAGUUGGGGAAAACACUGGAAUUCGUUGGCUCUGCCUGCCAUUGGCUCUGGCCUCUCUGCUUUCUGCCCCGGUCCAAAUAGUGGCUGGUGUGGUUCUCCCAUCCCACCCCCACCUCUACCUCAAUAUUGGGAAUUGUUACACAGUGAGAAUCUGGAGAAUUUUCAAUUGGGGAAUCCCUGCCUGCCCCUCCCCGCAAUUACAUGCUCCCAGCUAAGAAUUCCCAGCUUCCUUAACAAACUACGGCCCCUAGGAUUCUCUGGGAGAAGGAAGCCAAGUGCUUUAAUGAGAGAAGCCUGAUAAUCUGAGUGUGGGGGCAGGAUGACAUCGGAUAGUGGUCCUUCCUCAUCUGGUGUGUUUGAGAUGUCAGCAUGGCUUGCAGGUGAAAACAUCUGGAGGGGGUCACAUUGCAGAAUGCUGUCCUUCAGGCAGAAUAAUGUGAAGCAGCUUGGACAAAUCAUAAUCUUGAGCUGGGAUAUAAUUUUACUUCAAGACGGGGCCUGGGCCUGUUAUGGAAGGAAAGGGAGCUUUUGAAAAACACAGGAGAGGAUCCACACACAGCCUUGGGAAGUGGGUCAGAACAAGGUGGAGGAAAAUGACACAGAAAAUACUUGGGACUAUAGGAAGCUGGUCCAUCUAUUCCAAGUUUUAUCCCUUAAUGGCUUGGGGCCAGUUCACUUGUGGGAUCGCCUUAUGCUCUACUGCUUUGGUCUGUGGAACUGGCUCUGUUUCAGGUGCCACAGAACACUGCUUCUGCAGUUGUAAGGAAUCGAUCUUUUAGUGUGGCAGCACCUACACCAUGGACACCAGGCAGGCAUGUUUGCUGUACUCUUUCUGGCACCUACUUAAAACAUUUUUGUUUAGGCAAGCCUAUCUAGAUUGCAAGAUAUUGACCUGUUGUUUUUUUAAAAAAUUACUGUUAAUUUUAAUUGUAUUCACAUAGUUGUUAAGAACAGUUUCAGGUUAAGUACGGACCUCUGGAAGAAAUUAAGUACUUAACCUGAGGUACCACUGUAUAUACUUUUUAAAAUAAAAAUAAAUAUGCAAUGGCUGACAGUGGCUUUCAGGGUUCUGGAUAGGAAUUAACCUACUUUUGAGAUAAGUGCACGUGUUUUGCCACCAAGCAAAGGCGGAGCUAGCUGCUCUGGCACCCAGGUCCCAGGGGGGUGCCGCCCGUGGCAAGUGUCCUGGGGGUGGAGUGGCAAUGUCACCCCCCUCGGGGAUGACACUCGGGGCGGGCCACACCCACCGCACCCCCCUUCCUCCGCCAGUGCCACAGCUGUAACGCUUGCUGUGUUUUACUGAAGGACUCUGAAAAUGAAGUGUGUGGCUAUUUCUGGGUACCAUCAACUCAUGCCGCUGAACAGAAUCCUCACUAGUGAACUUCAUAUUUUAAAAACAACCUUUGCUUACACUGGUUUCCUUGCAGAGCACACAAGCAAACAGAUACCCUGUGCCAGCUUACACAGCUAAUCUGCAACCGUAUUGUGACACUUCUCCCCUUCCCUCUCCGGCAGCCAUGGGGCCAUCCAUGGAGCAGCACUGCAUCCCAAUGAGGUUGGUAACGGCAAUGCAGAGAAAGUCACAGCUUGUGGUCCUGGGUUAUAGUUUUUCUUGUGUGAGAGCUAGAAGCAGCUCAAGGGGCUGGGCUUGGAGCAGAGUUCCAAUCCUGAUUCAGCUUCAAAGCUCACUGUGCCACCCUAGGCCAGUCAAUUAACUCUCUGCAUAAUCUUGCAAGGUUAUGAGGAUCAAAAGGCAUCACUCCAUAUAAGUUGCCCGGGGCUCCUUUGGAGGAAGGAAGCAAUACAAUUGUGAUCAAUAAUAAUAAAUAUAGUUUGUUUGCACAUUGGCUAGUUCAGAUGUAAUGAUAUUAUGUUUGAUAAAGCAUGAUUAGGUUGUAUUGUGUCCAUGCACAAUUGUGUCCACGCACCCCUGCCCUGGUCCAACUCCCAUCAUUGCUGCCCAUACUGGCUGUGGUUGAUGAGAGUUGUAGUCCACCUGUGUGUCAUCUAUCUGUCUCAGGAGAUAAGUGAGUACGCCUCCAAGGGUUAGGUCAAAUCACAUUAUUUUCGCUGCAUUAGCAGCACCAAAGAGACCUCUGAGGUGCAAGCUUGGGCAGUGUGUAUGGAGGUCCUGGGCUGCCCAGAUGACAAGACCCCCCUCUCGGCCUUUCUGAUGUGGACCAAAGGAAAGCCGAGCAAGACAUUUGGCCCAGCUGGGCUGCAGGAGUUGCCCAAAGGAGGCGUAUAAGAUGCCAUCCAACUGCCUUAGGGACUCCACUCUGAAUUUGUGUAGAGUUUACUCUUAGCCUUUUGUUCUUCUGAAGAUGUUCCACAAUGCAGCGUAGGCUUGGGAUCAAAGUGGUUCUUCUCCUAGAUGGGCUUCUUUCGCAGGUGGAUGAGGCCCAUCUGUCCCUCAUUUCUCUCUACAGCAAUGUGCGUAAAUCCUCUCUUGAAGAUUAAAUCCACUAUUGGUCUUGUCUGCUCAAUCCGCUGGAGCCUGUCUUCACAGGCAGCAGAAGACCUUAACUCACCAAAGGUCUGAGACCCACUGGCUACCCUCACCUGGUUUAGCUGGCCAAUUGAAGCUGUUUCCCAGGGGGGUGGCUGCUGUCACAUGCUGACAGUUUCUAGGAGCCACAGGUGAGAACUGAGUGGGGUCAAAGAUGGACAAACUACCCCAGAAGGAGCAUGACGUGUCUCUCACCAGAGGUUCUUUUGUUGUUUAGUCCUCUUAGUCGUGUUCGACUCUCCAUGACCCCAUGAACCAGAGCAUGCCUUGGAAACUCUUACUUUCUUCUCAAAGCUUCUCAUUUUUUAUGUCCAUGGAGUUUUUUUGGCAAAAUACUGGAGUGGAUUGCCAGUUCCUUCUCCAGGUGGAUCACAUUUAGUCUAAACUCUCGGCUAUGAUCUGUCCGUCUUAGGUGGCCCUGCACGGCAUGGCUCACAGCUUCUUGGAGUUAUUCAAGCCCCUUUGCCACAACAAGGCAGUGAUCCAUGAAGGGGACCAGAGGUUCUACACUUCCCCUAACACCUCAUACACUCCUAUAGUCCACAAACUUAUGGAGAAACACACUUCUCCCAUCCCUGAAUCAGCACUUGGGAAAAAUGAAUGCUGGGAACAUGUUUUAUGCAUAUUUAUUUAAACCAGCCUCCCACAACCUGGGGUCCUUUGGAUGCUUUGGACUACAACUCCUAUCAGCCCCAGCCAGCACUGCCUGGAGGGCACCAAUUUGGGGAAGGCUGAUUCAAACAGAAUUGAUGAAAAGGCAGAUAAGUCAACAAACAGGCUGACAUUUGACGCUUCAUCCUUUGUUGCAGGCCUCCACCCCCUGUGCUGAAGACUGCAAAAACUCAGGAACCAAUUUACCCUUCUCGACCUGCACCACUGCCUCCUAUAUAAAACUGCCGGUUUUUCCUUCACAACCCACCCUGUUCACAGAGCCAGAGCCGCGUCUUGCAUAAAGUGGCCCUUGAAACCUUUUGUUUCCCCCCAGCACUGGCUAAGAAACAGAACAAAAUGCAAUACCAAGGAAUGUAAACUUAACAAGCAAAUACCUCUACCAAAGCUCCGGGAACUGAAACCACUGGGCCUGUGAAAACUCUGUGCUGCGGUUGGGCUACAUUGCUGGAGAAGUGGGUCACUUUCUGGGUGUUAACUGUACUUCCCCCUUUUUAGGGUUCUAUUUAAUCAAACAUGGUAUGUGGGUUCCCCCUCCCGGGCUGUUUUUAUAGAGAAAAAACAUUAAGUGAAGACAGACAUAACAUUAUUAGAGAUAGUAGGAAAUCAAUUAGGAUCAAUUAGGAAAUGUUACUGUUUUUAAUCUAAAUCUAUAUUUUUCAAAAAGACUCAUAUCUUGAAGAAAGGCAGUUCUGCGUUUGCAACAGAGACCAGCUUAUGGUUAGCAAUGAAUGGUGGAACUUAAGAUGUCCCCCAGAAGCCCACCUCCAAAAUCUGGAGCAAUUUUGUGCUUGUAAAAAAUUCUGCUUUAAAAAAAUGACUAAGACUAGCAAUGGACAUAUAUAAGCUUGUAUGCUGCACUUUUAAAAACAGAAAAGGGCAGCCUGAAGCAUGGCAGCUGAACUGGCAUGUGUAUGAGUCAUUCAACUGCAAAGCUGAGAAGAAGCCAAGCUCACACUAUGAUUGAGUUUUCUUUUUAAAUGUUACAUCUGUCUUCACCUAUAGUCAGGCAAGACAUUUUGGCACCUGAGGCAGACCCCAAAAUACCACUCCCCUCCCCGCCAGGGAAGAAGGGGUGAGGGAAGAUCUACAUCAGGAACAAGGUGGGAGGAAAGAUCCACAUCAGAAUCUGCUCCCCCAGUGGAUCCUGCUGCCUGAGGUGGCUGCUUUACUUGCCUCAUGGGUGGGCCAUCCCAACCUGUAGUUGUGUAGAGGCAGGUGUUAAGAAUUGCAGUUCAAAUUAGACCAGCACAUUUCUAUGAACAACAAUAGCUUCAGGUUGUUAUGUGUGGGAACCUGUACACAAAAAGUCAAAACUCAUGUUGGACUGAAGUUUGUUAUUUGUGUGCACGUAACUAAAAGGCACAAGGUGGAAACACCAAGAAAAAUUCCAAUUGGUGGAGGACACCCCCCCCCCGAUUGAGUUCAGUGAGACAUACUUCCAGAUAAAAGUGUCUAGGAUGGCAGCCACACAGCACCAUCCUAGACACAUUUAUCUGGAAGUAAGCCAACUGGGAUUUACUCCCUGGUAGGUGAGUGUAGGAUUGCAGCCUUAAUCUACUUAUUGCGAGAAGAUGAAAUGUAUUGCUAGCAUGUUUAUAUGUUUUAAUAGUGUGUCUCGAUGUUUAUUAUUAACACAUUUUAAAACAUAGACAGUUUGAACUGUGUGCUGGCUGACACUAAACUGUAGAUAAUAAUAAAAAAUGAUGUUAGGAAAGUUUUACUUAAUAAUUUUAGGUUAAGGAAUAAUUUUUUCUAAUUCACCACUAAUGGUUAUUCAAAACAAAGGUACGAGAAAGUCACUUUUCGGGGACUAGGCUGGGGAGUGGGCUGCUCACAGUUCACAAAGCACUUAUAUUUAGCUCUCAUGAAUUUUCUUGAGUCCAAGUAUUCUAGCUUUUAAAGUAAAAACAAAACGCAGAGAGAUGCUUGAGUAUGUGAUGGCAAAAGCACAGAUUCAAUGUAUGUUGAUUCAUACAUCUUUGGUAUCUGUCUACCAAAACAUCUCUGUGGGCUAGUGCAGAGAUGCCACAGGUUCUUCCACUAUCACCAGCAAUCCUGCUGCUUCUACAGUUUGGCAUUUGUCAGACUAAGGAAGAUGCUAUGCAGAUACUGCUAAUGACAUGCAAAUUAGUGGCAACUCUUCCAUCUAGUUCUAGUGAUGUAUUUCCAAUGUGGCCUUCAGACAUGCAUGCAAGCUACUACUAAGAGCUGCUGAUGUUUCUCAUUUGUGUGUGUGUGUGUGUGUGUUUGCUGUUGGGAAUGUGAUCAUAACUGCUGACUGCAUAUUAACCUGCAAAGUCAGUAUGCACUUUCCAGCUACUUUGCACACACUUCAACUCAGCACACUUGCUGCAACAUCUUUAGUGUGAGAGCACCAGCCUUGGUGCAAAAUCCAUUUUUAUUUAAACCCAUUGAAACUGUUAUGAGCACUUUAAACCCUAGCAGCCUGCUGAAGAAUUCUGUAUACUGUACGUAUAUUUCAUCACUUUUUCUUUUUUAUGUUGCUUUUCGUGUCAGUCAGGAUGUUUACAUUGGCUAAAUCUUGUUGGAUUGAAUUGCAUCAAUCUUUGCACCGUUGAUUAAGCCAGAUUUUUUAAAGAUGUACCUGCUAAAGAGAUUAUUUUAGACUGGGAGCUGUAGAUUAAGAUUAGCUGAGGCGGCAGGAUUUCCCUGUGUGCUAAGCUUAGAUAGUAUAUUGUUCAUAGAAUCAUAGAAUUUCAUAAUGUGCAAGGACCAUUACAGACACGUCUGCUACAAUAGCUUCAGAGAAUGAAACACUUUGUAUUAAAUUAUGCUAAGAAUUAUUCCCACAUGGCGGCAAAUAUUCAGCAUAUGCUUGUUUGGUAAAUUUCUUCAUAAUUCUCGCCAAAAAAGAAGUCUUUAACAGUGUUUGCAUAUAUUCUUAUAUAAAUAUAUGUCUGCAGUUGCAAUAAUAAAAUACUUGAACUAUUGUGGUCUCCCU